AUGAGCGACGUGAGCCCCGUGGUGGUGGCGGCGGCGGCGGCCGCCCAGCAGCAGCAGCACCCGCAGCACCCGCAGCAGCAGCAGCAGCACCAGGAGGCGGCGGCGGCGGCGACGGUGCCCCGGCUGCGCCCGCACGACAACCGCACCAUGGUGGAGAUCAUCGCCGACCACCCGGCCGAGCUGGUGCGCACCGACAGCCCCAACUUCCUGUGCUCCGUGCUGCCCUCGCACUGGCGCUGCAACAAGACGCUCCCGGUGGCCUUCAAGGUAAGAGCAGCCGGCGAGACGCCCUCGCCCGCCCCGGCCCGGCCUCGCUUCCCGCCGGACCUUCUCCUCCUCCUCCUCCUCCUCAGGUGCUUCUUUCACCUGGCGGAGCUGCUCCCCUCGGACCGAGAGCAGCCGCGCGGCCCCCCGUCAGCGCCCGGGGUAGAAAGCGAAGCCUCGACGGGGCGCGCGGAGGUCGGCCUGCCGGGGUCUCGGUCCCUCCGCCCGGGGCGCGCCCCCUCCCCGCUCUGCCUCUCUUCUGGUCCCCGUCCCACUUCCUCGCCGGCGGCAGCCUUCCCGUCCCUCAACUUUCCUACCUCUUUCGCUGCUCCGCGACCUUUACCACAAACAGCUUCGCUGAACUACAAGCCGCACACGCUUUGCCUCUCCACAAACCUGGAGCAGCCGACUCACAACUGCCAUAUAUCCAUAUGGAUGUGGCUACUUAGUAUAGAUCCAUACAUAUCCCACAAAAAGGAGCCCUCUAUUCCCCAUGGUUAACCCUCAAGGGGAUUUUAUAGGGGUGUUGGAUAACUCUAACAAUAAUGGCUCUGUCCCAAACUUAUUUGUUUAUGAAUAAACCUUACUGAAGUCAGUGGGCACUCACUUUUUCACCAUAUUUAGAAUCCCUGUUGAUAUUUUUGUCAGUUCUCCAUUAACAAUCAACCCCCUCUGGUCACUUCACUCUUAGCCAUAGCAGUCCACUGCUACUUGCAAGAGCGUUCCCCAAUAACAUACACUCUCCUUAUUGCGUGACACCUUAAACCCCACUGAUGACAAAGCAUCUCAGACUGUAAGAGACAAUACAGCAACUCCCCACUUUAGUAAAAUAUCCCCAGCCAUACAAAGUUAUCUUCCAAAUCUCUCAGCUAAUAACCAGCUUAACCACAAACGUUGGUUGCAUCUAAUUGAUGAUCAGGGUCAAUUAUACCCUCAAAAACAUCAGGCAGGGUCUUUUGGGGGGGACAUUUGAGCUACCCUUUUCAGAAUGAAAGAAAGUGGUGGUUUAGCCCCCCCCCCCCAUGUUUCCUUUAAUAUGUUUCAAACUUCCAGUACUAGACAUCUUUCCCUUACUUACAGCUUCUAAAGCUAUUUCAACUGACAUAUAUAUAUAUAUAUAUAUACACCAAUAGAAAUUGGGUGUUUGCGUUAUGCUGUUACUUUUGAUGCACUAGAUUAAAAAAAAAAGAAUUUAACAGAACUUCUUGUGGGAAGUUUCUUUUUGCAGUUGUGGGAAGUUUAUUUUUGCAGUUGAGUAUAUCAGUCCAAAGUAUAAGAUUUAAAGUUCUGUUUGGAAAUUGUCAAAACGUACAUACUUCACAUAGGGAAUUACCAUAUUUUUCGCUCUAUAAGACACACUUUUCCCCUCCUAAAAAGUAAGGGGAAAUGUGUGUGCAUCUUAUGGAGCGAAUGCAGGCUGUGCAGCUAUCGCUGAAGCCAGAAGAACAGGAGGGAUCAGUGCGCACCGAUCCCUCUUGCUCUCCUGGAUUCAGGGAUAGCCCCGCAAAGCCUCCUGAGCGAAGAAGAAGGAGCGCUCCCUCUUCGCUGAAGAGGUUUUGCAUUUCUUUCUUGUUUCUUGUUUUCCUCCUCUAAAAACUAGGUGUGUCUUUUGGUCGGGUGCGUCUUAUAGAGCGAAAAAUACGGUAUCUUGAUUCACUGAGUAACAAGGAUGAAAGGGCCUUGAAAGAGUGACAGAAAGGAUGGGCUAUGGGUUAGCGUCUAAAGAUGGAAAAAUGGGGGAGCCGGGCACUUCCUUUUUCCUGUGGGAGAUUGUGCUGGACUCCUGCUGGAUGAAUUAGGAAGUGUUUGCCCAGAAGAUGCUGGAUUUGCCAGGAGAAACAGAGGCUGUAUUAUUAGAAGGUUCACACAUCAGUUAAGUACCACCCAGAUCUAAAUCAGGAAUGUUUUUAAUUUUCUGCUAACAUGCUCACACCCUUCUCACUUUAGGAAAGGUAGAGUGCUUUUCCCUUCCACUUUGAUUUCUUGUGCAUACUUUACAGUACUCAGUUAUAUUUGCAAAAAUUUUACUCAUUUUUUCCACAGUGGGACAUCCCAAGGCAUUUAUUGUCCCAGCAGUGGAUAACUUAAAAAAUCUAAAAGUGGCACAUAGGGAUCAGGUAUAUGUACAGGGAAUGUAAAUUGAAUCAAUCCAACCAUUUCCUCAGGACCAAGCCCUUUCCCUUAGCGUUUGUCAAUAGCCAUACACUUAAUCCUCAGUUGAAAAUCGUGCACAGACAGAAGGAUGCAUAAAUCCAGAAUGCAGCAGCCAGGCUGGUGACUGGGAGUGGCCACCAAGAGCAUAUAACACUGGUCCUGAAAGACCUACAUUGGCUUCUAGUACGUUUCUGAGCACAAUCCAAAGUGUUGGUGCUGACCUUUAAAGCCCUAAACGGCAUCGGCCCAGUAUACCUGAAGGAGCGUCUCCACUCCCAUCGUUCAGCCCAGACACUGAGGUCCAGCUCCGAGGACCUUCUGGCGGUUCCCUCACUGCGAGAAGUGAGGUUACAGGGAACCAGGCAGAGGGCCUUCUUGGUAGUGGCACCUGCCCUGUGGAACGCCCUCCCAUCAGAUGUCAAGGAAAUAAACAACUAUCUGACUUUUAGAAGACAUCUGAAAGCAGCCUUGUUUAGGGAAGUUUUUAAUGUUUGAUGUUUUAUCACAUUUUUAAUGUUCUGUUGAGAGCCGCCCAGAGUGGGCGGGGUAUAACUAAAUAAAUAAAUGAUGAUGAUUCUCCAGAGAAUGGACUGUACAUUUCACACAGUGCAGGAAAUGGUGCUGUGUUUGUAAAUGGAAAACAAGACAUUAUUAAAGCUGUGGAGAAAUUUGACAAGGUAAAUUCAGUCUGCUGGAUUCCCCUCCUCUAACAAACAAUGACUUUUUCAGCUGUAGGUUUCUUGGAAAUCCAGUAGUUUCAGUUUUGAUGAUGGCGGUAAUAUGCCAUGCAUUCUACUGUUGUCGAAUAGCUUUAGUGUUUAGUAAAGUUCUAUACUUUGUUCAAAAUUCAAUGGACAAACAAACAGUCCAUGGAAUUUUGGAUUCCUCCAGGUAACCUGUUUUUACUGGACACUUGUUACAAGGUGAUUGAAAAAGUUAUUGAAGGUUGCUUCCCCACCCCUUUUUGGAGGGUAGCAGAAGCCAGUUAUUUGAACUCGCCAGCAGCCUACUAUGCAAUCUGCAAUCUUUCUUCAUAAACUGCGAGAGAUCUGUGCCUCAGAUGUGAUCAUUAUUGUUCUCUGUCUUGGCUCUACAUGAUGCAGCUUGCAGAUAGCAAGUUGAGAUAGAGCCUUGGAAAAGUAGACUUUCUCUCAGGGAGUCCUUUUUUCUCUUGUACAUCUGCCAACAUUCUCAAGAACCGUGUCAGUUCUUCUUAAUACUUUUCAUUCGCAGAGAGUGCUGAUAGGAAAGGGUGAAGUUUUUAUUGUACUUUUGAUCAGUGUUAAAUUACUCUGAUGUUGGAUUUGUAAUGCACAGAGGCAAGCAUUAUACUGUAUUCCAUUGCAAUUAAUAUAUGCUUGUCUGCUCAGUUCUGAAGUGUUUUGAAGGCAGCCUCCAAAAGAAAUCUUGAAAUGCAUGGGCACAGGCAAUAUGUAUGAAGAAUAUAUCCCUUAGACAAAUAGGACAGGUUUGUUUGUUUGUUUUUAAAAAAACCCAUAAAUCACAUGUCUGCCCAUGGUCAGGUAUUCAUACUUGCACCAGUUAAAUUGGGUGACUCAAUUCAGUGCUGACUGCAUAAAGAUGCUACUGUGGUUUGUGCCUUAUAUGUAUGCAAUAGAUACCUUCCUGUUGCAACAUCCAGAUGCCCUCCAGAUAUUUUGGGCUGCAGUUCCCAUCACCUCCUGCCAGCAUAGCCAAUGAUCAGGGUUGAUGGGAGCUGUAGACCAAAAGGCCUGGAGGGCACCAUGUGGGUGGAAGGCUGGUAUAAACAGCCAGGACUGAGGUGUCAAAUAUGCUGACCUGUGCCCUGAACAUUUUCCUGAUCUUUGUAUAGCAUGCAGAAAGAGCUUUCACUUGUAUAAUGUGACAGAGCAGUGUACUUUGUUUAUAGCAUGGUGUUGCACUAGAGGUAAAUGAGGGCACAUGGUGUUGGUUGAGGUGGACUUUGGUAAUAGGGUGCCCUAAACAAGAACAAAAUUUGGUGCCCCACCUUAAUACUUCUUAUUUUCACAAUAGUUCCUGUUGGUGCUUUGAGUAGGCACCUGUAUAAAUAUAGGUUUUUAAAUAUAUACUGUAUCGGCCUGAAUAUAAGCCACACUUUCCCCCCAAAUUCCAACCGUGAAGUGCGGCUUAAAUUUGCGACCUUACAAAAAAUGGCUUUUACAAUAUCGCUGCUGGAACAGACAUACGGCAAAACAGAAUGGGUGUGAGUGCCUGCCGAAUUUUAAGGGAGCAGCUUAUUUGUGGGCGCAGCUUAUAUAUAUACACAGUGCUUUUUUCUAAAAAAAUGUUUAGGGGUACUCUCAUUUUGACUCAAGAAAAUCACCAUUUUGUAGUUCAAAUCAGGAAAAAUAAAUACAGUAAAUGGACAAAAGUACAAAGAACAUGCAUUACCUCGUAUUACACAGUUCACAGCUCAGAGUAAGUUCCACAUUGGCAUGAGGUUGUGUGCACUAACAUCCUCCCUCCUACUUCCAACUCCUACUUCACACAUUAAACGCUCACUUCUGUCUGAGACUCAGGAAACACCGAGACAGAAAAUGAGGCUGCCAUCAGGGGUAGCAAUGGAACUGACGAUUCUCCAUACUAGAGAAGAAACAAUUUUCAAAUUUUCUUUUAGUUUCUUCUCCCGUUAGAUGUUUAGGGGUAUGCGUCUUGCUGUGUUCCCCUCCCCCCAGUGUGUGUGUGUGUGUGUGUGUGUGUGUAUAUAUAUAUAUAUAUAUAUAUAUAUAUAUAUAAUUUUGCCUCUCCCCCCCCCCCAGCUUGGCUCCCUGGGGAGAAAACCCUCCCAUACUGCCCUAAAUCUGGUGCUGGGGGUGGGUGGGUGUGAGAGGGCAGGCAGGGAGAGAGAACCUGGUAAAUGCUUUUCCUAGAUGCCACUGAUAAAAGCCUCUCAAGUGAUUUGUAGGAAGAUUGUGCUGAAACCUCCAAUAUAUAUUUACAAAUGUGUUUAGUAUAUAAGCUCAUUGCAUAUCAUUCCUAAUUUAUCUUCUGAGGAAAAAACACCUGUUGAAAAUUGCAUAGAAAGAUACACAAUGUGUAUUUUUGUAAAGUAUUUUGGUUUUAAUUGUAGAAACUGUAAUUGCAUACAGUUCUGCUUUAGCAUCUGCGUCAUCUGAGUAUUUCAAAUUUGUCACUAAUUUAAAAGUAAUCUUAUAUAUUUAGAAUGCUUAAUAAAAAUACACAUUGACCUAAGAAUUACAUUGACCAGAUCAAAGUGUUUAUAUAUAGCAUUUGCUUUGAAUGGGCUUAAACUUGCUGCUGAAAUUUGGAGCAGUAUCUCAUCACAGCUCAGGUGAAGUAGAUGAAGUCCAUUCUAAGCUGAGGCCACCUCUUCCCAUCAGAUUCCCAUGUCAUGACUCAUUCUGUAUGGUGGGACUGGACCCAUUUAACCCACUGGUAAUGUUUUAUUGUAUCUUGUAUGGUCACUAACUGAGCAUUCACAAAUAAGAGAGAGAGGGAGUGUGUGUAUGUGUGUGAGAGAGGCCUACUAAGUCAGUGGGACUAUAUGAAAGUAAGUGGUUGAAGGAUUCGUAGUCAGAAUUAUUAGAAAAUUGUGUCUAAACUUUUUGCCGACUCUGAAAACAGUAAUACUAGCAAAAUGUUUUUAUGAUAGCAACAGCAGCAAAAAAAUACAUUUAGGUGGGUAUAGCUAUUCAGUAGCACUGCAGAAGUUAAAGGUCAGCAUUUCCACCUAACCCCCAGUUUUCAGAGUUUAUAACUCAGCUGGUUUAAGUAGCUUCAAGCUGAAAUUUGGUGUACAAAUUGUAGGCACACAUGCAUUUCUAAAUCGAACAAAGCAUAGUGUAGGCAUGUUGCUCUUUUUAAAGCUACAGGGAGGUGCUACACUUUAAAGAAAAAUAUUAAAUGUACUUUCGGCCAUAGCUAGGCAAGAAGUUAUUUUUAAUACAGAAGAUUUUAGGGUAAUUAAAUUUGAUUAUGGAUGCUAUUUUUAUAGAAAUGUAUUCCAGUAUUACAAAUAGUAAUAGCCUUAAAAGAGAUUUUGAAGGAUUUAUUCUUGUUCUAGUCCAAAUAAUCUUUUUAUGAUAUUUUUUAUUUAUAUGGUAUUGCUUCCCAGUGACAUGACACCCUACUUUCAGUUCACAUCUGGAGCUCUUCAGGGUAAACACUUUGGUCAUUUCAAGCCAUGUUGGCCUGAAUUUAACCAAAUUGGUUACCAGGCUAGCUGGAUGAAAUUAUCCUUUUUUAAACAAUAAUUUGAAAGUUUUAAGAAGCUUGUUCAUUUUGUCAUAGACUUUCUCCUGAGCCAUUAAAGUUUUGCAUGGAAAAAACACAACUACUUAUGACAUGGCAUCUUUGGAAAUUAGAUAAUUAGAAAAAAUGAAUUUCAAUGGUGCAUUUGAGGCGCAUUCGAAAACGGAAGCAAUUAUUUCUGGGUUUUGGGUGUUCAGGUUCCGAAACGUUCAGCUCUUGUGACACUUGAAAACUGAGGUUCUACUGUAUUGUGAGUCACUCAGAACAUAUACUUCAUUGGGCGACCAUACAAAUAUAGUUAACAGUAAUAGUAAAUCCAGUUUUUCAUCCUGGUUCAUUCUACCCUGUUUUAUAAGACCAAAUCAUGUUUGAGGUAGGCAGUGCAUAACUGGGCAGGAUAGCUUUGGGAAAGGGAACCUCAGAAAAGAGCAAAGUAGCAGCAAGGCCAGCAGAGAACUGGCCAUUUGUAUUACAAUCAUCACUGAAGAAAGCACCACACUCCAAGAGUUCAGAGAUAUCAGUGGAGGCAUGCUUGUGUCUGAGCUAAGGACAAAGUCUAGCUGUCCAGUGGCCUUGUCUUGUGGGGAACAGUGGGGGGAGGGGACAACUCAGUCCAGAUUCAAAUGUGCCACAAGUAGAAAGUGAACCAAAUGUCAGGUAAAUGGGUAGCUCUAACUGACAAAAGCACAAGCUACACAACAAUUCAAGUAGAUUAAUACACAUAUGUGCACAUUUCAACAUUUAUAGAACACUGGUCCCAAGCGAGGUGUCGGCGACUGAGCGAAGCCGGGCGCCUCGUAGCAUAAGCAGCGUGCGCUGGGUGGGCCUCUCCUUGGCCCUACGCCAAUCCCAGGUGCGCAGGAGGGCAGAGCUGGCUGGCUGCCUGAGUGCCUCACUGGCUCACUCUCCCCCAAACCCGCGUCGCAGAGCCGCCCGCCGCUGCACUCCGACUGAUGGGCGGGCUCUUCCCCAGACUCCAACUCUCGGGCCCCGGACUCUCGGCCUGGUGCCGCUGAGAGCCCAGCGCCCGGGUUCCCUGCACCCCUAGUGCCUGUGGUUAGGACGGCCCUGCGUGUGAUCUUCCAUGUAGAUUAAAGCCCCAGGACUUCCCAUGGAGGUUAAGGCUAACCAUGGCUGCUGUACUAAUCAGGAUGGCUGUGUCCUUCCCUUGGUAUCUGCAGUGAUAUGCUGGGUUUAGCAAGUAGGAGAGUUCAUGUCCCACUUGUGGGUUCCUGUAGACACCCGGAUGGCCACUGUGAGAACAGAAUGCUGGCCAGUAAUGCUUAGUUUGAUCCAGUAGGCUCUUUUUAUGUUGUUUAGAAAUUAUCCAUGGCAUUUACUUUCAUUGCUAGCAAACUACAACCAGAGAACAGACAAUUCUGUUCCUUCCAUGCAAGAAUCAUUCCUCUUCCUUCCUUCAACAAAUCUUCACACAAUCAAGGUCCUUUUUAUGACUUUCUUGUUCCAGGCAAUCUCUUUUUGGCUGUUUUCGUAAUGGCUUAAUUUGACUCAGCCAAGGAAUUUGUUUUCAGUACAAGAACUGAAGAAGAAAAGUACCUGUGGACAUAUGUACAAUGCCUCUCCCUUGCCACUGACUAACUGCAGGCUCCUCCUUUCAAACACACUUCAAGUUUAGGAAAUGCUUGCCUUUGAACACAUGCUUUGGCGUGAUUUUCAUUAUGCAGAGCUGAGCCUAUGACACUUCCCCUCCACAUUCUUGGCUUGCCUUUUCGUGUGUGUGUGUGUGUGUGUGUGUGUGUAAGACACACACAUAAUACAUGCACACAUAAAGCUUUAUAGGACCAAACCAGGACUUUGAAUUGAGCCUGGAAACUGAUUAGUAGCCAGUGCAGUGAGGCCAGAAUCUGUAUAGCAUGCACAGACCCUCUGGUCCCAGUCAAUAACCUGGCUGCUGAAUUCUGCACUCGCUGUAGUUUCCGAAUUGUCUUCAGACGCAGCCCCAUGUAUAAUGCAUUGCAGUAAUCUAACCUACAGGUUACCGGAGAACAGAAAAGAAGCUGGACUCUCACUGUUGAGAUGGGGUUGCAGCUGGGCCACCAGCCAAAGCUGAUGCAAAGCAGUCUGUGCCACUGAGUCUCCUUAUGGCUCCAGUGACAGAAAUGGAUCCCAAAGUUCCCCAAGCUGUGCAGCUGCUCCUUUAAGGGGAGGGCAGCCCCUUCCAGAACAUGUUCUAGGGCGUAGGAGAUGGUGAAUUUCCUUGCUUAAGGCUUCCUUCUGUUCAUGCCAGCACUGGAUGCAUCUCUCAAAUUUCCUGUAACAAUAUAAAAUGAUAAAAGAACAAGAAAAAACAGAAAUAAGUUCCAUAAUAUAUGUUACAAAAACUUCUUCAAUUUAUUACAUAAAAGCAAGGCAACAAUUAAAAUAAUCUGGAAAUAAUUUUAAUUACAUAAAAUAAUCCGAACAAUUACAUAAACAUUCGAAUGUGCACAAUCAAGACCUGCGGCAGAACGUUGUGGUAUGGAAGACUCUCGUUCAGCCAGACCCUUUCCCAGGAUGUGCCAUUCCAUCUACCCCAUUUUUCAGCCCUCCCCCCAAGAAUCAAUUGGCAUUCCCUGCCCACUGAGCAGGCUCAGAUCCCAUUAGCCUGUUUGGGGGGUCCCUCCUUAGGAUUUCCCCUCCCAAAUCUUUUUUGUAAUGCAGCAGACCUAUGCGUUUCCUCCGAGUCAGCAGGCUCCUCCUCCUUGUUCAUAGAUGCUGCCAUUUGGAGCAUUCUCCUCUGAAGUUCUGAAACAGACUAUAAGAGUUAAAUGCUGAUGAUAACUCAACAAGCACACUGGGCCACAGUUAGGAAAUUGCUGUCCUGGACUCCUUUGGGAGGAAGGCAAUAUAUAAAUUUAAUAAUUAAAUAACAAACUCCAGUGUAAAGAGAAGCUGUAAGCGGAUUGUGUCUUCAGUUUCUAUUCUGGCAAAUAAACAUUCAGACUAAUGACUGAUUUGACAUGUUGGUUGAUACAGGCGCACUGAUUCCCUCUAUGCCGAAUGUGGAUUUCUUUCACGUUAAUUAUUUUUUGCCUCAACUGAGUUGAUUCUAGGAUAUUUAAUAUUGAAUCCAUUUAUGCCAAUGUGAGUUUUGCCUUGGAAUCAUGGAUUCUCAGAGGUGUGUGGUGUGGCUAAAACACAGACACGGGCAUGAAUAAAUUGAACUCAAAGCAGAAUUGAAAACAAAUUCACCUCCAGAUACAUUUAUAGGUUAAUAUUCACUACUGGAGUCAUCUGGGUUUUUGCUUCUCAGUGCACUUUGCAAUGAUACUGUAGUCUGCUUUUAAUCAGCUACUAGGGAUGGGGGAAUCUGCAUAUUUCUAGAGUGUUAAAAAGUAUUCAUUGGAGAUCAAAAAUAUUUAAUCAUGUGAUAAGAGUAUUGUCAUGGACUUGUUGGAUGCAGAGGAAUGGUGGGAGGAACCAGCUUGGGACCCACCAAAGGAAGAAGGCUAAGAGCCUGGGUGGUAGGAUGUUGAUGAGUGGUCUGAGGUGGAAGAGAGAGAAGAUUGGGAGGAGGUGUUGGAAGCUGAAGAAGUAACGGGUUUAGUGAGCUGGGAGAGUCUGUGGCGGAGAAAAGUCCAGAAUCAGAGGCUGAAGCUGAAGCAGGUGGGUUGGAGGAGGGAGGCCAAGAGGCAGAGAUGAAUCAGGCCAGAUGAAGAGUCACAGGUGUCUCCCCCUCCUGCUGCAACCAGCUCCCCUCCCCUCUUGUCUCCCAGAACUAGAAGAGGGCUGAAAUGGGUGGAGGAGAGGUAGGCUGCACACAGACAUAGUUUCUGAUUGCUUGGAAAAGGCCCUGCAGAGGAGGGGACUUAGACAGUUGUGGGGAGGUGGGGACUUUCAGUCUCAGCAACUGAUUCAUGGGGUCAGACCUGCUGGGGAUGAGCUGCUGUGCUCAUUAGGCCUGACACUCAGCCAAGUCUGUGAAGAUCGUGCUUCUGCUACUAAACAGUGUGAUUUACUGCUGGCUCACUCUUGAUGUCUAUCUAAAAUUGAAUAUAUUGUAAUAGAUCAAUGGUGCUAAAUGUUUAGGUUUAGUAAAUAUUAGGAUUUAAUUAGAACUUGUAUGUUAUAACUGGGAUAUGUUGUAAGACAAUCUCAAUGCGUAUUAGAAGGAGAUUAUGUAACAGGUCUGAGUUGUUUAAUUAGUGUUUAUGUGUACAGACUGUGUGCCAGACUCCUGAGAAUGUAAUCAAGAUCCAUGUGUAUGGGAAUGUGUGGACCUCCUUCUGAGCAUCAGCGUUUAGCAUGUGAAGAGCGUCAAAAGAACUGACCAUUAGAAGGCAAAUGAAUAAAAGAGGCUUAAUUUAUAGGAACAGCAGGGUUAGGAGAGUUGCCUUGGCCUUGAGUGCAGCACUGCUGUGGGGGGAAAGCCCCUCAUGAGAUGACCGUGUUGCAAGAUUUGGACUCCACGUAAACUCAAGUGUAAAUGAGUGAAUAAAUCAUAUUUCUUAAAGCUACAACUAUCCCCACCACGUCAUUUGAACCCAUUAACUGGUCCUUGUCUCUUGAAGUCCUUGUCUCAUAAGCACUGGAAAUUAAAAGUGGCUCAUUGUCUAAGUGCUAGCAUUUCAAAGAUUUGAAUAUGGCUAUUUCAAUUGCCUCUUAAUAAUCUUUUCUCCAGACUGAAGAUACCAAACUUCUUAAACCUUUCCGCAUAGGACUUAUUUUCUAGGGCCCUUCCCACCUUGGUUGCCUUACUUUGGGCACAUUCCAGUCUGUCAAUGUCCUUUCUUAAACUGGACACAGUGUUCUUGUUGAAGUCUGACCAAAGGAGAAUGAAGUGGCAUCCUCGCUUUCUGCCAUUUGUACACUGGGUCUCUGUUGAUGCAGCUUAGAAGUGCAUUGCACCUUUUUGCUGCUGCAUUGCACUGCUGACUCAUGUUUAGCUUGUGGUCUACUAAAAGCCCCAGAUCUUUUUCACAUGCACUGCUUUUGAGCCAGGAGUCACCCAUUCUAUUUUUGGAUCUGAAUCUUCCUGCCUAAAUGCAGAGCUUUUCAUUUAUAUCUGUUGAAAUUCAUUUUGCUCUGGCCCAAUUCAAAAUCAUGUCAAAAUCCUUUUGGGUCCUGUUUCUUCUUUCUUCCGAUAUAUUUGCUAUCCUGCGCAUGGUGUCAUCUGAAAAUUUGAUUAGCAUCCCCUCCAUUCCAUCAUCCAAAUUAUUUAUAAAGAUGCUUACCAUUACCAGGUCUGGGACAGGUCUGUGGCACCUCACCUGUUACUUCUCUCCUGGUUGAUGUGAACCAGUGGCUAACAUACCUGGAAUAGUUUGCCAACCAGCUAAGAAUGCACUUAUGAAUGGUCCAUAUUUUACCAGCUUGUCAUCAAGACUACCAUUGUGGACCUUGCUGAAAGCCUUACUGAAGUUAAAAUGUCUAGAGCAUUUCCCUGAAGGCUAAUAACUCUGUCAAAGGAAGGCAAACAGGUCGAUCUGGCAUGACAUGCUGGUUCUUAGUGAUCAGUGCCCCCCCCCCCAUGCACAUGGAUGGACUGGUUAAUUAUCUGUUCUAGAACUUUUCCAGGUUGCUCCUGCUGCCGCCAAGGCAACUCUGUUGGCCCUGUUUCUGACCAUCCAUGCAUUGGAGGGAUCUGUAAUUGGGAGUGCAGGACGCAUGUGGGCUUCCUCCACCUUGAUGUGGAUGCCAGAUUCCACAUGUUGAAGGGAGUCUACAUGUAUAGAGCUUGCUUCCCACUAUAGACAUUGACCCUCAGCACAAGGAAGGGGGGCUCACACACCACAGUGAGAGAUAACGCUGGUAUUUGUGAUUACUCUUUGCACGAUUUGCAUGUCCCAAUUCAUCUCAAAAUUCAUAGGUGGGUUUGAGAUUGAAGCCACAUAACUCUAUUGUGUCUUUAUCGCCAUAGGUGGUGGCUUUAGGAGAAGUCCCUGAUGGCACAGUGGUCACAGUCAUGGCUGGGAAUGAUGAAAAUUAUUCUGCAGAGCUGAGGAAUGCGUCUGCCGUAAUGAAGAAUCAAGUGGCACGCUUUAAUGACCUGAGAUUCGUUGGCAGAAGCGGAAGAGGUACAUCAUUUUAUUAUUAUGCAUUUAUUCUAUCAACAAAUAUAAAGCCCCAAUUUGAAAAUGUUUCCACACAAAAAUACUGAUUAUUUUAUAAACAAAUCAUGCUCAGCCUUUCAUUUGUAAGAUAAAUGCUGGUUUGCAAAAUUCUGUAUUUAUUCAGACUACGUUGCCAUUCUAGGGUACAAAGCACACAUGCCCCACCCAAACUACUUGUUUUUAUGAUAUCUGAAUUUUGGAAAGAAAUAUUUCAAAAUAGUUCUAAUUUUAUUGGUACCAACAAAUGGGUGGUAGUACAGAAGCAUGAAGAGACACGGGUGGCACUGUGGGUUAAACCACAGAGCCUAGGACUUGCUGAUCCGAAGGUCGGCGGUUCAAAUCCCUGCGACGGGGUGAGCUCCCGUUGCUCGGUCCCAGCUCCUGCCAACCUAGCAGUUCGAAAGCACAUCAAAGUGCAAGUAGAUAAACAGGCAGCACUUCGACGGGAAGGUAAACGGCGUUUCCGUGCGCUGCUCUGGUUCCCCAGAAGCGGCUUAGUCAUGCUGGCCACAUAACCCGGAAGCUGUACGCCGGCUCCCUCGGCCAAUAAAGCGAGAUGAGCGCCACAACUCCAGAGUUGGUCACGACUGGACCUAAUGGUCAGGGGUCCCUUUACCUUUACCUUUACAGAAGCAUGAAGGAAUUUCUGUUGUGGAAUAGAGGCAAAUGAAGUUCACUUUAAAGUUAAUGGUAUUGAGAAAAAGAAUAUGUAUCAUCUUAGCUGCAGCCAAGUCCUCAGCAUAUUUACCUGAGUUCUCUCUCAAGGAAGCAUCAAAGGAUUCUGAGAUUCUAGUCUUUAUAGGGAAGCAGCUGCCCAGGCUCUUGCAGGAAGCAUUUUAAUAUGAUGUUGCCUAGUUUCAGGAUUAGGUUGGAUGUUUGUAAAUGAAGCCCCCUAGUUAAAAAACAACAAGGCUUUAGCAAUCCAAACCAAAAUCCCCUUGAAUUUUAAUUUCACCUGUAAAUAAGCCUGGGCCAUUCCCACCCUUUCUUCUUUCUCUACAAUAUGUCUUCCAGCAGCAGUGAUGGGGAGGCCUGCCCCAAAGCCUUGCCAGCAAAAGGUUCCCAGCAUAAAGAGACUUGGGAAAUACAAUUUGCUGUGACUUUGAGCUCCUUUGCGAAAGGUCCAGAAGCACAGAUAAACUACAAUUCCCAGGGAACCUCCUGCUGGCAAUGCUUUCAUGCCUAAUAAAGAGCCAGGUAACAGCUCUCUUCGCUGUGCUCUCUCUACUCCAUUGCUAGAAAUGGAAGUUUUAGGCCAAAGGAAGGGAGAAGGGGCACCUGUCAGAGAGGGAGAGCACCUGCAUGGAAAGCUGGACAUGCUGAUGGGGUGGCAUCCUAAACAGCACCCUACAGACAAAAAUAGGGACACAAUUGUUCUCAUUCCAGAGACAUCACCUAUCACCAUGACAUGAUGCUGAAACCUCUAACGUCAGCAGCCACUGUGUAUGAAACAGCAGGCUGUGUGCUGUGUGUUGUUGUAUUGAAGAGUGUGCAUUGUCUUGUAUGUGUGCCUAAAAGCAAGAUGCAUCUCUCCCUUCUGAGAGAUUUAAUUGCUAGGGACCUGGGAAGGGGGCUGAACUUUGAAUAGCAACUAUACAUAUUAACAAAAAACCAAAAAACAAGGCAACUCCAAAAGCUAAAAUUAGAGAUAGUGAUUUUCCAAGACCAGGAAAUGGGGGAUGUUCAGCUACAAAAGGACAGUUGAAGACAAGGGUGCCAACUUGAAUAAAAUAUUGGGGAGGCCCAGGUAAGCCCUGCCCCACAUAGUCGACCACAAGGUGUGCAGCACACACCCCAUUUAAAUGGCAAUGUCCAUCAACUUUGGGGGCUGCUUGACUCCUCAAAUAUUGUAUGGCAAAGCGUCCUUGGCCCCUAGGAGUUGGCUCCUGUGGUCGAAGAAUGGAAUGUCCCAAAUUUUCUGAAAUUUUAGGUCACCUCUCAGAAAAAUGCAUGCGUUUCCUCCAAGCCCAUUCCAAACUGAGGUGGGGAGAUUUUGCUUAUCUCUAAAAUUAUGUUAUUUUUAUUUAGCAUUGGGUCUGUCUGAUCCAGUGCUUACUGAGACUGAAAAGCUGUUGUAGGUUUCAAUAAACAUUGGAUCAGGUUCCAUACAUAGUACAGUUGCUAAAUUAGUGAGAAUCAAGUAUUGUUUACUUUAGAAUGGAAAUGAAUAUGACUUUCUAGUUCCCAGAAGAUUCAGCUCUGAAGUUUCCUCUGCCCUUUAAAGAUCUCUCUGUAAUAUGAAAUUUAGUCUCCAGUCGUAAAAACUUUUUAUAGCAAUAGAAAGACUGAAGAGAAUUUCCACUGAAAAUCCCUGUAACUGCUUCAAAAUUGAAAUUAGUGACUAAAUAGAUGUUUGAAACAAUGCUGAUUUACAUUUUUUAAAAAUACAGAAAUCCCCAAAGCAAAAUGAGUUUGCUAGCUAUAUGAGGUUUAAGUAAGUCAAAAUAUAUUAAUUUGUUCAAUAUUUUGUCAGUUGUAGCACAAGCAACAACUUACACCGCAAUAAAUCUUUGGCAUCCUGAUGUGAUGCUAGCCGGGCAGAGCGGGAUUGCUCCAUCCCAUUCCUCUCUCAGGCAGGAAAAACCGAAAAACCUUUUUCCAGACUUGGAUUCUUGCUUGUUCUGCUGUUACCCAAGAAGUCUCAGCCUGGGAAAGAAGGGUUUGACAGCAGACUCGUUCUGAUUUUUACGCUGGGAGAUGGCACCAUGUGGUAUUCUUGUGCCUUCCUUAAAGCAGCAGUGAAGGAUGAUUUUUUUAAAAAAGCAAAUGAGCUUCAUUUUCACCUCCCAAAUUAAUACACAGAUCAGAACAUAGAAUCAUAGAAUUAUAGAACAUAUGUAGUAUUCUUUGGAUUGUGAAUUCCUCCUAAUUUUGUGAUAUAGUUCUUGGCUCAAAAGUAUACCAAAAUGCGUAAAGAAUGAAUAUUUUAGGAUAAGCUAUGUUUAGAAAUACAUUCAUUGAGAUGAAAUAAGCAUUAAAUUUUUAAAUACUUAGAUAAGUGGAGAAGUCCACAUAUACUGGUGCUGCAAUGGAUUGGAUCUGACUUGCAAAUGAGUGCAUGCAAAAUUGACCUGGCUGGGCAAAGACUGACCCUUCCCUUCCCUCUAGCCAGGCAAGGCUACUGCUCCAGCCCAGGGGUUGGGGUCCUUUGGCCACCUUGGCCCAGCACUCGCUCUGUGGUGCCCUAUAGAACCACAUUUAAAAACAAAACAAGUUGUGCAAAAAUAGGAACCAGGCUUUUCUGAGGCAUGUAAUUAACAUAAAUGCAAAUCUGUGAGAGGAGCCAGAAUCACGGUUCUGGCCAAUCAGAGGGGUCAUUGUUACUAUCUUAACCAUUUGUGAACCACCCUGAGACCUGAGGGUAUAGGGCGGUAUAUAAAUUCAAUAAAUAAUUUUUUUUAAAAAUAAAUUGGUAAAAGUUAUUUAGCAAGGGCUGUUCCCAGUGAAUGGUUUUUAUUUUAGGAAUGUGGCCAAUCAUGUAAUCUUUUAAAUCUAUUUCAAUGCUAUAUAAUAAAGAACACUUCUAUUGCACAGAUAAUUUGAUAAAAAAUAUUUAUUCCCUUUCUUAUUUUAAUGUAUUGUUUUAAAAUUCUGUUUUGUCUUUAUGUUGGUUGAUUGAGUUUGAAGGUUUUUUGGCAUCUAUUUCAAGAUAGCCUGCAACAGGAGUACAGUAGUUACAGCACAAGACUGGUGCUGGAAAAGAACAGAAAUCUGAUGUAGCCCUUGUCUGCUCCAAAACUCAUUUGAAACCUAUGAUAUACAUUUAUUAAACAGUAGGAAAUGAAGUGAGUAUAUAAAAAAAUCACAGUGAGUCUCCCUCACUCUUACCUCCCAUGGAUGAGAAGCUUUCUGUGAUCAAUGAGUAAAAUUUACGAAAAGUGAUAGUGUAUUUUACAAACUCUCAACAUAUUUAUUUAAGAAACUUCAAAGGAUAACAAAGGGUAUGUGCAAAGUUUUACUAUAUUGGCUUUCCAAGUUUUGGCUACUUUCCCAAAUAGCAAUUUUUAUAUUAAAAAAAGAAAGAAAGAAGGGGGGGGGGGAGAGACAGACUUAACUGCUUGCAGACUUUUCACGCAUGGAAGAUGAAGAAAGCUUCUUUUGAUGAAGUGUAAUUAUGUCCAAACAGAGCUGACCCCCUCCUCCUAUAUUUCUUAUGAUCUUAACGGAAGAAAGUAGGGUUUUUCCUUUGAAGCAGCCGGGAUUUGGUAGAGGAUCUGAAAUGCUAGCUCCAUUCUGCUGCCAGAGGCAUGAUGGAGAAAUUGGUCCAGACUUGUCUCUCAGACACAGAGCAGAGAGCACGAAAGAAAAAGUUAUCAUUAAUGAUGGAUUUUUAUAGCACUGCUUAAAAUAGAAGGAAAGGAAACAGUAGUAGUAAACAGGAGCUCAUGUGCUAUAAACAUAGCAAGAAUGUUCUGGGCUAAGUAGACGUUUCUAUUUAUUGGAACAGGGCAGGUAACCAUAUGAAACACAUGCAUAAUAUGAAAAUAAGGCAAAAUAAAACAUGAGCUAGAACUUCACGCGCAGUUGAAAACACUGCCCUGGCAACCAAAGAUCAGACUAACUCGAAAGCUUUGCAAUACUUCCAGAAAAGGACCAGGCACAUGCAAGCAUCCAAGGGUAGUGCGUUCUGCAGCCUUUGGGCAGCCCCAAAGACUCCCGUCCACAGACUCUUUCAGCUUCAUUAUCUAGUUAGGGAGGUCUGCCCAACUGUUCCCUACUCCAGCUUCCUGUUGCCACUACAUCUUUGUCUCAGCCGCUUGAUGUGGCCCCCUGGAUGCUGCAGUGGAGGCAAGGAGUGAAAGAAAGUGGGUAGGGAUGGGGAGAGGCAGAUUGCAUGUGCCGCUCAUCUUUUUACCAGGUGACUCAGUCCAGGAGCAGUGGUGAGUUGCAAAUUGCCACUUCGAUCGAACCAUGCCUUAUAUGGAACGGUUUAAGGAGCUGGGUCUGUUUAGCCUGGAAAAGAGGAGACUGAGUGGCUAUAUGAUCGGCCUCUUCAAAUAUCUGAAGGGCUGUCACAUGGGAAAGGGAGCAAGCUUGUUUUCUCCUGCUCUGGAGGGUAGGACUCGAACCCAUGGCUUCAAGUUACAAGAAAGUUCCUGACUAAACAUCAGGAAGAACUUUCUGACAGUAAGAGCUGUUAGACAGUGGAACAGUCUCCCUUGGGAGGUUGUGGACUCUCCUUCCUUGGAUGUUUUUAAGCAGAGGUUGGAUUGCCACCUGUCAUGGAUGCUUUAGCUGAGAUUCUUGCAUUGCAGGGGGUUGGACUAGAUGGCCCUUGGGUCCCUUCCAACUCUAUGAUUCAUUUCAAACGCUGCUGGCUGUAGUCAGGAAGGUCUAUACAAUGGUCUCCCAGCCUUACUGCCCACAGACACUUUACCUCCUAGGAUGUUUUAUAACACAGCAGGCCAUUCAUUAGAAGAUAUCCCAAUAUUGUUCAGAGUCAAGAAGGAGAUCCUCCUUGAUUUCCUGCAGAGCAGGGGUGGGGAAACUGUGGUCCUUCAGGUGCUGUGGGACGCCACCUCCUGGUCACCCCCAAAGAGCGUGGCCAGAGUCUGUGGUGUUGGCAGCUGGAGUCCAAAGACAGCUGAGGGGUCAUAGUCUCCCAGCUCUGCUGUAUGGCAUAUAAUAUAUGUUAUCUUUGUAGUAAUUUCCUCCCCUCAGGAAACUGUAGCACUCUUAGAGGGGCAAGGAACCUUUAACAGAGAAUUCUCAGCUUUAUCAGCUUCAGUUUCCAGGAGUCUUUGUGGAGGGGGAAUUGUGGCUCAGUGGAUGUAAUUACUUAACUUCCUUGUACUGCACUGGUAGAUAAGUGGUUAAGAUUGGAGUGUUUAAUGCUGCAACCAGCAAGACAUUCUACCAUCUUUGUAGAGUUACUGCCUGACUUGUGGACACACAUAUCGGUGCAAAUACUUAUGAUUAAGAUAUUUGGUCUGUAAAUUAAUUGCAACAGCAUCUGACUGCAGAAUCUGCCCUGUGUGCUUGUAGGGUAGUUUCUCUCUUCAGCAGGGAGGUUCAACUACACCCAGAUGUGUUAAUGACAAAGAAUGCCCAGUAUGGGGGUGCACUAAAGGAGCGGUGCCAGAUGACUUCUGAGCCAGCGAGGUUCAUAAAAAGAACACUAAAAUUAGUAAUUAGCUACCAGAAGUAAAUUUCAAGGCCACAGAGGAACCAGUAAAAAGAAUGUGGGAAGGAGCUGGUGGGGAGAGAAUCUGGUCAGGAUCUAGCAAAAGUCAGGCAUUUUUAAAGUCACAGUGAUUUUACUGUGAGAGAUUUCAGCAAAUGCUUUAUGAUGCAAUCUAAGUCUACUCAGAGGUGAGUCCCAUUGAAGUCAAUGGUGCUUACUUCCAAGUAAGUGGGGCUAGGAUUGUGCCUUUAGUGACUCCAAUGGGACUAAAAAGUGCUUAGCUUUGGGCUGGAUCAUGACUUUUAUCUUCUGCAUGACUAUAGAUCCUCAUAAAACACAGUGUUUUCUCUGACAUAACGAGAAAUACAGUUGGUAAAUGUGUAUACUGAUAUUUAUUUUGAUUAUGUAGAAUGUAUCAAAACACACCAAGCAUCUUAAUAUUUUAUAUUUAAGCCUUUGCUAGAGGUAUUUUUGCAUUUUAGACCCAUCACUUCUCUUUUUUUAACCCCAACACUCUUUCAUUUAUGUGAGCAAAGCCAGGUUCCUGAAUUCCAAGCCAAAUUUAUUAGCAGUCUUUUAAAAAAGAUGUCCAGCUAAAGUAUAUUCCCACUUUUCAUUACUUGUCUUUUGAGUACAAUAUCAGAAUAAGAAGAUCAACAUUUAAGAUGGUGCAGGGAGCUUUCAGUUACACUAGGAUACAGAGAAUGCAGCAUUGUUUUUAAAAUGUUUUGGGCAGGAUCAGUCCCCUCAACCCCCACCCCAGUUAUACGAACGCCUGUCUUUUUCCAAGCCUUGUACAGCAAUUUUUGACAAAAAUAUUGUUUGUUUUAAAUCAGUUCUGGCUAGCCAGGAUCGAAAAAGUGGUUGGAACAAGGUGAUGGGAGCUUCCCUUUUCUCUUCUUGGGCAUAAGGAGGCGUAGGUGGAGGCAACACACGCAAGGAAGGAAUUUUAAAACGGCAUCCUUGAUUCUCCUGUAAAAAAAUAGGGGGAUGGGGGAUAAUGGCAGGGCUGGUGGCAAGGAAAAGAACUUGGCGGGAGAGGCUGGUCUGGCAGCUUAGUUUACUCUCCUAAAAACCCACUGAGGGUUUUGCUGGCAUCCUGAUUUAGUGGUAGCAAUGAACCUACCUCUGGACAGCAGGGGUUGUUCUUACUAGCCAGGAUCAAAGACUUGCUUGCCUCUGGCGUGUGGAAGAGUGGUGUUGUUGGAAGAUGAAAAUUUAAAAUAAGGAAUUAAAUAAAACACCAAAAUAACAUCAAUCACAAACCAGUGGUCAACAAUAAGGUUAGCCAUGCCCAAAGGCUGAUCUGUUGAAAAACGGAAUAGUUAAGAUUAAAACAAUAACUGUUUCUCCUCCAGCUGCAUACUUCUCAGAGGGUGUCGCUUAGUGAUAGGUCACUUCUGCGUAAGUGUUCCAUUUCUGUAAUGAGCGAAAUAACCAUUAUUUGUGUUCUAAAUCACAGAUUUUCCUGAAAAUGCUGUGUCCUAGUACUGGGAUAGAAAUAUUUCAUUCCCUUGAAAGAUUUACAGUCAUAUUCAUUCUCUCUCUCCUCUCUAUGUAUAUAUGUCCAAGAUGUUCUGAAGCACAUGCCUGUUAACGAAUGCUGUAGGUCUGAAGCAAGUUUAGAGAGGUGGAUUGUAGAGGAAAGCUUGCUUACUAGAGUUGACAGCAACAGACCUGUUCUGUUUUAUUUAUGUACCCUAAUACGAAAUGAACACACAGACACGCAUCUGCGCGCUUGCUUUGUAUUAGACUUUGAAAAGACUCUAUUAAGUUUUGUGCUGCUACAUAUUGUUUAAGAGUUGGGUUUUGAUUUAAUGCUGACAAGGCAGAGACAAGGCAGGAUGGGAGGGGGGAGGAAAAGAGUGAGCGUUUAAAGAGAAAAAGACCUUUUUAAGAUUCUGGUAAAAAGAGUCAAGCCUAAAUGAGCCAUAGGCAUGAGAUUGCUGACGGCUUUAUUGAGUCACUGUUGCACGCCCACCUUUUCCUGUCUUGAAACAGUUUGCAGUUUUGACUAUCUGAAAUGAUUAACAGUUGCAUAUCUAAGUGAUUAGAGCAGUGACUGCAGAACAGAGACCACAGUCUUGCAUGACUGAAGGUGCAUUCAGAUCCUGUCCCCUUUUCUUUCUCCCUUUCUAUAUAGUUUUGUCUUUUUAACAGUUGCAAGGUUGCACUGCAUUGCAUGCUACCUUGCAGUUGUGAAAUAGAUCACAUUUUAUACAUGCAAAGCAACUUCACACUGGAUAGGUAUUUAGGAAAGAAAGAAAGAAAGAAAGAAAGAAAGAAAGAAAGAAAGAAGAGUUCUAUAGAUUGUUCCAGUAAUGAUGAUAUCAUAUUAUGACUACAGGCAUAUUAAAAGCAGGAGACACUAGCUCCCUGUUUGAUGGCUCCCGGGAGCAAUAUUUAUUCUUUUCACAUAUUGUAAUGGACAAAUUAAAUAAUGAAACAAUGUGAUGUAAAAUAACAUAAAAUUCAUUUCAGCUGCACAGUGCAGUGAACAGUAAUUCUACUCAAGAGUUUUACACUGGUGUAAAUGCUUGCGUGGAACUUGGCAUUCUGCUCAGAGUAAGUUAUUGCAGUUCAAUCAGCGCUGGCCAUGACCUUACUACACUGAAUCACAUGCCUUGUUCCCCGUUCAGAAAGACGUAAGGCAGGACUUGUGGGAAGAAAUAUGGUAAUGUUUAGUGUUCCUCAGCCCCUCUGCAUAAGAACCCCAAGCAAUGCUUGUUCCUCUUAAAAGCAGAGCCACUGGUGAAAAGAGAGCCUUGGCUGCCCAACUGUUGAGCAGCUUCCUUGCCUGCAGCCCCCCUCCCGCCUGCUUGCUCGAUCCCCACACUUGGAUUGAAUUAUAAAAAUGAGGAGGGGCUGCCUUUGGUGUUCCUGGAGUCUGUCAACCACCUUCCAUACUGAGAAAAAAGCUCUUUCUUGCCUUGUGGUUUGCAAUUUUAGUGCCAUGAUCAGGCACCACCAAACAUCACAUGGCACCUUUCUGCUUCAUUAGGAGACAUCUCUUUUCUAUUUCUUUCCCACUGGGGUUUCCCCCAUGGAGCUCCUCUUCCUGGUCUUGUUCAGGCUGGGACAAACCUUUUCUCUAUUGUUAGCUUCUUGGGGCAGGGGCCCGCUAGUUGCUUAUGUUAUUUUGCAGAACAGUGUGGAACGCACCUUGUAUACCAUGCUCUAUGUAAAAGAAAUGAUGUUUGUCCCAUUUCUGAAGUGUUCCUGUUUAUAUUCCUGGCUUAUCUUUGUCAGAGGCCCUGUUACGUGAGCAAAAACAUUCCUGGGAAACACCCAGAGGACUCUAGUUUCAGCAGUCCUCUCCUCUGGGAGUAUGAGGGCUAGCAUGUCCUCCAAAAUUCCUCGGAUGAAAAUAGGGACGUCCUAAGGAAAAGCGGGACAGCUUCUGUAAAUCUGGGACUGUCCCUGGAAAAUAGGGACACUUGGAGGGUCUGGGGUAGGGCUCGCCUACCUUGGGUACCAUAGUCGGCAGAGCCGCUGCUGGACUAGUAGGUGACUUAAGACUCAUCCCAGGCAUGUGUCUCAGAGGAGACCCACACCUGCCUUUCUCUGCUAAGCUCCUCUUAUGCUAGUUGUGUAUUAUGUUGCUGAAUGCUGCUGUCUGGACAUUACUGCCUGAAAGCAGUAAUGGGCAUAAAGCCUGCUGAUUGACAUUCACUGCAAAAAAGAAGAAGAAGCCUGUAAUAAUUUCUCCACUAUUAUUUCACCAUCUGAUAUUUCAAUUAAAAAAAAUGAGUUCCAAACGUUAGAGUGAAACCACAGCAGCAUAAUGUUUCCUUGUUCCACUGGGGCUUCGAGUUUGAUGAUAAUUGGGUUCAGUAGCAGCCAGCUUGACGGGACAGAGGCACCUACUUGACCUCCUGGCAAGAGCAUCACUGCUGCUUAGGGGGAGGCAGAGGGGCAAGGUGGUGCAGCUGCAUGAAAAGGAGUGCGCAAUUGGCUUCGCUGGUGCUUUCCCACUGCCUCAACUUCAGUACUCCUAGCACCGCUGCCAGAAGGCCAGGUAAGUGGCUCAAUCCCACCAGGCCAUCUUCUGUUGAUUGGGAUUCUGAGUGCUGUAGAUGGUUUCUCAAGCAACCAUAUUUUUAUACUCAUUCUUUUCCUUUCCCCUUCCCCUUGUUUUCACUGUUCCUUACAGGGAAGAGUUUUACCUUGACAAUAACAGUCCUCACAAAUCCCCCCCAAGUGGCUACGUACCACAGAGCUAUCAAGGUGACAGUGGAUGGACCCAGAGAACCAAGGAGUAAGUACACUGUUCUCUGCUUGUGAUCUGGAGUCUGGUGCUCUUCAUUUGUGGAAGUAAAUGGCUGCCAUCACCUUCAGUGUAGGAUACUAUUUCUUCAUCUCCUAUUCCAAGCCCGGUUCUCUCUCUUGUGGAGACCUCGCUGUGAUUUAGGCGAAUUGUUCCAAGUUUAGAGCACAGGUGGCCAUUCCAGUAAUGGGACUUCAGAGGACUUCAUUGGAAGCUCAUGGUGCUCAGACUGAAUUCUUGCAUCAUCCAAGCAAUGUGUUUUCCUCCUGGAAUUCAGGCUGUGUCCUCACUAGUUUGCUGUUUGGGUGAAGUGACAUCCACACGGUUCUGGCCAAUUUUAUCCAUGCCCACUUUCCCUUUGUUAGUGGUUUUCCUAACUUGGUUAAAAUUUGCCCAUACUGUGUGGACACUGCUUUGCAAAAUGCUGAGGGGUGUGUGUGUGUGUGUGUGUGUGUGUGUGUGUACUAGGUUCCCAUAGUCUGUUGUAAGGCAAGUGAAGAGGGUAUUCAAUAAACAGUCCAAUAUUUUGAGAACCCAAGACUUCAGUCGCCUGAGCCCUUUUGUGAUAAUGUCCCUGUGGCCUAGAACAGUGGUAGGCAACCUAAGGCCCAGGGGCCGGAUGCGGCCCAAUCGCCUUCUCUAUCCGGCCCGCAGACAGUCCGAGAAUCAGCAUGUUUUUACAUGAGUAGAAUGUGUCCUUUUAUUUAAAACACAUCUCUGGGUUAUUUGUGGGGCCUGCCUGGUGUUUUUACAUGAGUAGAAUGUGUCCUUUUAUUUAAAAUGCAUCUCUGGGUUAUUUGUGGGGCAUAGGAAUUCAGUCAUCCCCUCCCAAAAAAAAAUAUAGUCCGGCCCCCCACAUGAUCUGAGGGAUGGUGGACCGGCCCCCAGCUGAAAAAGGUUGCUGACCCCUGGCCUAGAAGGACUGGCACUGAAGGUCAGGCAGAUCUCAUCCCCUGCUUAAUUCAGUAAGACCAGGAAGCAAGGGUUUUUACUUUGCAUCUCAUUAAUGAGGUGUGAAUUGUUCGAGAUUAAGUCUUUAUAGGGUUGUGUUAAUGUGAUUGUAAUUACUUAGAUGCACCUUCAGAUGCCAUUUUCCAGAACCUGAGCAAAUAUGCUCACUGUUUUGUAAAGGAAAAAGCAUUCAGAUAUGUGGAACGUGGCACGAACAUCAUUGUAUGCUUCUGAAUACAUUUCCCCCUAUUACAGGCAAUUAUUUUUACUCUUUUACUACUUAAUUAUGUCAUGUAUAAUUAGAUUUUCUUAGUACAGAAUCUAGCUUUAACAAUGGAAUCAUGCUAGAGCCCUUGGGAAUAAAGAACAUGGCAAUAUACUGUAAUAGGACUGAACUAGCAACCUUUAAUUGAUGCUUAGGAAUUGUCUGCACUCAGAUGAUCUUUCCUGGCUUUAUACAGCUGAGGUUUAUGGCACCAAGAAUGAGUGCUGGGAACCAAGUACUCCUAAUUUGCUCCCCACCACAACUGCCCGCUGUCAUGAGCGGACUUCGUCAGAGUGUAUUAAGCCAGAGUCUCCCAUUACAUCUGAAUUUGGGAAUGAUAGCUUAAUCCCAGCUGAAGAAAGAAAACAAUGAGGUGGGCUGCUAUGUGUAAAAUGAAGAAGUCAUUUGCGAUGCAACCAGCCCUGGUUCAGCUGCCAAAGAAUGAGACAGUGGGAAUGAGGAACAGGAUCCUUCAGGCAUCCAGGUGAAUCUCAGUUAACUAACCAGAACGAGAAGCCAGGCUUAUUAUUCUGGUUGCUAACUGUCAUUAAGGCAGACUUCCUUGGUUCAGAUAAAAUUAGGAGCUCUGGUUUAACAUAACCUGGGACUGAAGUUCCAAGGCAAUGCAGAAAGGGAAAGGGGGACUGCCGUGGAGCCGGGCAAGGCAAGGAUGUUUGGCCCUAAUAUUUGUCCCGGACUGGAAUUAUGGAAGGAUACUAACAGUUAAUCGUAUUAAGAAAUUAAUGAUUAUUUGAAGAGUAAUCACAUUAAAAUCAGAUAAAUGCUUCUGAUGGAAGCAUCUUAGUCAUUUAUUUGCAUUUGAUGAGUAAUUGCUGAUGAAACCUUGACAGGAGUGCAAAUUCAGUUGUUUCAGUGUUACACCCACCGCCGCCUUCUUCAUGUUUCCCUCUGAUUAACAAUGGAGAAAUAUUGGGGUCCCUUCUGUUCUUGAACUAUAUGGAAUUUGCCUGCGCAUGUCAAAGACUGUUUUCACCUUGUAUCAGAGAAGCUUCCUGUCUUUUUCAUUCAUCUUUGCUAAAUUUGCUGUUCUUGAAAAAGGCCCUUUUCUCAUUUGCAACUGCUAGCACUUAGUGAGUUUGAAAGCAUUUUGUCCUUUGUGAAACACUGACAAGUUUCUACAUCUGGAUUUAAUUUGGUUCUUCCCGUUUGGAAGUCUGCAACACUGUGCUGAUAUACCUUUGAAACAGGAAAUUUCCAAACAGGCAGACAAUAUUUAAGCGCAGCAAAAGGAACAGAUUUGUGCCUAAAUUUGCCCAUCAGCACAACAUAUGAAUGCUUAGCAAGCAGCAAACAUUUCAGUAGCAAGUACAUUCAUGUAUGAAAUUUUGCUAGUGCACGUAGGUCCCAUUAUCCAAGCACUUGUAGGAAAAUUCACUUAUCCAAACACAAGGAAUUAGCACCCAAGUCUCGCUAUACACACCACAGAUUCAGAUAUCCAAACAGCUGGAUCUGUGUGUAAACAAAUAAGCAGGCUUAAACAUACCUUACUUUUUGUGUUCUAUUGGUUUGAGGUUGCCAGGGAAGGAGGUGAGAUAAGACAAUUAAGAUAACAGCCUUUUGCAGGGUUUCAGACGGUUUCCCUGGGUUUCGCUUUUGUCUGUCAUUUGGAGGUCAGAAUUCUGUGGUCGAGAACACGAUAGAAAUAUCCUCAUAGGAAUCAAUGGAAAUAAUUUAAUUAAUAUGCAAACGCUUAACAAACGAUUUGCAGGAUUAGAAUGAAAAUAAAACAUGGCUGCCAUAUGGGGGCUUGGGGACCCACAAAGAGAAUACAGUCAUGGGGAAGCUUUUGCCAUAACUGAAUUACUGCAUGUGAAUACAGGCUCUGGCAGACUGAGCAGAUGAGACCAAUAAAGCAGUUUCUGCACAUGCCGUAGACGGAAGUGAGGGGGAAAUGGGGGUUGUCAGUCAGGGAAUGUAACCCAUGCAGGAGAAGGGAAACUCUGGUCCUAAACCUCUGCUGCCUUGCAGGAUGUCUUGGUGAGAAGAGGAGGCUAAGGAGUAAACCCUUCACAAAUCUGCAGUACAGUCCCUAAGGCAGUUGCAUGGUGCCUUGUACGCCUCUUUCCAGCAACUCCGGCAGUCAAGCUGGAACCAACUGUAUUGCUCUGCUUUCCUGUGGACAACAUUAGUGAGUCAGAGAGGGGGAUUUUAUCAUCUGGGCAGCCCAGGCCCUCCAGACACACUGCCCAGGCUUGCGCCCCAGGAGAGGUCACUUUGGUGCUGCUAAUGCAGCGGUUUUGCUUCACCACUGGAGAUGCACUCCAUUGUCUCUCAAGACAGAUGGAUGCCGACAACAUCAAAAUACCUAAGACACUUUGCAAAGUUUGCCUUGGGGGAGGGAGGGAUUCUUUAACAUCCACUCACACUGAUUGUUCGGUGCUAUUUGGAAAAGAAUAACUUCUAAAGACUACUUGGUCUCAGAUGAACCUACCAUAGGAAAGAUGCAUCCUGGUUGCUAGGGGAAAAGGGAGACGCAGAAGUGGUGAAAGGGCACUAAAUGGAAGGUGGGAAACACCAGCUCUUUAGGACCUCAAGUAUUCCUAUUGGCUACAAAGAUUGACAGGCAGCAACAGCAGCCAGACUAGCCUAUUUCACAUAAAUUGCUUAGAAGGGACCUUGCACAUUUUCCUGAAGAACUUUCUUUCUAGGAGGGCUAGCUCAGACCCUGGGGACCCUGUUCAGGUGCGCCAGUAAAGGCUUCCACAGGUGUCACGGUGCCCUCAGGUGCAAAGUUAGUGAACCUUCAUCUACAGCUAUUGGUGAAACACAAUAUGACUUGAUGGAAGACAGCUUCCUGUUUAUGGUAUUAUUUGCUCUGAGUGAUAGCUGCUCUCAAAAUGUUCCCCUGUGAUGUGGCGGUGAUUCUGCAGAACUGUUUUCCUCAGGCAGCAGGGCUGUCUUAUCAAUGAGAAGGGGAAGCAGUCCUGGGCAUUAACGGAGCUUCCUUUCCCAUGGCAACAUAUAGCAGACUUUAGCAUGGUACUAUUGAGAAGAGCUUUAUUGUGUUGUUUCGUUUUAAGCUGUGGGAAUGCUUGUGGCAAAGAACAAUUACUUUAAACUAUAAAUAAAUAAAAUGAAUGGAAGAUGUGGACAAAAUCAACACGAAAUGGAAGGGCCUAACCUGUGGCCCUCCAGAUGUUGAUGAGCUACACCUCCCAUAAUCCCUGACCCAAAUUGGGCCAUGGUGGCUGUGGCUGAUGAGAACUGAGGUUCCUCUUGUUCAGAAGAUAAAAAGCUGGUUUAAACAUAGCUAAAUGGCAAAGGCAGUGGGAGAUGGGUUCUGUAGGUAGGAGGGUGUUUCCCUUUUGUCAUGGGUGUAGCCAGGAUUUUGUUGAGGGGCCGGCUUUUGUUAGGAGAAGGCAGAACCUCAGAUUUGUAUUGAUUUGUACUGAUUUGGGCGUCCAUGCCUUUUGCCCAUCAUUUUUGGAUUUUUAAACUGAAAAAGAGGCAGGGGAGGUUAGUAAGUUCAGCGUUUUGAUGGGGCAUUGCAAUUUUUGGAGUGGAUUGUACAGGGCUGGGAGGAUUGACACUGAAUGUUGUGAAGUUUCUGGGGCGGAGGAAAUGGUUGAACAUGUUCUGUGGGCUUGUUUAAGGUAUACAGGCCCUUCAUUGCACAUGGGUUCGAGUCCCACAUUGGGCAACAGAUUCCUGCAUUGCAGGGGGUUGGAUCAGAUGAUUCUUGUGGUCCCUUCCUAUGGCACAAUUCUAUGAGUCAAGGAUUUGUCUGUGGGGCCUGCCCUCCAGGAUAACACUCUCUGGGGUUCAGUGUUGGAGAGUUUAUGACAGUUUGUGAAGACUACUGGGCUCUAUGAAUUGUUGUAAGUGAAAUGUGAUUGUACUAUUGCUAGUAGGUGGUGGUAAGAGAGCCUUUCCUUGGUCCUGAUCCAAGUCCAGAAUAAGUGGUGGCGCUAGCACAUUUGUCAAGUUAAGCAGUGUCUAGUUUGGUUUCAAAUUGAAUGGGGGACUAUGUGUUGAGGCACUUGCAUUGCAGGGGGUUGGACAAGAUGGCCCUUGGGGUCCCUUCGAACUCUGCAAUUCUAUGGUUUUAUGGUUCUACAUGUGGGUAUCCUGACUAGUAUUAGCUGCUUUAGGAUGGGGCCAAAAAUGCUUGAAGUACGCUCCCAAUGAGUGUAAAGGAAUCACUCCAAGGUAAAUGUGCAGCCUUAGAAUACAAUAUGGGAACAGGGCUAUGACUACUUAGCUCAGUGAAUUGUCAAUAUUGUUUUGUUUAUAUUAUGAUUAAACCAACUAAGGACAUUCUUUAAUUUGAUUAACUUACUGUCAGGGAACUACCAUCGGCUCAGAGGUGAGAAGUGGAAGGGCAGCUGGAUUACAGAGAGCCUCCAAAGAUCGUGGGAAGCAGCACUUCCUCAGUGGAGGAGGGCAGCCCCGCCUCCGGUGGGGAAGGGAUGCAGGGCUCGGAGGAUGCAAGAAAGAGCCAAGGCACCAUGGCUGAGCAAAGCGGGGGGGGGGAGGCCCCCCUUUACCCAAGCCUGCCCUGCGCACUAGGCUUUCGCACAGAAAGGGGAGGCGUCGGAUGGGGGUCAAGAGACUACUCUGCUGGGGAAAGUUUAAGGAUCGCCCACUCUCAGAUUCUGAUAGUGACUGAGCAAGACAUGGAAUAGAGGCGUUCUGCAUUGUAAAUGUUUUUGCACCAAUAAUAAAGCCUUUGAAAAGACCAGUGAGGGAUCUUGCCUGUCCGCUCUCGAGCAACCACCCUGAUAGGCAUAACACUUAGGUACAUUUCAGAAAUGCCCUGUUCUUGCCACUCUCAGUAAUCAAAGCAGAAAUUUUGGAUCCUCAGUGAAAAUGAUUUUUUAAAAUGGCAUUAAAAAUCAAGUAGUCAAAACUACUUGAUUAGGUUAGUUUAUUAUAAUUUCUAGAUUUGUUCAAAAAAUAAAGCCAGUAGAAGCUGGUAUGGCUAGAAAGAUCUCACCAAAUUUUGUCUUUGUGUCUCAAUAAUUGUUUGAUUUGAUUGAGCUGGUAUAGACGAAUUUUUAGGGCUCCACCUUGAGAUUAUAAUAGUAUAUAGGAAUUUGAAUAGGGGUUCAGUGUGCCCUAAUAUUUUAGGAAAAAUUACAGCAACAGUUCUGAAGUACCAUUAGUCUUGGUGGAGGAUGUCUUGAAAUUGUGGUUUCCAUUUCACUACCUGUGAGCAUUUGUACAAAAAGGUGGGCAAAUGCAACUUUCCACAAAAUGUUUUUACCUUCUGCAAAUUACCUACCUGUGUGCAGAAGUGUGUUAAAAUUUCAUUUCCUCCUGAGAAUUCCAGGACCAAUUUAGAUUAGUAAAUCGGCAAUUAGUUACUGCAGUAAAUUAGUGCAGCUGGCACUGGCGUAGCACAAAGAAGGUGAGGCAUCUGAGGGGAAUCUGUGGGGCCUCUCCAAUGAGGAGUUCUGAUAAUACUUGUAUAUUUUUUUUCUUAGUAAGUUGAUACAUCAACAGACAGUUCCCUUUUCUGCUGGGACCUGUAUUUAUUUCACUAGGACGUCUGAAGCACGUUGCCAUGUUCCUCAUUCUCGCUCUCCCUUUCUCUGGCAAUUGAACCAGAGUCUGUCACAUCACAAACAACUUCUUAAUAUACACAUCUGGCAUUGGCAGUUGGACCAACUUCAUAAGAGCACAUGAUCAUCAUUCAUUACAAGAUUAAAAAAUACCCCAUGGCAUCAUUGAUGUUUUUAAACUUUGAUCUUUUGCCGCUGUGAUUCAUCUCAGUUAUAAAACUCCUCUUUAAAGGAACACAGACGAUGACUUAUUAGAACCUUCAUCGUAAGUAACAUAAACAUAACAUUGUGUGCAUCUUUACAGAAUGUGAGUUACUUGGGCUGCCAGCUUAUCAUUUUAAGACAUGACAUCAUGCUGGAGAUCUUGGAUUUGUAAGGCUUCCUUAUAGGAAAGGCACUUUGACCUUCUCUUGGCAAGGAGAGCUGACAGAACAAAUGCUGCAUGAUUUUCAUUGGUAAAUUGGAGCUGCAGUCCUUGUCCUGGAUGCUCAUGGAUGGAUUAGCUAAGCUUUUAUAAGGGAAGACCUCCAGUUCACCUUGCUUGAAGUUUUGACUACUUGAUUUUAAAAAAUCGAUCUUUAUAAAUUGCCAUUUCACACCUUUUAUCUGUAUAUUUACCAAUGUGGGAUUAGGGCCAUUUGAACCAUCACACACACACAUGUUAUGUGAACACUUAAAAUGUAAUGCGUUAACGCAGCAAAAAUGUACCAUCACUUACAUUCAUAGAGCUCUGAUUAACCGACAGCCCCCAUUUGAGCCUUUAUUUGGUGGUACAGGAGUAUCUUCCCCACCUUUUUUCUAUCACUGGAAUCAUCCCAAAGAUUUCCUCUGCCGGCUUUCUGGGGAGGAGGUUGUUUUAUUAUCAUUCUGGAGUGGACAGCAACAUCCUGGGAAAUGUGGAAAAGGUGCUACCCAGUAGUCUAAUCAGCAGACCAUUCAUAAGUGGUCACAUGGCUCUGGCCUCACUUUUAGCCGAGUGAGAUUGUCUUCCAUGAACACAGCCUUAACAGUUCUGGAUCCACACAUCCUUCCACAGUGGGGACAUAGGUUUCUGGGUGGGAGUUGAUCACAGUGAGGGUUUGCCAAGCAUGCCUUCCUCUUAGCACGUUUCUCCUUUUCAUCCUGACUUCGUGCUUCUUCAAAGUCCACAAAGCCUUUGCUAAAGGCUCUUCUCCAGUUGGAGCGCUCGCAGGCCAGUGUUUCCCAGUUAUCAGUGCUUAUACUACAUUUUUAAAUGAUUUGCCUUGAGUGCAUCUUUAAGCCUCUUUUGUUGUCCACCAGUAUUCACUUUCCAUUCUUAAGCUGGGAAUAGGAUCAUGGCAAUGAAGAUAAUGAAUAGGGCUGGGGUGAUAACACAACCCUGUUUAACGCCUGAUCCCACUAUGAAUGGUUCACUUUGAGAGCCAUUGUUAUCCACGAUUGUUGCCCUCAUAUUAUAAUGGAGGAGCCAAAGGGUGUUCACAAAUUUAUCUGGGCAGCCGAUUUUCAGAAGGACAGUCCACAGGGCAGGGCAAAUUACAGUGUUGAAGGCCUUAGUCAGGUCAAUAAACACCAUAUACAGGGGUUGGUUUUGCUUGCUGCAUUUUUCUUGAAGCUGUUGAGCAGGGUGUCAAGGGGGCCAGCUGGAUGUGAAAUCCUGUGGGCAGGGCUGGCACAUGUGCAGUCUGAUUCUUCCACCUCCACACCGUCACUGUAGGGAAAGCAGUUCAGUUCACCCCAAACUCACACCCAGGUAACAGUUCUGCUGACAGCUCAAAACAAAGUGACCUCAAGCAGCGUCUCAGCAUUUCAUUGCGGAUGCUGUGAGAAUUUGAGCAGAGGUGUUCACACAAGCACCUGUUGAGAGAGGAAUUAAGCCCAGUACAACUGGCUGUGAGUAGCCUGUGCCUCCCUUGAUUCUGUUUGAACCCUUCUGAUCAGCAGCCAGCUCUUCCUGUCCCUUCCCAAGGGCCAAAAAACUUACCUUGGUGAAGGAGAGGUUAGAGGCAUCAGGGGGCAGCCAGGCAGAGCAUCCUUUCCUUCAAGGACUGGGACUUGGAUUCCCUGUCACAGAAUCACUGACAGGGAACCAGUGUUCUGCCUCUCUGCUGAGGAGAUUCUGAGACACGCAGCCCCAGUCUUUGGUGGGGAAACACAUUAUGCUGGUCACCUUCCCCAAGGGGGGUUUGGGGCACUGGGAAGUGGGGGGAAGCCUCAUUAGAUGUUCCAGUCAGACACAACAAUUCCCCACCACCACCAAGCAAAUGAGUGGGGGUUGCCCUUUCCUAGUUCCAGCUGCUUUGGGUUGGGAGUAUUUAGUGUCCCCCCCCCAAAAAAAAUGAGGUAUACAGUCAAGGGUGUGAGCAGACACUCCCCAUUUACGAGUGCUAUGAAUAGCAAGCAGGAUGCCCCAAACUGCAUAAUGAUUGAGAUUAUUCAAAUUCUUUGCUGUUGUACCAUUGUAGCGGUUUUGAGGAAGUUCCUUCUCUCCAUGCUGCCCUGUCUCCUUUAUGAUUUUCUCCAAACUGCAGGGAGGGGCGCUGCCUGAUGGCUUGUGGAAUGUGCUUAUGAAUACACAAGCUUUAAACCUCUUCUUUAAUUUUUUUUAUGCUUGCCUGUCAGGAACUGGGCUGCGGGCCAAGCAGGAAAUGACACAUCAAGAAGCAUUUGUGUUGUGCAACAUUUUGUGGGACUGAUGCAAGGCGAUACACGAAACAUCCCAUGCCUAACAGACUGCAUGGCAGUAAUUUAACUCACAGACACUUGGGAUGAUUUGCCAGAGAGCUCAACCUUCACAUCUCUUAUGCAGAAAUUAUCACAGCAGUUGGAAAUAGGCUGCAUUCCCCUUGUUUUGCCCUCAAAUGCCCUCUCUUCUAAUAGAUGCUUAUUUAAACAACCAUUUCCCCAAUAUGUGUGCCUUGACUAUAUAGCUGAGAGACAAUAUAGUCUCUUGUAUUCUAAUUUUGACUCAGUUCAUUGAGGGUUGUGCUUUUGUAGCCAAAAUGGCAACAGUUCCACGCAGGAGGGGAGGUAUCAGCAGGCCUGGGGAAGCCCUGCAGAAUGUGUAUAUACAAAUCUUUAGAAAAAAUGCUACCAGGUCCCCAAGAGGACUGAGCGUGCUCAGUAGACACAGAAUGCCAGGAUGCCAACUCUGGCAGGCUGAGUGAUCCUUAUGCCACAGUUGCAAUUAAAAUUGUUCCUCCAAAGUGGCUAUUCCGUCCACAGGAGAAACUGCCAUUGACAUUAAAUUCUAUGCUAUUUUUAUGAUUAAACAACCCACUGCAUAUUACAUGCAGGUGCAUACAUCUUUCCUUUUGAUGUUUUGGUAUUUUUUCCUUGUAUGUUGAAGCGACUUUCAAUAAUGGUGGCUUCAGCAGGGUGACUACAGGGCAGCUUUUUGGGGAGUGAGGAUGAUUUUAAAGUGAAAAAAUGAAUGGGGUAGAAGGGGUUAAUCAAACCUCCUGCUUCAGUUUCCCUGCUGAGAUUCUUCCUCAGAGUCUGCUUAACUAAAAGAGGGAAGAUGCCCCACCACAGGAAAGAGAAGCCUUGCCGUUGCGUGGAUAGAGGGCGUUGGGCUUAGAGCUGGGUGACUUGAGUUCAUUAUCCUUGCUCAGACAUGAGCUUGCUAAAUAUAUUUGAGCAUAUUCUUUUCAGUUAAUGUCAGACAUACUAGUAAUUCAGGCAAGCCUGUGUAUGUGUACUCGAAAGCAAGUCCCACUGAGUUCAAUGAGGUGUAUUCCUAGGUAAGUGGGGAUAACUCAUUUACAUAUCGAAUCAGCUACCUUCCACUCUUCUAAAGAGGAUGAAUGAAACAAAUGCUACAGAAAACCCAGGCACCUCUGAAAUUGGCUUCAGGAAGUCCCACAGUCCUCCGGAGCAGAUUUUGGGGGCACAUGUGCAAGCAGUAGCCCCCCUGUGCUGCGAGGGAUCUCAUACAGUUAAUGUCCCUCAGUGAUAACAUUAACAUGGUGAUGGGUCUGAGACGAGUUUAUGAGAAGUAUACAACCCGGAAAAGGAGGUUGCUUUGUCAAGCCUCAGUUAAGAUUAGUGCUUUCCUCCUCAGAAAUAAUCUAGGUGUUCUUCAUUUUUAUUUCAUUAUAUAAAUAUAUAUUUACAUCUAUAUGGUUGAUGUCAAUUUCAGUGGCCAUAAGUAAGUGGAGACAAAAGGUUGUGGCCAAGGUAGUGAUAAGUAACUUCUUCCAUGAAUCAAUGCAAGGAUUUCCAUGUGCACAAGGGGGCUCCCCACCCCACCCCCUAAAUCUGUUUUGAGGAAAAGAGGGACAGUUCCAUUGCACAAGCAUAAAUCCUUACGCUAAUGGAAAGAGUGCAUCUUUAUAGAUUUACAUCAAAAUUUGUUUGCGUUACAAUGUGGCCAAACUAAACGUUCAUUCCUCUGCCAGAAAAUGCCAAUAGUUCAUUCAUCUGUAACUUUGGUUCCAGAAUAUUUUGAAUUUUCACAAGGUACUGAUUCUGGUUUGAAAUAGUGUUUUGUGAAAACAGCAGGCACAACUUGUCCAUACCUUUUUAAUAGUUCAGUUCUAUUAAUGGGACUUAACAUAUUCUUGGUGCUUACAUUGCAAACAAAUCUCACCUCUAUAGGCGAGAGAUUGGCUUAUAAACAAAGUAGAACAGUUGAGCAUCUUCAGACUCAGAUGCCCACUUGUAAGAGAUGCACAUUCCUACUCUGAAUCUGUGAUUAGUAGCACCUGCUACUAAGGCUUUUCAGGCUGUUAUACCAUGACAAACUCAUGCAGCUGGUCCAGCAGCCAUGGCUGCUGCCGGCAAGUGGUGCUCCUUAUCGGGCCCAUGUGUCAGUGCUGAGGGACCUGCUCUAGCAGCCCACCAAACCAAUUCUAAGGUCCUGCUACUUCCAUAUAAACCCCAACACAACUCUGGACCAGGUUACCUGAAAGCUGUGCUCCUUUCCAUUAAGGGCAGCAAAUGGAACCUGGUUGGUUUUGCCCCCGUCUGACAAUUAUCAUCUUGUGGUAACAUGGAGGCUGGCUUUUUCCAGUGGUGACACCAGAGUUGUGGAAUGCCCUCGCCUCCCUGCUGAAAUAUGAGAGGCUCUUCAAGAUGGAAGAGCAGUUUAUGGAAGCAGUCCCCUGAACUUGGCCCUCCUUAAUCUGAUUGUCUUAAUUGUUCUUUUAACUCUUUUAAUUGUGGUUUACUUAACCUACUUGUUUUAUUGUCAAUUCUAAUUAUGGGUGUUUUCAGUGUUGUGAUGGUUUUAUUAUGCGUACUAAUUAUGUAUGGGUUUUAUGACUGUAAACCACUUAGCAGUUAUUUUGGCAUGUUAUCAGAAUAUAAAUUAAGUAAUAAUAGCACCUUCAUGUCUAUCAAAUGAUGAUGUGCUUGCUGCUGCUAGCUUGUAUUGUAUUUCUGAUCACAUGCACCUAGAUGUUGCUUUCUUUCAAAUGGUUUAUUUUACAAGCUUGAAAAAAUGGACCUUAAAUUAAAUUCAGUAAAGUUGUGUGGUAAUCCAAUGAUAGUUCUUUUCAUUCAUCAAAUGAUGGGGGAAAGUAACUUUCUUUUGUUUUUAGUAAUUUAGUUAAUGAUGGAGAAAUCAGUAGCAAACAACUGAAUAUCAUUUUUCUGUGAGAUUAGAUUUAGUUAUUGGAAAUAUAGUUGCUUAUGGUUUUGCAAGUGGUCUGCAUGAAGUCAAAUGAUAGAAACCUAUAACAUGCUUUGUUUUUCCCUUUCCCCUUACUUUCAUUAUAAAAAGAAUAUUUCUAAGUAUUUUUAAUCAGAGUAUUCUUUGCCCACAGUCUUGUUUUUAUCAGAUAUUAAGAUGUAGAAACUGAUUUUUAUUUAAAAGUUGCAGUGAGAGGUUAAAUUUAAUUAAAAUAUUGCUUCAAAGUCAUCCAUUGAAUUCUGUCUGAAUUUUGACCCACCACCACUUGUGAGUGAAACGAGUCAAAUCUGGAUGUGUCUGUUUGGUACAUAGAAAGAAUUUUAGAGAAAAUUCAACAAAGCCUGAGGAUGGUGAGCUCCACACUUAACAACAUGCUUAAGAUCUUCAGCAAGCAGGAGCUGCUUCACAAGGAACUCCUCAAGGGGCUUCCGGCAUAAUCCUGUGCAUUGUUACUCGGUUUGUGGGAGUUGUCUUUGGUGUUAGGAGGGCAUUGCGAUGCAUGUGCUUUCCUGCGCAGGGUGAGAGCCUGUGCAGUGCAUUGUGGGAUGGGGGAAGCUGCUCUCUUAAGGAGGGCCUGGAAUUGGUGGAAUGAUGGCCCUUGCUAGGUGGAAGUAGAUAUUGUCAUGUGGGGCAGGGCUGGGUGAGUCAGGUGUUUUUAAUGAAACUGCUUUGUCAGCUGGGAAUAAAUUAUGGGUUGUAGAUCUUGCUAUAACAUGUUAGUGGGCUAUUAUUGUGUGUAUAAUUUGUGCAGUGGGUUGGAUGGUUCUAUUGUGUACACCACGUGUUUGGGGGAAGUCUGCGGAGGGAGCUAUAUGGCUGAUGUCAAUUUCAAUGACCAUGGGUAGGUGGAGACAAGGGGUUGUGUCCAGUGUAGUGCUAAGUAACUCAUUCCAUUAGUGCAAGGAUUUCCAUGUGCACAAGGGAACUCUCCUCACCCCCUAAAUCUGUUUUGAGGAGAGGGAGGACAGUUCCAUUGCACAAGCAUAAAUCCUUGUGCUAACAGAACCAGGUGAAUUGGAUAUCACCAUAGCACAUAGUCAUGGGGAGGUAAUAAGACAUCAUAGAAGGUAAAGGUGUGAGACUAUUUAAAUACUGUUCUUUGCUCCCACCCCCCAUUGCCAGGUUCCUGGUUGCUUGUCUGUUGUGUGCUGCUGUUUAAUGCAUAAUAAAGGUGUUGAUCUGGCAUGUAUUACAGAGACCUGGUGUGUGAGCUGGGAGGAAUUGAUCUGACUUGGUACAGCAUCAGUGCAGGCUGCAGGGAUGGGUUUGGAGGGAGGGAAGAGUUGCUGUGCUCCAUAGAGCUUCCAUCUCCCUUACCAGGAAAACCCUUUGUCCUGGAGCUGGUUCUGAGGGCCUGCCCCUGGUGUUGGGCAAAGGAGACAGUGAGCUGUGGUUGCUGCUGGUCUACACUCCAUCUUGUUGCCCAGCAGCUUAACUAACGGAGGCAGCCUUGGGUGGGGUGUUGGAAACAGCAGUAGUUCAAUAGUUCUUGUUGUUGCCAUCUGUCUGUCUCGAGAAACACUGGAGUGCAGCUCCAGUGAUGAAAUCAAACUGCUGUGUUAGCUGCAACAAAGUGACCUCCCUGGGGCACAAGCCUGGGCAGUGUGUCUGGAGGUCUUGGGCUGCCCAAACUACAAGACCCAUGUCUCAGCCUUGCUUAUGUGGUCCAAAGGAAGCAGAACAAGAUGUUUGGCACCAAUUUUGCUGCAGGAGUUGCUGGAAGUAGAUGCACAAGGCGCCAUCCAACUGUCUUAGGCUUUACUCCUUAGCCAUUUCUUCUCCCAAAGAUAUCCCAUAAGGCAGAGAAGGCUUGGGAUCAGAGUUUUCCUUCUCCUAGAUGAGCUACCUUCCCAUGUCGAUGUGCCCUAUCUGUCCCUCACUUCCCUCCACAGCAUGUACAGAAACUGCUUUAGUGACCUUUGCAUCCACAAUUGACCUCAUCCACACAAUCUUCCAGAGCCUGUCUUUGCAUGCAGGGGAAGUCCCUAACUCACCAAAGGUUUGAGACCCACCAGCUACCCUCAGCUGGUUUAGCUGGCCAGUUGAAGCUAUUUCCCAGGGUGUGGCCACUGUCCCAUGCUUACAGCUUCUGAGAGCCAGAGGUAAGAGCUGAGUGCAGGAUAGGGACCAAAGGUGUACCAACUACCCCAGAAGACACAUGAUGUUUCCCCCAUCAGAGGUAUUAUUUCAUUAUCCGUAUUGCAGCUACCUCUAGUUCCAGCUCAGGACCACCAUCACUAGGCAUCCAGUAGAGCUUUAUUGUAUUGUCAGUAUCUGCUCCAUGGAACGGAGUUCUGUGCCCUUUGGAAGCCCACUGUGAUUUAUUUGCAAGGCACUUGCAGAAAAAAGUCGCUCAUUUCUGUUGGCACCACAUUUGUUACAGUUACCAGUGAGAUGCCCAGCACAAUGUCUGCUUGUGACAUCAUGAGAUCAGUUUCAGUUGACGUGGUCUGAUGAUGUGGACCAUCUUAUCGGGAAGCCCAUCCGCGCAAUAUUGAAAUGAGGCCUUUAGCGAGGUGCCACUGGCCAUCUGAAGCCCCCUCCCAUUGCAUAUCGGACAGGCAUGAUAUUUACUGUUUACUAUUGAAGAUCUUCCUUUUCAAACAAGCCUUUUAAGUGGUUUUUUUAAAAAUUCCAGUCUUUAUACUGGAUUUGGAAUUGUUUGAUAUGGGUUUUUAUUGCUAAAUUGCUUCAGAUUGUAUCAUGGGAAGCAAUUCAUUAAUCUAAUUAAUUAAAUAAAAAUAAGUCAAUAUAACAUAAACAAUGACAGGAGUUACAAUUCAGUUGUCCAGGGACAGAAAUUCCUUGAUUUUUUAAAUCUCCUGGAAAAAUAAUGAGGACUGUCAUAGAAGAUAAUGGGAAACUCUGGAUUUUUUCCAGUAUUGGGAAAAUUCUGUGAUUGGGAAGCAGAUUUCCCCCUCACGAAAUGCAAGUAGCGCCAAAGACAGAAAUUCAUGUUCUUGGCUCUUAUUUUGUUAGACAAGUUAAUUUAUUUUGGAAAACAUGAACCAUUGCUGCAACAAUAACCUGCUGGCAGCAGGACCACUCCCUUGUGUGCAUAGAGAGAAGAGGAAAGCAGUGCGUAGGGCAGGGUAGCGCAGGCACACCGGCAGAACCAACCUGCUGCUUCGACUACGGCAUCCACACAGCCCCCAACCAUGUUCAAGUGUACCAGCAGUAGGACUACAUCUAAGGAACCCUUUGCUGUAGAUUACUUCUUUUUCCUGCUGCUAAAACACAACAAUUCCCUGGGAUCUGUUUCCUGCAGUGUGUAUACUACACAUGGAAGAGUUCAGUCAUGAAAAGCUUGCUGUGAUGAGAUGAAGUGCUAGUUUCAUGGCUACUCCCCAAAUAGCCAUAUAUGUGUACCCUGAACAUGAGAUUAAACUCCAAGCUUUUCCUCAUAAAUUCCUGUUAACCUAAACUCAGAAGUCCAUUCCGAAUGUGUCUGUUUUCUAUUGUACCAUUUUGCAUUCUUAGCUUUCGCUCUCUGCUGGCUCAGGGGAAUUAGCGGCACCAGUUAAAGGCAAGCCUUAUACAAUGUGACAAGUGCUAAUCUUGCAGGAAAUUCAUCCAAUAUCCCUCACAUUAAGUGAACUUUAUGUAACAAUGCCCUAAAUGUCUCUAUAAAGGUGUCUUCGAGCAUGAAAAGACCACACAGAUUGGGUCCCACUGAAAGAAAUAGUGAAAUUGUUUGCAUAAUUAUUUUGGUUGGAUUGAGAAGUCUUCCCUUGCUUCAGGAAAGAAAAUGCUGUUUAAACAUGUGGCAUUAUUCUCCGAAGAAAAGUACCGGUAGUUACAGAUCAACUUCCUUUUCUUUUCUCUAGGCAGAAAGUAGUCACUUUCACCUUUGUACAUCUACAAUGGAAUAGAUUGCUUCAUUUGUAUUUUGCAAUAGUUAAAUGGAUGAAAACUCAAUUGCAGAAGUUAACUCAUAAAGCAAAUGUGUUGCCAUGUGUAGGUGAAAUAACUCUGUAAUUGAAAAGUUCUAUUAAUUGAAUAAAUAAGGAAAACCUUUAAAGUCUCAGUUAAGAUUGGGUUGGUUUCUGCAUCAGUCCGUGCUGUGUGGAUGAGCCAUAGUGAGCUCAAGCAAACUAUGCCAAUGGAAAUUAAUGUACUGAGUACAGCUAUACCUUCCAGAAAGAAAAAAAGCAUGGAAGGCGGAGGACAACAGAAAGCAUCCGGGGAGGCCCUGAAGUAAAACCCUAAGGUUUAAAGGCUGCUUCUAGGAGGAGUUUCAGUGAAUAGGAAUUCACUGUAAGGAAUUUUCCAUUGUCUCCUUAUGAACCAGGUUUGUGCACAUAAAAAGCUGUCCAGCAAUGACAGCUCUGACUGUUCUUAGGAAGAGGCGCUUCUCCGUUCUCAGUGCUCCUCUUCCUUUCCAGGACAGUUGCUGUCAGAAUAGAGAACUAUAUUAAUAUGGUUCAGCAGGGAAGACCAGAGUCCUGGGCUCUGUUCAAUAGAAGUAGGCCUGUCCCCAACUGGAGUGAAAGGCUCAGGUCACGUUGGUCUGUCGUAAUAAAUAACAAUGAUGAAAGAUUAAAAAAAAAUUAUUGAAAGAUGUUCCAGUAGCACCUUAAAGACCAACUAAGUAUGUUGUAGUGAAAGCUGUUCCUUUGUAUUUAGGAGCAAGAAUGGGGCCCUCAAGUGGGGAUGCAAGGAGGCAUCUGUUUCUCUUCUGACCAACGGUGGUUGCACGCAGCACCAUUUUUAUUCCACAGCAGUUCAGCUUCUGACACAAAUGAUGUUAUUUCUCUCCCUGUCUGCUGUGGGGAUUAUUAUUUUUUUUGCAUAAUUAUGUAAUUAACUUCAGUAUAAUUAUGUUAAUCAACUCCAUUCAUUUCAAUGCAAAGGAAACACAGUUCAAAUGGGAGGGGGGGCCUGUCACUUAUAUAUUGUUACAGUUUGAAAGCAACAACAGUGAAUACUGAUUUCAUUUGGUGGAUUGAUUUCUGUUUCAGACAUGGGGCAAAUAAGUGAACGCUGGCAAUUUCCACUCCUGCUUCCAUCAGAAUUCCCCAACGUCCCUACCCUCAAGCUAGUCCUGCCAGUCCAAUAUUUGUUUUCCAUGUGAAUCAAAAUAGGACUUCAUGUCAAAGAAAAGAAAAACAUAAUCUUGUUUUGAGUUGUUGCUUUUUGUAGUGGCAGCAGCACAAAUGUAACAUUUAAGUAAUUUAAAAGGUAAAAGUACCCCUGACCAUUAGGUCCAGUCGCAGACAACUCUGGGGUUGCGGUGCUUAUCUCGCUUUAUUGGCCAAGGGAGCCGGCGUACAGCUUCCAGGUCAUGUGGCCAGCAGGGCUAAGCCGCUUCUGGUGAACCAGAGGAGCGCACGGAAACGCCGUUUACCUUCCCGCCAGAGCGGUACCUAUUUAUCUACUUGCACUUUGACGUGCUUUCGAACUGCUAGGUGGGCAGGAACAGGGACCAAGCAACGGGAGCCCUAGGCUCUGUGGUUUAGACCACAGUGCCACCCGCGUCAGUAAUUUAGGCUUCAAUAAAUACUAAAGUUAUUUACUAAGGAGUAAGCCUUUAUUAAUACAGUGGGAUUUACUUUGGAAUAAGCAUAAACUGCAAGGCUUAUUUCUGUGCGAAUGCGCAUAGGAUUGGUCUGCAAGUGAGUUACUGCUGUUUUUGCCGGUUUCAGUGGUUACAAAGCAACCUUUUGGGACACAUGGGUGCAUUUGCAAAUCAGAGACUGUUGUGAGCACCAUGCAUGUACCAAAGCCACGUACCUACUACAGCCAUUCACAUGCACACACGGCUUGCCAAUCAACACACACAUGUUCAUUUGCCUCCUAAAAAUAGGCUUGAAGCACCAUUGAAGGAUUGAGAUGCAGAGGUGCUUAUUCCUGGGAACACGCUGGCUUUAGUUUACAUGCAUGUUCAAGUGGGUUAUGUUGGAAAGUAAUAAAUUGGUAGUUUCAUAAUGAACUGUGAAUGUUUCACUUAGUACAUCAAUGCUGAAAUGUAUCAAGAUCAGAGCCUAGGGCAGAUAUCUAACCAAGUAGGAUUGAUGAGGGAUCAACUAAAUUUCCAGCAAACAAAACUGAUUAAUCAGAAUGCAGAACAGAACUUGUGAAAGCCAUGAUAAUCUACAUUCCUUUUUUGCUCUAUUUAUGAAAGCAGGAAAUGUAGAGGUAGAAUAGAAUAAAGCAGCUGCAUUUGUUUAUAUUUGCAAAUUCAUGUUGGCUAUCCAAGAGACACAUACCUUUUUGGUGAAGAAGGAAAGUUCUCAGUCAUGUCUUGCAAUGGCCUUGUAUCAUUUUAUAGCUCUCUGUGUCAGAUGAGUUAGACAAACAAACAAACACACACACAUACACACACACACUACAGAGAGAGAGCAUCUCUCUGCUUACGCUGGGCCUACCUCCUUCUCUCUUCUGCAGAUUCUUCAGAGUGUGUUACAUACUGGUAGCCAAGCGCAUAGCCAUCUCUGAAGGGGAGAAAAUCUGUUUUCAUGUAGUUUUUAAGUUCUCAGGAAGCUCCCUGUUACUAAACAAACUUCACAACUAGUCAGCAAAGAGCGUCAAGCCUGAUGCCAAGAGCAGCAUCCUGCUAAAGCCCAGAGAUAUUAAUUGCUUAGCAGUUGCUCACCCCCAAUUUUCAAAGAGUUAGUUUUGGACCUUACCCUCUAUGAGCAAGUUCCAUAAGAGGUAAAAGAAAAAAUGUUGUGGCGGCACCACCACCUUGCAAGGCAAGGGUAGAGGGGAGGGGGGCAGGGGAGGGGAGGGGAGGGACAGAAACACUAACCAGCUGAUGGGAAAGGAUGAGGGAGCAAAUGAACCCCCUUUAUGUUUCUUUUGUUGGGGGAAAUUAUGUGGCUUGCUGUCACUGAUUUCUUUCUAAAGUUUCUCAGCAGCUUGUGCUUUCCAUGGCAUUUCUUUUGCGUGUGUGUGUGUGUGUGUGUGUGUGUGUGUAUUCUUCUGAGGCGAUUUAUGUUUUUUUAACAAUUGGCUUUGAUGAAUUCAAUUUAAGAAGACAAAACCAUCAAUGCUGCCAUUUAGGCAUUUUCUGAGUGGUUCACCAGCAUCAACACGUGACAUAGAAUCUCAGGUUCACAAGAGCAAUGGCAUCUUGUUCAGAGGAACUAAACACUGUGUGUAUGUGGCUGCUAUCUUGUGAACUGCCCUGAGACCUGUGACUAUAAGGUGGUAUACAAAUUUAAUAAAUGGCAACAGCAGCAGCAGCCGCCAAGAGGGAGGUGGGUGGUGGCAGCUCACAGCCUGACUUGGGUAUUCUGCGCCAUAGAAGCAUAGAGUUAUAGAACCGUACAGUUGGAAGAGACCGUGAGUGUCAUCUCCUGCUGUUGUAGGGAAGCUGCCUUGGGGUGACUUAUGAUGGAAAGCAGUAUAUGAAAGUAUUAAAUUAAUAAAACAAGCACGCAACUGCAGGCAAGGGUGUGCCACCCUCCCUUAGUCACCACUUAAUGGCAGCCACAUAUUACAUGCAUCCCGCCCCCUGAACAAGGCAACCCUUUUAUCAGCUUCAGGAGAGAUGCCUGUGGAAUGGUCUUCCUUGGGAGGAGGUGGGCUCUCCUUCGGGGCAUUUAAGCAGAGCUUGGAGGGCCCUCUGUCAGGGAUGCUUGAGCUGAGAGUCCUGUGUUGCAGAACAUUGGACUAGAUGACCCUUGGGAGCCCUUCCAGCUCUACAGUUCUAUCCUUCUAUGAAAACCACUUAAAAAAGCCAAAACCCUGGACAAACAACAACAAUGAAAAGUGCUGGAUAACAGCCACUUGACAGGGAUAUUGUAUAAGCUCUGUACAAAUGUUGGGAAAAUAAAACAGGAUGAUUGCUCAGUUUAUGCUCAUCCGGAAAUGACCUAAAUAUAGUUCUAUUUUUCUCAUAUUAGGUUGAAUGUUAUGUUAGGAUAAGAUAUAAUUUUGGUCAUAUAAUUUUGGUUGUAAGAGUCUACCUUGUAACUGGGUUCUCAAUUCACAGAUGUUGUUUACCCUAGUUUACUCAAUCAUAAUUCACCCCCAAUAAAGGUUUAUUAACCUUAUUUAGCAAGCCAUAGGGUAUGCAAUGGGAUGGACUGGGAUCAUGGAUGAAGCAGCAGCAGCAGCAGCAGCAGCUCUUCACUAACCAAAUGGAAAAUUGAUUUGCCUGUAUGCUUCCAUUACAGUAAUUUGAUUAAGGAAAUAUACCCAGAGUAAUAUAAACUAUGGUUCAAUGUUAUUUAUGUCUGAACAGAGCAGAGGCUUAGAAAUACCUUCUGAUCUUGAAGAUGCGCCUUAAUAAGUCGACAGAGUCCCUGUCCAGGAUAGAAUGAGAAUAGGAGUUGCCUAAAUGGAAGAUCAGAAUAAACAAUGUGCCUCGCUUGGGGAGGUUUUGCUUUAGAAUGGAAGAUCUGAAGGCUAGUGAUGUCGCGGGAGAAAGGCCCUGCAUUUGCUGCCAUAAGUGGGUUUCCCCCAGGACGAAUUUUAUCCAAAGCACCUUAUGAGUGGAAUCUGUGACAUACCUGCUGCCCUAUUAAUCCCAUAUAUUACCAGGAGCACAAGGCUUUCAUCAUAUUCUAGCCUUUUAAUCAGACUAUGGGAAGUGUAAAAGCAAGAAGUGUGUUAAGCAUAAUUUUUACUGAGGAAACCAGCAAUUCUUUAUACCUUUCAAAAGGAAGAAAGAGAGACAUCCAUCAAGCUGUCAUUGCAGAUUAGAUGUCACAAACCUCACCCUGUGGAGCUGCCAGGAAUCUGUAAACCUUUUAAAAGCUAUGCCUGGUCUUGACUCUUUUUUUUCUUUCUUUUUAAGGGUUUUAUAGAUUUUUGUAGAAAACCCUAAUAGGCAAUGGCUAAAAGGUGUUUUAUUCUUCUAGCUUGCUAGAGGUUCUUUCUUAAAGCUCAAAUUAAUUAGUUUCUGCCUUAUAACUGAGAACAAAUAAUAGUCUGUCUGGCCUAUGGAACUGAUCCGAAAACAAGCUUUGCUUGAUUUUCUUUUCUUUUAAACACUGUGGCUGCCCUUCUGCCUGCUUCCCAAACUCUGGCUGCAACCCCCCCCCCACUUUCUGGGGAGGAAGACCCACUAAUCUCAUGUGCUGUUGGUCUAAUACUAGGUACUCUUUAUGUAAGAAUAACACAAUUCUGUUCACAUUAGUUGGCACUCAUCUCUCGACUGGCUUGCAGUUGCUAUCUCUUAGCUUUGCAGGUUUGAGUGUGAGUAACUUAAUUCCUCCUUGGAAUGAAAGGGAAGGGUUCUUAAGGUCUGGUAUAAUUUACAAACAAUAAGAAUACAAAGAUUAACAUGGUAGACUCCAUUUAUUACUCAUGGGUGGAUACGGCAAUUAUCCUUCUAUAAAGCCUAUAGUAAAUUGUGCAGCAGCUUUAAACUCUGGGAUUAUGUGGGUAAACUGCUGUUCUGCUGCAGAGGUCCUGAUUCCUGAGCUGAACCUUCGGAUUCUUCAGAUAACCACUUUAUUUUCUGUGUUGUUUCCAAGCACAUCAAAACUGAAGGAAAUUGCAUUUCUUCUUCUCUUCUUCUUUUCCAGCUUUCUUUACUGCCUGAAUAUUUUUAGUGAUUAUGAGUGUUUUAGAACCAUAGCUUGCUUAAGAGUUUAAAACAGCUGAAAAUCUAACUCAUGGUUAGGAACUCAUUCAGGAAAGCUGCCUGCAGAAAUAGGCAAUGCAGAUGCACACAUCCAUCCAUUCCUUAUUCUGUUUAACUGUUGUUUCUUCAGUGCCUCCAGUUUAACCACAGUGAUUUUGGAAAGAAAUUAAAAUGCACCUUAUUGAUGUUUGACAAUAAAAGGAUUCCAAAGCACUAUACAAUUGGAAGGGUCUUAGACUGGAUUAAAAAUAAGUAUCUCAAAUCUGUUAUAAUGGUUGUGUUUACAUUUCUCGCUCACUCUUCAUUCCUUCAAAGUUAUCAUGUUUCGCAAGCGUUAAGAGAACUGUCUCAUUCUGCCAGGAAUUGGAGGUAUUCCAGUUUAAGCAAGAGAUUUUCUUCACUUGCCUACCCAACUCCCCAUCCUCUGAUAUGUAUUGCAACACAGUGUAGCAAGACUAGGCUAAAGAGAUUGGUGUGUUCACUGCAGGUUUUUCUUUUUUUAAAGGACUGCCAUUUUUUAGAUCGAUUGCAUAAUGAUAAUAAAUUGAUGAAGCCAUAAUGAAAGCCUUAUGUGCCUUUGCAAUUGUUCUAUAACCUCACUUCCCUAAACAUUGAGAGGCAAGAGGAAGGGGCUUAAGGAAGGGAGUUGCUUAGAUACUACAAUAUAUCAAAGGAAUUAAGCUAGAGAAUGGGAAUUGCAUGAUGUUGUAUAAGUUGUUUCUUCAGCUUUUUAACAAUAGUAAAUAAUUGUCUUGAUUGGGCUUUUUUGCAAACUCACAGUGGUACUUUCAUUUAAAGGGAAAAAGAAAGAGAUCAAGGUAAAUAAAAAUAGUAACUGUGUACGCAAGAGAGAAAAUGCAAGCAUUCUUGUGAGAAUAAUGUUGUUCUAUUAAAUAGGCCUAUUGAAGUGGAAAGAAAUAACUUCCCAAAAGUCUUCCCUCUGGCUUUGAAGUUCAGGUUGACCGCCUUCUCCUGUAAAUUAUGCAUUUUAAAUAUUUCUUACCUGCUCUUCUCUAAAACAAAGACCCAAUGCAGUUUGCAGACCAAUUAAACAAAACUAAUAUGAUGCAAAUUGUGACUACCCACUGCUGUAGGUAUGCUCAGUGAGAUGGGCGCAUGUGCAUUCUUUUUGCACAUGAUGGUGAAGACACUUUUUCCUACUAAGUGAUAAAUGCUAAGAGAUAACGAAGUUAUUGUGUACAGUGAUGCCACCCACUUUGCCUAUUUCACUGACAUCAUUAGACAGCCAACCUCUGUCUUCCAGAAACAGCUGAAAUUACAGGUAGCAUUACAUGGGGGGAGGGGGGCAAAACAAAGUACAAUUUUGGUGAGCUUGCUUACAGUAUAUCUACAGUACUCCCUGCCAUCAACAUGGGUGCUCAGCAAACUUAGCAAUGGCUGUGCCCUAUGGUAGGAAGCUGCCUCUUAUUUUCAGUUUCCAGAAUGCCCCUAUGUAUUUGGGGACAAUUUAAAACGGCAGGUGACUCACAUUCAUGCACUGCAAGGAAAACUGAGCCAGAGGAGAAGGGUGGGCUCAAUCCACAGCAUGUUUCAGCACUGGCUGACCCUGUUUGGAGCAGCAGCUUCAUGAAGGCUGCUGCUGGGCCUGGACUUGAGCAACAAAGAAAGCGAAGUAAAAUGUCACUGAGAACACCAGACGUCAAUGAAGUCUUACAGGUAGAAAAGAAGCAAUGAAGGAGAAAUGAACUUGCAAAUGGCAAAACAUCUCCAGUAAGUUCCCCCAGAACCACCCUUCUGCCUCCCCUCCUCCUUUCUUCUUUUCAGUUCAGAAACAAAUGAGUGAAACUCAUUUGUUGGAUCCCUUAAGUUGGGAAUCUGCUUCAUUGGACCUACGUUGGAUUAACAGCAUCAAAAUAAAAGUACAGAACAAUGCAUGGUCGUGGUAUUACUCCUGCUAUUACCAUAAGCAAAAAUCAUAACUACUUCCAUUUGUACUUUCUACCUCUAAUACCUGACAAAAUGAAUGUCACCAAUGAAAGUAGUGUUGUCGGAGUGCUUGGUGUUUGGAACAACAUUGCCGUGAAAUUGAGGGAUAGAGAGCAGGCCAGUGGAAUUCUGUAUACAGUAAAGCUCAAUAUGAUACCAUCUGGACCAAACAUGUUAAGUUGUGGGUUGACAUAGCAGACGACACAGCGAUUUCUCCAAAGCAGCUCUUUAUUUUGUAAGCUGGAACAGAACUAAGCUGAGGAGCUCAGUCAGUCUGCUUAUAUAGAGCUCCAGAACAAUGUAACUGUUGCCAUUUUCUAAAACUAUCCAAUCACUGAACGUCACUUUUCGAUCCUUCAUUUGCAUAACUAUCUACAGUAUCCCCCUGCUGGCCCAGGGUGAGAACUUCAGUACAUAACAAAACAUGUUUUAUGUGUGGUAAAUAAGUGAUAACUAAAUAAGGUAGGUAGGUAGCUAGGUAAAUAAAUAAGGUAAAUAAGGGACAUGGGUGGCGCUGUGGUCUAAACCACUGAGCCUCUUGGGCUUGCCUGUCAGAAGUUUGGCGGUUUAAAUCAGCUCGAUGGAAUGAGCUCCUCUUGCUGUCCCAGCUGCUGCCACCCUAGCAGUUCGAAAGCGCACCAGUGCAAGCAGAUAAAUAGGCACUGCUGCGGUGGGAAGGUAAACGGCAUUUCUGUGUGCUCUGCCUUCCGUCAUGGUGUCUUGUGCCAGAAGCGGUUUAGUCCUUCUGGCCACGUGACCCAGAAAGCUGUCUGUAGACAAACGCCGGCUCCCUUGGUCUGAAAGCGAGAUGAGCAUCGCAACCCCAUUAACCAUCCGGGGUCCUUUAUCUUUUUCACCUAAAUAAGUGUCAGGUGGCUGUAACGAAGGCCAGUUGCCAGGAUCAUACAAAGACAAGGAAAAGCUUCUUACCAUACUUGUAGAGAGGCUUGGAACAUAGCCUCUUGGAAUAAUGGCAUUCUCCCAAGUGAAUCUCCACCCCCUCCGUCUCUCCCACUUCCUCAUGCCCUCUGCCUUGGGGCUCUUUGCUCUCCUACUUUCAAGGCUCUCCGGGUUCUGAAAGGGGGUUGGGGGGGUUGGAAUGCAGGGUGGAUUUGAUUUAAAUCAAAUCAAUUUAAAUCAUGAUUUAAAUCACUAGCCAGUAAGACUUGAUUUAAAUCUUUUUAUUACAGAAAGACUCAUUCUUGCUGGUAUAAUCUUAAUAUUUACAACCAGAUGAAGGUUUCAUUUUUGGAAUAAUAAAUUUGCAAAGUAGUUUUUACAGUUAUAUCAAAAAUUACUGAUUUAGUUAUACUAUUAGAAAUACAUUGACAUAUAAUUAUGAAAUUAUUGUGAGGUUUAAUAAGUUAACUUUAUAUUUGGACAACCUUUCUGCUGUACUUUAUUGGAAGGAGAAAAAUAAUCAUUUCCUUAAUAAUAAUUUAAAUAAUUUAUUUAACUAAAACAAUAACAUAGCAUAUGUAUCCAUGUUUGUUAACUGAUGUGGUUAAACAUUUUUUUAAAAAAAAACCUUAGACUGAGUUUUAGCACACAUGAAAAACUUAAAACAAAUCCUUAUUUCCUGAUGAAUAGCCUUUGGACUAUAAUGUAAUUUAAAUAGAAAACUAUCUUUAGAAAGAUUUUUCCUUCAAAAGCAUUUUAUUUUAAAAAUCCAAUUUAAAUAGAAAAAAAUCUGAUUUUUUUUAAAAAAAUCAUAGAUUUUUAUCCAUCCUGCUUUCUAAAGGCACUGUGUCUGUCAGCUGUCAACCCCUGGGUGCUUCCUCUUCCUCUCCCAUUAUUUCCCAGCUUUUCCCCUCAUCUGCCUCUGAGCUGUGACCUCCCUCAAAGCCCCCUUGUAAUUCUGAACUGUCUUCCUCUUCUCUGGAAGGGCCAGGCUGGGGAGGCAGACUCCACCAUUCCUCCUCUGCCCUGACAAUAAGUGAUGCGAUGGGGCGCUUGGUCCUGAAACUGCCACCCACCAGAGCCCUUGAUUUCUCAUUGGCAAAUAAUGUCCAGCAAGUUUGCAGGAUGAAUUGGGGAGGUUUGGGAAGUAGAACUGCACUGAAAACUUUCACCAGACAAUUGUAUAAUUGUAGUCCUGAAGAAGGGGGCAAGUGGUGCAAAAAUGGGUGGUUUUUUUAAUAUACAAAAAGGGCAAUUUAUUUAGUCCCCCCCCCCCCCAGUUUGGGACUGGUUGCUGCCAGUUCGCCUCCCUCUCCUCCCUGCCCCGAUUAUAUAGGGAAAUGUCCUUACCUCUCCUACUAGAAUGAUACCAUCUGUAGCAGAAACUCUGCCCUGGGCUAUUUAAAAACAUAUUCCCCCUUAUUUCAAUAAGUGAGUAAAAGUUAUGAGGACUAUGCAGCGCCUUGUUUGGAGAAUUGUAAGAACUUUUCUUACAUAGAGCCUAGGGCUUAAUUAUGUAAUUAUGUCUCUUGGGUAGAUUAUAUAUUUCUUCUCAUAAUUAUGUCUACCCAAUAGACUGGAAGGACUCCAAGAUUUCUGUUUUCUGUGAUAAAAAUGGUUUGGCUAUGUUUUGUUGACUUUAAAAUAAAAACAGCAACCUUGAAUAGUCUGGCACACCAAGAGGGUUCCACAGGGAAACUAACAAGGAGAGCAACAGUUUAUCAUAAACAAACAUUUAUAUUAGUAUGGGUUUAAUAAACAGUAGCUCUUUUUUCUGCCUUGUUUCUGGAACCCUGUUAGGGAGGCACUAACUUACUCUUUGUUGAUUGCAGUUGAUUUAUGACACACUUAUUUUUCUCUUCAAAAUUAAGCUAGGUGGUUGAUUUGGAGCAGAAUCCUUCUGAUAUGAUGUAUUGCAUGAAAUUCAAGAGCAAAAGAUGAAUUGCCUGGUCCUGGUGCAGUGGUAAUAACAUCACUUACUGGCAUCACAACAAACUGCCACUGCAAAUACCUUAGGUGUAGUUCUCCAAAGACUUCCUUUAGAGAGGAGGGAGAAAAAAAUGGAUAAUAAGACAAUCCUUUUAAGAAAGGGAAGGGUUAAAGUGAUAGAGCUAAUUACUAGAAGGGGAAGACAGACCAUAGAGAAAAAAAUGGCUAGAGCAGGGAUGGGGAAAAGCUGUAGCUCUCAGGAUGUUGCAGUAUGGCCAAUGGCCAAGGGUUAUGGGAGUUAUGGUCCAGCAACAUUUGGAGGGCCAAGGGUUCCUCACCCUUGAGCCAGAGCAAUCUGUGCAGGCCCAUAACUCAUGAGAAUAGUAGCACCACGGACCAUUUACAACCAGGGAAAUAGUGCAACUCUUCCAUUGGAUUUUCUGAUUUAGGGAUAGGAUGGGGGAAGACUAUUUUGUUUACAAUGUCAUACAGAUGUCUUAACAAAAUAAAAAAAAAUCCUUCCAGUAGCACUUUAGAGACCAACUAAGUUUGUUACUGGUAUGAGCUUUCGUGUGCAUGCACACUUCUUCAGAUACACUGAAACAGAAGUCACCAGACCCUUAUAUAUAGUGAGAGGGUGGGGAGGGGUAUUACUCAGAAGGGUGGUGGGAAUGGGUGAUUGGCUGAUAGGUGUGGUAAACCUGUUGAUGACUGUUAACGACUGCAAUUGGUCUUACAGGAAAAAGCAAGGGGUGAGAUGGCUAAAAAUAGCUUUAUCAUGUAUAAUGAGAUAAGAAUCCAAUGUCUCUAUUCAGACCAGGUCUCUCCAUGGUUUUAAGUUUGGCAAUAAGUUGCAAUUCAGCAACUUCUCUUUCCAGUCUAUUUCUGAAAUUCUUUUGUAGUAAGACAGCUACUUUGAGAUCCUUUAUUGAAUGUCCUGGGAGAUUGAAGUGUUCUUCUACUGGUUUCUCUGUCUUGUGAUUCCUGAUGUCAGAUUUAUGUACAUUUAUCCUUUGGUGUAGGGUUUGGCCUGUUUGUCCGAUAUAGAGAGCUGAAGGGCACUGUUGGCAAUUGACACAACGGUAGAAGAUGAGCAAUUAAAUAGUCCUGAGAUGGUAUGUUUGAUGUUGUUGGGGCCAGUAAUGGUGUUGUCCGGGUGUAUGUGGCAGCAAAGUUGGCAUCUGGGCUUAUUGCAGGCUCUGGUACCAGUGUCCAUGUUAAGUCUGGCUGUUGUAUUAUUGUGGGUGAGGAGCUGUUUAAUAUUGAGUGGCUGACUGUAGGCAAUGAAAGGUCUUCCUCCCAGAGCUUGAGAAAGAGAGCUGUCAUUGUCUAGGAGAGGUUGUAGAUCUCUGAUGAUGCAUUGAACUGUUUUAACUUGGGGAGCUGUAUGUGAUUACUAGUGGUGUUCUGUUAUUUUCAUUUUUGGGUCUGUCUUGCAGCAAGUUCUCUCUGGACACCAGUCGGGCUCUGUUGUUGUGUUGUUUAACUUCAUCAGGUGGAUAUUUUAGUUCUAAAAAGGUUUGCUGUAGAUCUCUUAGGUGAGAGUCUCUGUCUGUAGAGUUGGAAGAGAUGCGGCUAUAACGUAGGACCUGGGUAUGUACAAUGGAUUGCUUGGUAUGUUUGGGAUGGUGGUGUUGUUUAGUCGUUUAGUCGUGUCCGACUCUUCGUGACCCCCUGGACCAGAGCACGCCAGGCACUUCUAUCUUCCACUGCCUCCCGCAGUUUGGUCAAACUCAUGCUGGUAUCUUCGAGAACACUGUCCCACCAUCUCGCCCUCUGUCGUCCCCUUCUCCUUGUGCCCUCCAUCUUUCCCAACAUCAGGGUCUUUUCCAGGGAGUCUUCUCUUCUCAUGAGGUGGCCAAAGUAUUGGAGCCUCAGCUUCACGAUCUGUCCCUCCAAUGAGCACUCAGGGCUGAUUUCCUUAAGAAUGGAUGGUAGCUAAUAAUAAUAAUAAUAAUAAUAAUUUUUUAUUUAUACCCCGCCCUCCCCAGCCAAGACCAGGCUCAGGCUAGAAGCAUGUACAGUGGUACCUCUGGAUGCGAAUGGGAUCCGUUCCGGAGCCCCGUUCACAUUCUGAAGCAAACGUAACACGCGACUGCAUGUGUGCAGAGUUCUUGUUGGCAGUGGAGAGUUCAAGCAUGUUCAGAUGCCUUCAUUGCACUAAGUCCAGAACUUAGGGAAAACCACAGUUUUUGCAAAUCCUCAAAAGUGUGGGAGCAUGGCUAGCUGGAGGGAAAGCAGGCAGUUCUGCAUUACAGAUUGCACUGUGUGCUGCCCCUGUGUGACUGGAAUGAGCUAUGAGCCACUGUUGAGACAGCACUUCUGCAACAGGCACACCACAGCCCCCCCCCCCCCCCGGAGCUACUUAUGCCAAUAGGGAAAGGAUGCACUGAUAACAUAGAUGAAAGACGGGCAAAGGAGAAAUGCAAGCAAAUCAUAAGUUCUGGUCUGGGCUCUGGAGCCACUAUUUGCUGUGCAGCAGACACUAAGAUAUCUCUCAGUUGCAGUUCCUUUACCCACCCCUUUCUGGGUGUAGAUCCUUAUUUUAGUUUUGGCAUAUAGGUGAAUCGCAUUGAGCAGACCUAUCUCACCCCAUCUGCUGAUAGUCUGUCCUGAGAAGCUUAGGCCGUUGCUUUCAGCUCAGGAUUGCGGGGGGGCAGGGCAGAGGUGCAGAUCCUUUGUGCAGUGACCAUAGAGUCCAGCUGUAAAACAGAAUAGUUUUCAGGGAAAGAAAGAGGAGCCCAUUCAGGCAUCAGGGACAACAGGCUGUUUCCAAUAGAUGCCGUCCUCAAAUCUUUGGUCAAAAUUGUUGUACUCCAGUGCUUUCUGAAAUUAAGCGGGGGGGGGGGUGUUGGUGAAAGGGGCCAGAUAAUUCACACACCUCCUUCAAGGGCUAACUGAGGCAUCUACCAUUUAAUGUGGAAGAUCUAUUGAUACUGGAGUCCAAUGUUCCCACACCAAUCGGAGAUUUUGUUUACAGCAGUCCCGUUGUCUGAUGUUUUAUUGAUACAGUCCUCCUGGGAGCAUGUACUGUGAUCUUCAGUGGAACUGCAAAGAGGAAUUGGCUGAGAACCAGAGGAGCUCUCAGUCAUAUGGAGCUAUUUCCCCCUUUCCUGGUGGCAAACUCUUUGGAGUUCCUUUGCAGGCUGCCCUCCUUGAGUCAAAGGCAAAGAGGUUCAAAUCCAAAGAUGUUUCAAAUUUACUUGCAUUUUGCAGCUUUAAGAAGUGGACCUUUUACUUUUGUACAUCAUAAAUGUGUGACUGAGUGAACCACCCUCACGAGACCUGAAAGGGAAAGUGGUUUUAGUCACUGCGAAUUCUUGCUAUUAAGAGGGCCCACAGUUAGUAGUUUGGCUGGUCAGGGCCAUAGUAAUAUGACGGCAAUGCACACAGGAAUAUGCCUCACCCCCCCUGCUCCUCUCCAUACUUAAUAAUUUUCUCUGUAACUUCUUGGCAAGGUUGGUCUUCAGUGUCAUGUUGUUAUACUAGGGCAGGACAAAUUGCUUGGAGGGUAUUUUUUUUUUAAUCUGCAGCAUAGAAGCUACCCAGAAGAUAAAAGCUCAUCCGACAGAGAAUAGUCACCUGUACUUCCCAUUUGUACUUGAUAACAAUUCUUUGUGGUUAUUUUUGUAACCUAAGAAAAGCCCUGGGGAUCAGCUCUCUUUAAUCCAGCAUCCCACUUCCCACAAGGGCCAGCCAGAGAAAGAUGGGAAGCCACAAGAAAGACGGAGCACACGGGGCGCUCUGCUGACUGUUGUUCCCCAGUGUUCAGUGCUCAAAGGUGCACCUUGGAUCCUGGAGAGAGAAUGCAGUGAUCAUGACUCCUCCAUGUCCUCGCAUUAUUAGGAACACCUGAAAGUUGUUUAGCUUUCCCCCUCAAAAAAAUGAGAUUUUUUGGUUUACUUGCCAAAGAUCCAGGACAAACCACCGCCUUCUGGAAAUUUCCCCCAGACGUCACUUUCACCUGGUAAUGUCCAGGAAAAUCAGGACAUAUGGCAUAUAGUUUAACUAUGUGCUGUGUAAAGAAGUUCUUGCUCUUGUCUGACCCAGAUCUUUUACCAUUUAGCUUCAUUGGAUGAUGCUGGAUUCUUGUAUUGUGAGAGAAAAGGUUUUCUCUAGGGAAAGAAGUGCUUCUCUCUAAAAGUGCACUAGAUUAGGAACUUAAAAUACACCUACACCUUUUACAUAAGCUAGGAUGAGAUUUCUUCAGAUAAAGCAUUUGUAUUUCCUCCACCACCCCACCCCGAAGGAUGCUAUAUUUGCUUAUGAAUCUAUCACCUGCAAUAAUUUCCUGGUAAAAAUAUAACCUAGGGCUUGUCUUUACUGCAGCCUAUAGCUUUUUAGACUUGUGCAAUGGUAGCUUUGCAGACUGGCUCUACCAUUGCAUCUUACUGUCUGCUCCUUUAACUGCUGCCAAAUUAUAUUUGAACCAUGUGUUUUGCAUGUGUAUUACACAGCAGUGCAACAUUCCUUGCCAAAAACCCAAAAGCUGCCUCCAGGCUUUUUUGGUAUGGUUUUCAUCCCUGUUCUAAUGAUUUUUUCCUUUGCCUGCCACCCUCACAGGUCAUCUUUUUAAAAACUAUUUUUAUUUCUCAAUCCUGGAGAAAAGUUUGCAACUGCACAUUCUCACUAAUGCUGCAGCUUUGUGCUGUUGUGCAAGCAAGCAAGAAAACAUGAACACCUAUGUUAACCCUGUAAAAAAAAUGUGCUACUUUGGUUGCCUGGUAAAAUGGAAAGGAGAGGGGCUUAGUCAAUACACAUGAAGCCGGAGUGAAUUAGGUUCCGUGUCUAACCUAUGGCCCACCAGAUGAUGUUGGACUCCAGUUCCUGCUAGCCGCAACCAGCUUGGCCAAUGGCCAUGGAUAAUGGGAGUUGUAGUCCCGCAACAUCUGGAGGACUACAGGUUCCCCAUCCCCAUCAUAAAGAAAGCAAAAGUAAAAAUGGGUUGCACACCUAUUUUUAACACUGCCGGCUGACCCUGCAAAAGGAGAAGUCAUGCAUUUCCAGUCUGGCAAGAUGUAUGAGGUGUGCCUGCGUUUGUGCCAAGGCUUGUCACCGCAAGGGAAAUGUGUGACUUCGCUCUUUGGAAAUUGAAUUAGAAACAUGAAAAGCAGACAAAAUGAUUGUGACCACAUAAUUAUCUUGAGUUUGUUGAGUGCUUUUGUAAUAUGUGAAAUUUCAAUAUAAACAUUGCUCCUCUUCCAAGUAGUGAAAAUUGAUCAAAACCCAAUGGUUCCUACAUCACUUCAAGAUAUUACUUGAUUCUGGACAGCUGUGGACUUAAGGGUGAAAUCCUAAACAUGCUUAAUAGAGAACAGUUCCCAUUGAACUUAGAGGGACAUGCAUCUACGUAAAAAUGGUUAGGAUUGUGAUGUAAAUCAGAUUCGACUCCACACUUGAUUACCCACCGUGAAUUUUGGUGUAGACAAUUCCUUUAUUAGGACGGCAUGCUGUAUUCAUUACCCUGCUAUAUAUGGCUAUCCUUCCCAAAGUUCUCUGCUCUUUCCCCUUGUGUCCAGGUGAAUCCUGGCAUCAUAGCACUUUGCUCUCAAGCUUCCUCAGAAGUGACGGAACUCCAUGUGCACAGAAUCCACCUUAUUUGUACACUCUUUGCAAAGUGUUUUCACUCAGUCAAACUGACUUCCCAUUUUCUACACACAUCAUGUCAUCAUGGCACCAAAGCAAGAAGAGUUAAUGUGUGAAGUCCAAGCCUUCUUCUCCAGUGGAUUUACAGCAGUUUCUACUACUCAUCCCUGUUUUGUACCACCAGGAGAUGGAGUUUGUUGUGUCUUUCUUAGCACAGCCUGACCUCAAAUUCUCUCUAUUCUCCCCAUUUGCACAGGAGGCGGAUUUCUCCUUUCACACAUACAUAGAGGUAUCUGUAACUUCUGCCCUCUGGACUGUUUUAAGAGGCUUGGGCCAAGACAGAAGGUAUUAGGAGGCUGGCGGUUGGGGAGGAAUGAACCAUCUCAGUUUGGGAAGAUCUUCCAGUGAUACCCUGUCUACAGGUAGUGAAAGUGAGCAUUUUCAUGAUGUGUGGGCAUAUUUUUAUAUAAUCAUUAAUAGCUGUGGACAGUCUGUAACAUCCCAGUAGCUAAUCCAAUGGCAACUGGCAAACAGUUUUUAUCCUAUUAUAUAAUGAUGAAACUGGGCUGCUGGUCCUCCUAUGGAUACUAAGAAUUCAGUUGCUGGGCACCACUGUUGCCCCUCUGAGAUCUCUUGUUUAUCUCCCUCCCUCUCUCUCAAGUUUUAUACCCAGUUCUUUAAUGCAGGAGAAUUUUGGAAGCAGCAUGCUAAUUUUGAGAGUUAUGGAUUCAUUAUAGUAAUGGCAACAUAUCAUUAAACAAUUUAAUACCAAGGUUUGGAGUAAAGGUGUAGGGAAAUAGGGAAGGGCAGUGAUGGCAGUGGCAGGGUAGCAUGGUUUGCUUCAUGUUUCGUGAAGAGUUUUGGGAUUCUGAAGGAAGGAUUUGGGAACAUUAACUUCAUAUUUAAGCAUGGAUUUCAUAUCAAUGAGUGCAAUAUUUAUAUAGAUUUCUAUGCUGAAGAGAGUUCUACUGUAACUAGAAGCCAGUAUAAAAAGUGGGAAGGAGAAAUAUCUGACUUAGGUACGUACACAGAGAAAGAAUAUUGAAUAGAAUUAAUUGAGAACUUACAGUAUUAAUGAAACCACUAUUACAAUCUCAUUAAAAGCCAAUUGAUAAAUCGUUUUAUAGUAUCUUUGUGUGUAUAGCUUCUCGCCACUUAACUACACUUAUAGAGCAUCCACUUGGGUUUGGUUUUUAUGCAUUUCUUCACCAGUCCCCCUUUCUAAGAAGAAGAAAAUAAAGUUUUCAUUAAAAAUUCUACUAAGGAAGGAAAGUAGUUUAAAUUCCUAAGGUAGAAUGCUCAAUACAUCAAUUUUGCAAACUUCCAGAAUUUAUUUGAAUGGCCUCACUUUACAUCAAACUCCUUGUUCUCUGCCUAUACAAGGAGCAUUCUCCCUAAAUACCUUCUGAGCAUUGAUAAGUUUGGUGCUAGCAGGGCUUAUGAGGCAAGGUGACACAGCAGGAUCCACUGGGGCAGCCGAUCCUGUUGUCAAACUUUCUUCCCCUCCUUGUUUCUGAUGUAGAGCUUCCAUCACCCCUUCUUCCCUGUCGGGGAGGGGCUGUACCAUUUUGGGGUUUGCCUCAGGAGAUUCCAACUUGGCAGGUGGUGGACUCUUCUUCCUUGGAGGUUUUUAAGCAGGGGUUGGAUGGCCAUCUUGUCAUGGAUGUUUAGCUGAGAUUCCUGCAUUACAGGUAGUUGGACUUCCAACUCUACAAUCCUGUGAUUCUACAUGCAUCUCUUAUAUAUUGUGCUUCUGUAGAGAAGAAGUGGCAACAUUUAUGUGUUUUCAGAAUUUUGACCAGCAUGUGAGAUUUGUUAAGUAGCCUAACAAUUCAGUAAUGGUUUGGGUUCUAUGUUUAUAAGCAGUGAUACAAACCUUUUCUUGUUGUACUGUGAAAUCCCCUUGCCCUGCCACUUUCCCCAAGGGAAAACCCGGUCUUUACUGUUGAAUCAGAGCAAAUGUCAAUCAGGUUUUCUUUGGAUUGACGUUUACUCUGAUUCAGUGCUAAAGAGUGGGUUUUCUGGGGGAAAGUGGUGGAGCAAAGGAACAGCUGCUCAGAUCUGCACAUAGAAAGCAUGAGAUAAGUAGAAAAAUGGAUGAGUCUUCGGUGAGAGUCAAGCUCUAUUGACCUGUUGUACCUGUGCAGAGCAGGGGACACAGGUGGCGCUGUGGGUUAAACCACUGAGCCUUGGGCUUGCCGAUCGGAAGGUUGGUGGUUUGAAUCCCUGUGAUGGGGUGAGCUCCCGUUGUUUGGUCCCCUCCUGCCAACCUAGCAGUUCGAAAGCAUGUCAAAGUGCAAGUAGAUAAAUAGGUACCGCUCCGGUGGGAAGGUAAACGGCGUUUCCGUGCGCUGCUCUGGUUUCUCCAGAAGCGGCUUAGUCAUGCUGGCCACAUGACCCAGAAAAACUGUCUGCGGACAAAUGUCGGCUCCCUCGGCCUGUAAAGCGAGAUGAGCGUCGCAACCUGAGUCGUUCACGACUGGACUUAACUGUCCAGGGUCCUUUACCUUUACCUUUUUUUUACCUGUGCAGAGCCUCUGCAUGGUGCAGCUCAGGAUCUUGCCUGCUCAUUAAGCUAGGGUGGGUUUCAGCCUGGUAAGCUGUUACACACACUAGCCUGGCUAUGGAAAAGGCUUCUCCAUCCUUCCUACUUCCUGAAUGCAGCACCCUGAGCAGAGAGAAAGGAGAAAGGGAUCAGUGCAAGUUCUUAACUAGAUCAUACAUGACAAAUCACCAUCCAGCCUCUGCUGGAGGAGUCUCGUGGUCUUGCAGUCAGAAAGUUCUCGCUAAUGUUGGAAUCUCCUUUCUUGUAAUUUGAAGUCAUUGGUUCGGGUCCUACCCUCCAGAACAGGAACAAAUCAUCUCUAGGGAUGAGGGUGAAAAUGUUUGUGCUUGUUCAAAUGGGGGAUAGGUAGAACUGGACCCUGAGAGUGCAGGGGGACAUGAUAUCAGUUCAGGAAGGCUGAAGCACCAUAGGGUCAAGCACAUACACCAAAGUCAUUUGGAGAGAGACACCAUAUAUAAAUGUUUAUAAACUGAUCCUAGAAGCCUCUGAUCCAAGAUGGGGGAACUGGAGUGCUUGGCUUUAAAAGAUGGAAUAGAUAUAGAGGGCAUAUAGUGGAAUGGAGAGAACAAGUGAGACAUGGUCAUCUCCAGAUAAAAGCUCCCUAGGAAGGGCAGGGCAGGGCCUACUGGAGGAUAUAGAACCUAGAAGGAUUCUUUCUCGUCCGCAGACUUGCUGUGGGUGGUGCUGGUGGGCCACAGAAGUAGUUUAGUAUGGACAACAUACUGUAUCAUCCUCCUGACAAAAAUGUCCAGGGUGAAAUGGGAAUUGACUUCAAUGGCUGUCCCAUAUACUGGUGUGUUUAAGUCUCAAAGAAGCAAAAUGUCUAAAUACCCUGUGUGACUGUGCUCUGGAACGAUUGGAUUUAAUCUUAAGUGUCACCCAGGACGUGGUGCAAGAUGUAAACGUUGAACUGAUUGAGAACAGUGAACAUAAUGCUAUGAAAUCCAAGAUCUAUGUAAGAGGACAAUUGCCAAGAAAAUGUAACAGUCAUAUUUGACUUCAAAAGAGGAAAGUGAAGAGGGUCAUAUCUCUUUAUAGAGAUUGUCCAAAGCCACAAUAAAAGAAGUUCAGCUAGCAUGUAUAUUGCAGAUCAAGAAAGGUGCUGCCAGGACCAAGAGGAUGCCAGCUUGAUUAAUGAGUACAGUCAAAGGAGCUGCUGGAGGCAAGAAGUCUUCUUUGAUAAUAUGGAAGUCUUUUCCAAAAAAGAGCACAAACUGUGGCAAAAGAAACACAAGCAGCAAUAAGGGGUUUGAAAAGCAACCAACCAACCAAAACCAAGCAAGAGAGGUGGCUGGGUCUUUGGAUGAGAAAGGGCGUCAAAGAUGUGCUAAAGGAGGAAAGCGAGAUGAGCGCUGCAACCCCAGAGUUGUCCGUGACUGGACUUAACUGUCAGGGGUCCGUUACCUUUUUAGAGGAGGAAAAGGAGGUUGCAAAGGAGCUGAUUGAAUUUUUUUACAUGCAUUCUCACAAUAGAAGCCACAGGGCAGGUCCCUGCACCUGAGGAACUGAGGCAAGUAGUGGUGAUAAGAGAUGAAGUUAGUGGCCUUAUGGACUAAUUUCAAACUGACAAUCACUGGGUCCAGAUUGUACCCACUAAAGAAAGCUAUGUUAAAUUGCCGAUCUUCUAACAAAAAAGUAACUUAUCCAUAAGAUCAGCCUAUAUAUAUAUAUAUAUAUGUGUGUGUGUGUGUGUGUGUGUGUGUGUGUACUAAAAAGUAACCAAUGUAGGGCAAUUUUUUUUAAAGGACUUCAGAUUGGAUCUAGGAAAUUGCAGUCUGGUUAGCUUAAUGUCUGUUCCAGGAAAACCAGUGAGAAGCAUUAUUAAAGACUUAGUCUUUCAAAAAGCUUUUGACAAAAUACCUCACCAAAGACUCAGAGUAAGCUUAGCAGUCAUGGUUAACUGGUUAAGGAGCAGGAAGCAGCAAGUAGGAAUAAAAGUGCAGUUCUUCCAAUGGGAGGAUGUAGAAAACGAAGUCCCCUAAGGAUCAGUAUUGAGACGUGUGCUUUUUAACUUGUUCAUUAAUUGUCUACAGUUAGGGGUGAAAAGUGAGGUGUCCAGGAUUGCUGAUGACGCCAAAUUGUUAAAGGUGGUUAAAGAAAAAGCACUUAUUAGAAGGUCUAAAAGGAUCUCCCCAAAUUGGGUGUGUGGGCUUUAAAAUGGAAAAUUCAAACCCAUGUAAGCAAGGAUAAAGUGAUCCUAAUUUCACUUAUACCCUCCUGGGGUCUCAACUGGCAGUGAUUGAUGCAGCUUGAUGAAGAUGUUGAUCCUGCUGCAGAAAUGGAGAAUUCCAUGUUAGGGAUUAUUACGAAAGAGAUUGAAAAUUAAACUGCCAAUGUCAUGGUGUCAUUAUGCUAAUCUGUGGCGGGACCACACUUGGAAUAGUGUGCAGUGCUGCUUGGCUCCCCUCAAACAUUUGGGUCUUUCUAGUUUGGAAAAAAGUGAGUAAAAUGAGGGACAAGCUCUGGGCCUAUAAAAUUAUGCAUUGUUGUGUAUGGAGAAAGUCGACAGGGACCAUCUCUCUCUCUCUCUCUCUCUCUCUCUCUCUCUCUCUCUCUCUCGUAAUACUAUAACCCAGGGCCAUCCAAUGAAGCUGAAAGUUGGAAGAUUCAGGAUUAGAGAAAGUGCGCAGUGCAUAAAGUAUAAGUACUGUAAAUACAUAAGAAUUAUAAAAUUUCCUCCUGCAACCAACGUGACCACCAGCCUGCAUGACUUUAGAAGAGGAUUAAACAAGUUCCUGGAGGAUAAGGCUAUGAAUGACUUCUGGUCAUGAUGCUUUUGCUGUACCUCAACUGUCAGAGGCAGUAUUGCUUUGACUAUCAGUUGCUGGGCCUUCUCACCCUGUUCCUGCUUGUGGAUUUCCCAUAGGAAUCUAGUUGGCCACUGUAAGAGCAGGAUCCCGGAUUAGACGGGCCUUUGGCUUGAUCCAGCAGAGUUCUUACGUUCACAUGCAACAUUCUUGUGCUCAUGUAAGCGAUUACUUAUGUAUAAGGAAAAUGACACAAGUAUAUUCCAUGUAGGGUUAUUGUGACGGGUGAAAGAGUCUGUAGUUCACUCCUUGCACCAGUUCCAGGUUAAAGCUAAAAGUUCUUUGGUCCUUGCAAUAAAAUAAAAUAAAAUUAAUACUACAUUGUUCAGUCAUGCUAACAACACUUUUAUUUUAUGAUUUGCUGUUUCCAGGGCACAGACAGAAGCUUGAUGACUCUAAACCUAGUUUGUUCUCUGAGCGCCUCAGUGAUUUAGGGCGCAUUCCUCAUCCCAGUAUGAGAGUAGGGGUCCCGACUCAGAGCCCACGGCCCUCUCUGAACUCUGCACCAAGCCCUUUUAAUCCACAAGGACAGAGUCAGAUCACAGGUAAGAGACAGAACCAUGGGCUUGUAUGGGCCAUGGGAAUGACUGAUUAUAGUAGGCCUUUUAUUGUUUCAAAAUGUAGAAAAAUAACUGUUGCAAAGUGAAAGGUAUAAGCAAAUGUAAGCUAGUGGGGAAUAGAUUUUUCUGUAGCAUUCAUGACAAAAUCAUUUAGUCUUCUUUCUUGUUUGCAGUCAAAAUUGGGGGUGGGAUGAAAUGGAGAGGAAAUUCUCAUCUUUCAGGUCUCAUUCAUGGAAUUGGUCUACACGCAAUGAUAAAAAUAUGUAAAUUUUCCAGCUAUACAUGUUUAUUUAGGAUUGCUCUUUAGGAUAGUUUGCACAGCAUUGUCAUCCUGCGUCCCCCCCGCCCUACCACGUUUAUUAUGUGAUAUUGUGGCUUCUCUCUAGCAUCCAUAGCUAUGCAUCACUGUUUCAGUAAACUAUGAACCAGGCCACUUUGAGAGAUGCAUACAUUUUAUUUUCAAGCCAAGAGAUUGCUUUCACUAUUCAAAACAGAAUGUGUGUAGGGAAAGCAGAGAAAAUCUAAAGCGCUGAGGUCCAUAUAAAAAGAAACAGCAGCAAACCUAGGCCAAUUGUUAUCACACACACACACACACACACACACACUUGGGUGAACUUCUCUUUGUUUAUAUACAAUUUUAUUCUAAAGAUCCCAAUAAAAAGUGGAAAGCCAUUUUGUGGGUGUGGGGUGGGGAGCGGGAAAUGUUAAUGAAAUGCAGCCCUUUUUUCAAUGCGAGCCCCAAUUUUGUUUUAUCCUUUAAAAAAAGAAGGCUGAGUCUAUACAGGCAUGUCUUUAGUUCAGGCCCAUUUACACAUACUACUAGUGACAUGAGUUUUUAGCUGCUUCAAGCCACACUGAAUGGUGCAAAGGCACUGAAAGUGCAGAGAGGCAGGCAGGCAACAGGGAGAUAAGUUUUUUAAAUUAGUAAAUAAAGUGAUGUGAUUCUAAAUUGUUGUGGUACAUGUCUGAAGAUCUGGAUUCUGUGGUUGGAGUUCAUCCUCUGGCUCCUUCCCACUUAGUUGUUGCCCAGCAGGGAGGUUAAUGGCUGAGCAGACCGGAGCCAUCUCCUUGGCCCUGCCCAUGGGAGUCUCCUGUUUCGCCAUGAGGAGCUGGCCCUCGCUCUGCCCUGACUCUUUGUUCGACUGUUAUAUAAUACUAGACCAGUGACUGAGAACAAGUUUUCUUCCUGAUUCCAUAUGGUGAUCAUUUGUCACACGGAUGGAUCCUAGAUUCUCCUGUAACUUUUGAAAUGUCACAUGCUCCUCUUGUUCACACACCGUAAAUGCUUUCCGUAGAACAAUCUGCUGCUGGCUUAUGAUUAAAAACAUACCACUUUUUGUUCUGAGUCAAGAGCAGCACAUUAAAAAGCCUAUAAAUGGUAGAUGCUGUUCAAAUUCAUGAGGGUAUUGAAUACUAUAGAGAAUGUUAGGAGUUCACAGUUCACUCUAUGUAGCUAAAGAGGCAGCAGUGGAAAUAUUACAAUAUCUCGAGGACUUUCGGGGAGGCGCCUCCGGUAAUGGCUGAAUUCCUCUGACCGGGAGGAAUCUGCUCCGUGGAAAUCUGGGUCUGGCCGCCACAGCGAAGGCGGAGACCCGUUAAAAUCACAGGCGGGAGAAGCCUGUGAGCAUGGGAUUCGGCGGACACCUUUUGCGCCUCCCCCACUCGCGGAGAACCCCGGUUUUUGGGGCUCCGGAGCGACGUGGGGUGAGUGGAUCGAAUCGUCUGCUUCUUCCACGGAGCGAAGCCGCAUAGCCGUUGCCGGAGAGCACUGACCUUUUCCUGUGGACAAUUGGAUUUUAAAAGUGGUUACCCGUGAGUAGAGUUUAAGCGGAAGAAUUGGAUUUCUAAAUGUUGAAUUUGGCAUCGUAACGGGGAGGUUCAAAACAGGAAGUCCGCCUUCCCCUUUUGUAAAUAGACUGAGGCAAUGAAGUUGCAAGCUGGAGUCCUGGAAAGUCUUUUGUAAAAGAUUAAAUUUCCAUCGGUAAAGAACAAAACCCCCCUUUGGAGGCAGGAGAAGAGGGGGGGAAGUUGAGGACUGAAUAUGCCUGCAGGAGAGAGCGAAGAGAUCUAAAACACCGCCGCUCUGACCCUGGAAACGGGCUGCUAGCAGGACUGACGUCUUUUGGAAUGUUCAUUGACAGCGUUUAGAACGUUCAUUGACAGCUAGUUAAACAAGAGAAAUACAUUGUUUCUACUGUUUCCGGUUGUUUCAAAAAGGAGUAAAAGUAACUGAAAAUUGAAACUAACUUGAAACUAAUUUUGGAUUGUUUAAAAGAGGAUACUAUUGACUAUUACAAAUAGAAACUGUUUCCCCCUAGUGGAAGCUUUUGAAACCGGUUGCUUUACAAGAGUUGGGUUAGGGAAAUUUCCAGCUGCAAGUUAAAAACCAUGAGACUCUGGGACUGACCUUGAAUCUUUUAAGUGUUAUGGUUAAUGGAAGAGGAAAAACAGACCAGUCAACUGCUGACAAAACAUUAAGGUCUGGGAGGACUUGGCAAUAAUCCAGGAGAGGUCCACCACCAGGCCCCCUGCUCUUUUGGUUGCAGCCUUUGUACCAGUAUAUGUAAAACCAAGAAAAAUGUUGACAGAAGAGGCCCUAGUGGCUGCAUUAUUUAAGAUAAAUGACUCAUUGGAUCAGCUUCACAGGAAAAUGGACACGAUAAAUGCGAAAGUGGAUGUUCCAAUCACUAAAAUUAACUUAAUUAUAGAAAGUAUAAAUAAUACCAAUAUAGAAAUCACCCAGAAAUUGACACAGGAACCAAUUUCGGUACGGCAAACUGCGGAGGAGGCCAGGGAAAAAGCUGUUGUUGCUGAAUGUAAAGAAACACAACUGGAGAGAAAGAGAAAGAGAGCCCCAGCUAUACAGAAGCAACUUGAUGAAUAUAAGUUGACGCUUGCGAUGACUGAACUUAAAGAAAAACAGACGAAUUUGAGGAUUAGAGUUCACCUUUGGUGGACAUGCCCAAGGAUUAAGACACUUUGGGAGAUGAUUCAUAAUGAAAUGAAAAAGGUAUUUAAAUAUACCUUUUUGAAGAAACCAGAGGCCUUUCUCCUGGGCAUGGUAGGCCAAUUGGUGCCAAAGAAGGAUAGAACUCUUUUCACGUAUGCUACAAUAGCAGCAAGAAUACUCAUUGUGAAGAACUGGAAGACACAAGAUUUAUCUAUCCGGGAAGAAUGGCAGAUGAAGUUGAUGGACUAUAUGGAAUUGGCGGAAACGACUGGCAGAAAUCCGAGACCAGGGAGAAGAGUCGGUGGAAGAAGACUGGGAAAAGUUUAAGACUAUUUAUAGAAAUAUUGUUAAAAUAAUGAAUGUUAGAAAAAUGUUGGAAUGAAGUUAUACUGCUUCAAUAGAAAUGCUAUAAGGAAUUAAGUAUAAAUAGAUUAAUAGAGUAUUAAAGGGAAAUAUAAGAUUAGAAUAUGUUAAGAUAAUUAUAGGAUAGAAAACAGGAAGAUGGAAAGGAAUUGCUGAAACAAUUAAUAGAAGUGCAAUACAAAAAGGGAGGUGUGAGGAGGUCGUGGAAAUAAGGGAAUGAAAGUUAAGAUAUCGAAAUUGUUUUGUGUUUUAAAUGGCUUGCGUCUUGUUUUGUUAAUCUUAUGUUCUUUCUUUUCUUUUUUUUGCUUUUUCUUUUUCUUUUUUGUUUUUCUGUUUUAUUGUGUUUAAAUGGUUGGAAAAUCAAUAAAUAUUACUUUUAAAAAAAGAAAGGAAAUAUUACAAUAUCUCUUCUAAAUAAGUGUAAGUCUGCAGAUGAUAAGAGGUAGCACUGCUUGGCAGAGCACAGCAAUUUGUACUUAGAAGAACAUACAUUCCCUGCCAAACAUUUGAAAUGUGCUUUGCCUUUUUUGAUAGUGAUUAUUUCUGCCAUGCUUGAAAGUUUGCAUUGAGCUACACAACUGCAUAUUUCUGAUGCUGCAAUUUGUGCCCAAACCAAGUGUACUUUUGCCACCUACUAUAAUCUUCUGUGCUGAAAUAUCACUGGAAGAGGUAUUCAGGAAGAAAGACACAUUAGCACAAAGAGGUCUGUAAAUCAGAAAUCAAGUGCUGCACCAAACAUCCAGUACAACUUGCAUAAAAUAGUAUUUAAUGCUUUGAUUUAUAGUAAACAUUGUGGGCAGGUUUCAUCUAACGAGUCCUGUCAGUGGAAGCCCCUCCACUUUACGGCUGCCAUAUUUCAAAAAGUAUGAACCAGGACACCCUGGAAGUUGUUGAUCCUGCAGGGAGAGGAGGAGUGAGAAAGGCCCCGGGCUCAAGCAGAAGCCCAUAUGCACACCGUUUCUGCUAAUGGGAUUCUUUGAGUGAAUCUCGCCCGUUGUGCCCAUUGGGAGUGGUGGUGAACAUGCAGGGUUUUAUAGUAGAAGGUCUUCAGCUAUAGAGUUCUACCAGCUCUAAUCUUCAUAAUGUGCAAUCAGUCAAGCAUUUAGUUUGGCAGUAAAAAUACUUUCCUUUGAGUGUCAGAGGUAGCUCUGCACAGGGAGUAGUAGUAGUACUCCACAAUAUCAUGCCCAGGUAGUAUUCUGGCAUACCACAGAAAAACAUGCUGUGCUGAGAAAUUACUCCAGAAUCAGAAUACUGUAAUCAGAACUUUGAUAUUAGUUAUGUUUAUUGAUUUUGCAUUAUGUCUUUAUUAUAUAGCACUUCUCGACAGGUUCCUCCUCCUGGGGGCUUCCUUGCUAAAAUAGACACAAGGAAACAACACGAGGAGAGAUAAAUUUUAUUACUUCAACUGCGGGUACUUUGGCUUAAUUGCAGUAGGGUAUUUGGAAUAAUUAAGACAAGAAAUGCAUCAGUUUCUACAAAGUAAACAUAAACACAGUUGCUUCAUUUCUGAUUGUUCAGUUAAAUUGCUUACUUUAUUCCAGGCAUGCUCUUCCACAGGUAAUGCAUGAUUUACUAUAGCCUUUAGUAUCCCUAUCAAAUCCCUUCUGAAUAAUGAUGAAGUAGAUGUUGACCCAAGUAUUACAUUUCAUUUUCUUUCCAUGUUCCACACUUUAGUCCCUACUGAAUCCUUUUCAGCAUGCAUUUGUACUGUAUUUAGAUGUGUACACACAUCUAGUUUAUACACAUUUAGUUCUCUCUCACACACACUGUAUUUAUUGAUAAUGAUUUAAAACCCUCUGUGAAACAUGCAGAAUCUGGCAAUGCAGAUAUGGAUUGGUAGAAGGUCAUUUUUGUUCAGCAGGGACUUUUAACUAGUGCACUGCAGAAACAACACCGAAAGGCCAUUAAAUACAAACUCUCCAAUAAGGUUUGAUGUUUCCUGAGGAAGUACAGACCCAAAUGAAAGCCAGUACAUUGAUCAUCAAUAAAAAACCUUUUCAAAUCCAAAUUUUAUGCUGGUAUGUUUGCUACUCCACCAGCCCCACCCUCACAAAACAUGUCUGCAUAUAUGACACCUCUGUCAUAUAUUUUAGAUUUUUCCCCCCUUCUAAAAUUCAGCUGGCCAGGAUUAUUCUAUAUGAGACAGGAAAAGCCAAAGGCCUGGUGGUAAGAAUGUGGUCAGUGUGCCUGGUGGAAUUUCAGUGGAGGAGUUGUAGUAGGAAGUGUAAGUGGGAGUUAAGUGAGGUUUCAUGCUCCAUCACCACUAUGCCAACAUAUGAUCUAUAGGCAAUCUGUGACUUCAGUAACCAAAAUAACAGCAUGCAAAGUCAAGUGGUCUGAACCAUGAGAAACAGUUUUUUAAACCUCAGCAGCACACAGUUUUCAUUUCUCAGGCCUGGGGAAAUACCCUAUUAAUUCAUUAUGCUUGAGUUUAAAAGAUGUCUGGCUGGCGUAUUUAGGACCAGAUCUAGAUUGUGCUCUCUGCACAGUCUGUUGCUGUGCCAUGCUUCCUGAUGUGGAGUGUGUGCUGUUGUCAGUUCAAGUUGUUUUGACAGUGUUAUGAGCAACACCAUGAAAUCACAUAAAUUCUGCGACGGCAGCAGGGGAAAUUAACAAAUGGGAGAAAUGUUAUUUCCGAAGACCUUGGUGUGUUUAAUUCAUAUAUUCUAAUUUGUAUUAACACACUGAGACUUGAGGGGCUGUUAGUCAUGUUGGCUGGAGCUAAAGAGGUUUUUAUGAGUCACUGGGCUUUUCUUGUUGGUAUUUAGAUUGUUUUGUUUUGAAGAUGUUAGUAUUUUGUGAUGGUUGUUUAAUGGGUUUUAUUGUACAGUAUGUAUAUUUUAUUGUGGUGGUUUUUUUAAAUUUUUUUUUACUCAAAAUUAAAACAAAACAUAUUAUCCUAAAACAUAUCAUCCUUAUUUUCCCCCCAUUUUUCCUCCCUCCCCCCAGCCUCCCCCACAACCCCCCCCAGCCCCCCCUCAGUUCCAGUCCGUGGUUUCUCUGAGAAUGCUGUUUUCUGCAUGUUACAAAGUUGUAUAGAUCCUCAAACUAUUUAGCUGAUUAUUAUCAAUAAAAAGUUUGUGAAUGUUUAUUCAAAGCCAGCCAAGGAGUCCAGUUCGCUUUUUUGCAUCUUCAAAUACUUCGUAAAGGGUUCCCAUUCAUCUUUAAAGUCACAGUUAUCUUUGUCCCGUAGCUUAUAUGUCAGUUUUGCCAGUUCUGCAUAGUCCAUCAAUUUUUCUUGCCAUGAUUCAUUAGUUGGGGUUUCUUCCGUCUUCCAUCCUUGUGCUAUUAGAACUCUCGCGGCCGUUGUCGCAUAUAUGAAGAUGGUUUUCACCUUUUUUGGCAGAUCUUUCCCUACAAUUCCUAACGAAAAUGCUUCAGGUUUUUUAACAAAUGUUAAAUGGAAUAUUUUCUUCAAUUCGUUGUAUAUCAUUUCCCAAAAAUUUUAAAUUACAUUACAAUCUCACCACAUAUGACAAUGCAUUAACACACUGAGACUUGAGGGGCUGUUGGUCAUGUUGGCUGGAGCUAAAGAGGUUUUUAUGAGUUGCUGGGCUUUUCUUGUUGGUAUUUAGAUUGUUUUGUUUUGACGAUGUUGGUAUUUUGUGAUGGUUGUUUAAUGGGUUUUAUUGUGCAGUAUGUAUAUUUUAUUGUUGUAAGAAGGUUUGAAUAUACAUUCUGAAGAAAAUGAGGGAAAUUCAUAUUUGUCUAUUUAUGAGCUUAGGUGUUGCCAUCUGUCCACCUGUCACUGGAGUACUCUAUGCAACUGUGAAAUUUUAUACUGGUGUGUUUGCUACUCCACCAUCCCUAUGAAACGCCACGGUUUGGAGAAUAUUAACAUACUAUAUUAAUGCUGUCUAGCCAACAUUGUGUUUCAUGGGAAUCUGUAGAGUGUUUUAUAGACUCCUGUAGUUGCCUUUUCUCUCUGACCCUGUAACUGACAGGCCUCAGACACUUCCCUGGGUGUCACGGCACUGGGCGGAUCUGAAGUCCCACCACUUUCCUCAUGCUCUCCAGAACUUUCUUCUUAGAUUUUUGUGGGUUUCAACCGUUUGCACAGAGUAUUGUAGUCAGUAGCUGUGUUGCAGUGUUAUACAGAGCAGUUGCUUAUAGAUGUUUGGAUCUAUAAGCAGACUGUCCGGAGGAGAGGAAUAAAGUACAUUCUCAAGACUGUCGUCUCUCUGGAGUAGAGAAACAAAGGGAGCUUCAAAGUGCUCUUUUUAAAGGCAAAUACAUGACAGUCUUGGGUUGUUGGCAACUGUCUGUUGUGACCCUUUGGGAACAAGGGUUCUGGUGGCUUGUCACUAAAAAUGUUCCCAUUGUUCUUAAGGCUAGCAGUCAAUUAUUUCUUUUCACAAGCUUGGAAAAUAUUGAUUCUAUAGUUUUCAUUAUGCAUGAGAGCAGUCCAUAUGGCGGAUCAGUAAGGACCCUUGCUUUUAGCCCUGGGGCAACUAACCUAUUGCUCUACAGAUGUUGUUGGGCUUCAGUGCCCAUCAUUGCUGCUCUUGGCCAAACUGGCUUUGGCUGAGAGGAAGUUCAGCAGCAUCUGGAGGGCCACAAAUUAGCCACCCCUCUCUUGGCCUGUCAACCUGGCUUUGCAUACUGCUAUAACCACUUGUUAGAUUUUCAAAUGGUUCCUGUUCACAUGCUCAUGGUUUUGCCGGUGAGGUUCAGGGAGAGAAAAGGUACACGGGAGAAAGCAAAGGGAGGCAGCAAGGGUUGGGGUAAGCUUGCACUCUGCUUGUCAACUUGCUUUGUGUCACACGCCUCUGCUGAUCUUUGUGGGAGAAAGCAAGUCGGUUGUAAAGAGCAACACAACUGUAAUCAUGCCCCAAGUAUGGUUAACUCCUCAUGGAGACUUGACUGGCACCUACCCUGAUUUUGCUUCAAUGUCAGACAAACACUCUUAAUCUAUUAUUUGAAGAUGCACCUGUUUACACAGGCAUUCCCUUGACCUCUUGACUCUAAUUACUGCUUUAAUUGCUGUGCUUAUCUAAUGAAAUUUUAUCACCUAUUUUAAUAAUAGAUGUUUACUUUUUAAUAUUUUAAUGGGGUUCUUUUGUUGUAUAUACAGUGGUACCUUGGUUUAAGAACAUCCCUAUUUACAAACUAUUCAGUAUAAUAACUCCGCAAAACCGGAAGAAGUUUGCGAACUUUACCUCGGUCUACGAACGGAAGCCGGAUGGUGGAAGGCACCGGUGGCAGGAGGCCUCAUUGGGAAAGCGCGCCUCGGUUUAAGAACGGUUCGGUUUAUUUUUUAUUUUUUAAAUAAUCUUUAUUAAUUUAAAUUACACACUUAUACAAAGAAUUUACAAUCUCAUACUACAAAAAGAAAAUUAAAGAAAAACAAUUAAGAAAAAAGAAAAUAAGAAAAUACAGAAAAUACAGAAAAAAGAAAGAAGAAAAAGCAAAUUUACAUACAUAAAAAAUUAAUCUUCCUAAUUAAUACUUAAUUAAACACUUAAAUAAAAAAGACUUCUAACAAAACGAGUCUUCCAAUCAUUCGGUUUCGCUUUAAGAACAGACUUCCGGAACGGAUUAAGUUCGUAAACUGAGGUACCACUGUAUAUAUAUAUAUUUAUGUACUUUAAUUAGAGUGUAUUUUGUAUUGAUCUUGGUGUUUUUAGUACGUGCAUGUUUAUUCCUCUACAUGGUCUCCCUUGGGAGGCUUUCUCCUUCCUUGGAGAUUUUUAAGGAGAGGUUGGAUGACCAUCUGUCAGGGAUGCUUUAGCUGAGAUUCCUGCAUUGCAGAGGGUGGACUAGAUUGGGGUCCCUUCCAACUCUAUGAUUCUAUAUAUAAUCAUUCUUCCAGUUGCUGGUUCAAAGUACACAACAUACUCUGUCCUCUGUCCUCUUUCUUUCAUCAACUCUGCACAGAUUCCCCUGGGACAUCUAGUCUUUCUUACCUGCUCACCUGUCUCCUUUGUGCCUUUGGAUGGACGUGUGUGACAGAGUGGUCAGGUGUCUGUUUUUACUUCACAGAGGACUGUCCUCUGUUUUAAAGGGCUCUCAGAGGCGUGCUCUGCUUGAGGAAUGCCUGCUCCAAGUCUGGUUUAAAGACAAACAACUAUAAAAAGGGAGAUCAGGAGCCCUCAAGCUGCCCAUCAACAGUUAGCAGUGCUUGGUUAGCAGAUUGAACAGGGAUACCAGUCAGCUGGUGCUUUCCCAGCUAUGAGGAGAUGCAUUGCAUUUCUAUUUAAAUUAUCUAGAAAAUAUUUCUAAAUUUGCACUCACACUUUUCCUCAUGGAAACUGCUGUUUCGAAAUAUUCCGCAUUGUGUCACCUCUCAAAAGUUGGUAUGUUGGUGGCCAUUUCAUGACAUCUCAGCAGCUUGACCACACCUGUGAAAGUGCUGCAGGUAGGCAGAGAGGCAACAAGCGGUUUAAAAAUUAGUUGAAGGGACACUAGAAAGACUGUUAUGAGUGCAACUUGAAUUUGUGUCUGCUUAUGUGAAACACUAAAGAGAGUGUGACUUUUGUGCAACAGCCGUCACUCCCACCCUGACUGCAUGUUGAUUGAGCCUCUUUGAAUAAAACAGUGAAGGCAAGGGUCGCCUAACUUGCAAGCCUGUAAUAACAGUAAACUCAUGGAAGAAAUGAAUAAGCAAUCUUUGACAUUUCCUGUUCUAAUAGAACCUACAUGGUAGGGAAUUUGCAGUUUGCAUAUUAUUUAAGGCUUCACCCCUUUAUUUACUUGUUGCAGCCAAGCUAUGCAUGAAGUUAAGCAAUGAAGUGAGCAACAUGCCUCCCUAUGCUAUGAAGGCAGCAGUUUUUGUCUAUCUCAUGCAGGGGGAGUAGAAAUGUUUACAGAAGGAGGGCUGCUGUUAGUAAUCACCCCCAAAUAUUUUAAUGGCCCUGUUUUUAUGUUCAGAAACUAAUAGUUUUAUGCACUGGUUAGUCUGCUUUUGACUAUCUGCUAUAUAGGGCAGAGGAAGGCUGGGUGAGUCGCAGGCUAUUUUCUUGCUCCUCUAGCAUCUGUAGGUGCUUUGCCCUCCUCCCAUGUCGGCACUGAGCAUUCCUCUGGGCAAAACCAGUCUCCUUCCGAUUAAACAGCUCUGGGGGUUCUUGCGUUUUCUUUGCCUUUAACAAGUGGGAAAGCAUUCUGUGCUUGUCAGAACUCAUGAUGAUUUGUGAGUGAGCUUGGAGCUUCUGGCCCACAGAGACCCACACGCGACUGGGUCUCACAGACACACCACUUGAAAUAGCAAGAGAAUAAGGACAGGGGAAAGCCACCUGAACAAUUCCCCAGUGGCCAUUACUCUCUUUAUAUUACACAGCUAAAUAAAUGCAUGGCUUUGGCAAAGUAGACAUCCAAGCGAAGUAGACAUGCAUGCAAAAUGCAAUGCCUGCAAAACUUGCUGUACAAUUCUAUUCUUUUAGAACCACUUCACACAGUACAUUUAUAUCAGUUAACUGGCAGAUAUCUAGAGACAUAAGUUACAUGGAUCUCUCAGUCUAUCUAUAAACCUUGAGUGGUUCUGUUUGGUUCAAUUCUAAACGGCUAUAUUGAACCUUAACAUCUAUACAUCAUCCGGGGCCUGGCCACACAGUCAUAAACAGGUGUGUCCCAUCUUCAGUGUUGCCAGGCACAACCCAGUACCAUAUUUAUGCCCUAGAAUUAAUCUGCAGGGAACACACGGCUCCCAGAUCAUUCGGAGGGCCACAAGUUCCCAUGCCCCGCAACAAAGGUUUGAGGGAUAGGGGAAAGAGUCUUGUUUGCUAUUCACGCACAUAUUUAAAAUUUUUAAAUAAAUGUGUGCUCCAGAUGGGAGGGAGCACAGAUUCUAAAGAAUACAAAGCAAUUAAAAAUGAAGAUUUAACAAAAUAGCUGAAUAGGGUGGUGCUGAUUUUUCUUUAUGACUUUAAAAAAAUAGGGUGGGGAUGAACACUCCAUUGCAGGAGGUCAGAAGUGGUCAGGGUUAGGAAUUUUUGUGCUAAUAAGAGACCAUGCUAUAAAUCAAGACGUCCACAGUUCACAUUUUGGAUCUGCCAUGAUUUCAUUCAGAGGCCUUAGGCAAGAUGCUCUCUGUCAGCUUCAGUCCUCAACACAAGCACCAACCUGCACUGUGUGUGUGUGUGUGUAAUAAUACUGACUUGCCUUACAACAGGGCUAGGGAACCUGUGAGUCUUGCACUCCCCUCACAGCCCCAGCCAUCACAGCCAAUAGUCAGGGGUGCUGGAGCUGGUGGCUCAGAGGUUCCUCAUUCCUGCCUAACAGGGUUGUUGUAAGGACUGCAGCUAGAUACGGCAUGUGAAACACUUUGUAUGUUUGAAAAUCUGAAAUAAAUAAUAAGUAUGGAAGGUAGAUAAACAGGUGUAUACUAACAGUAGUGUAGUAGGAAAAAAUGUAAUAAUGAACAAUAACAAAUCAAAGCAGAAUCACCACAAAGUCUAAGCCAGUUUAGUUCCACCUCCACCUCCCUUUGGCAUGUUUGCCCUGCUCAGACCUGCCAUUCCUGCAUCACAGUUGCUGAGCAAGAACAACCAUUGACCUCCCUCUGGUGCAGGUUGGGAGGAUGAGGAGAAGCAGCUCCCUGCCCUUGGAAUGAGCUAUUCCAUUGGGGAAAGCUUCUCACUGCUUCCCAGCUACUUGGAAAUUUUGGUCUCUCUCCCCCCCCCCCCCCGCAGCAACCUGUCACAUGGAGCACAUGCCCCCUUUUGCUGCCCCCCCCCAAUCCAUUCCUGGUGCACAGAUGACACAUAUCAUACUGAAAACAGAUUUGACCCAUAAUUUAUGCUGGAUGUCCCAAUGAAGAAUGAAUGAAGAAGUCCACUAUCUGAAGCCUUACACUGGAAAUCAUCAGAUAUUUCCCUUGUCUGUGAAGAAUCAAAUGUGCAGCAAGGUACCAGUCAGGAGACGGUAGCAUCCAUCUGUUGUCAGAAGGGCUAUGAUGGCUGUCUGUUAACUGCCAUGACUGCAGCCGCCAGGGGACAGGUUAUUGCAGAGAAGCUACGUCUCUGUUGCUGAGGGUUGUUCCUGGACACAUUGCAAGGCUGAUGCACACACUGGGCUGACAUGUUGCUUGAGGUGAGGUCGGCUCCACUUUGUCAUUCUCUCAUUCACACUCAUUCUCCAUGAAUAAACUUGUGCCUGCUCCCAGUGCACAUGCCCCAGCCUUCAGAGAGCAAAAGGUUCCCCCCCCCCUAGAAAAAUAGGUGUCCGUUCUCACCGUGAAGUGGUUGCAGUGAGUGCCACACUUUUUAACAACAACCAAAAGAGGGGCCAGUACUGCGUACACUUGAGUACGGGGGGGGGGGGCUUCUCCUUCCUGGUUCUUUGGGAGAACAUCAACUUCUGUACCUCUUUCUGCCACAUGCACUCACACAGAAACAUCAGCACUCCAGUGUUGCAUUGAAAGAGAGAGAGAGUUAUCUAACACUGUCUCUUCUUUAGUGUUCAUGGAAAUGCAGCCACACAGUCCAGCCACUCACACAGAAAACAAAGUGGAAAAUGUAGUAAGAUCCCUCCCUAGUGACCAGAGUUAACCAAUCCCACGAGAGUUACUGGGGAACAUUCCAGAAUUAAAUGCACAGCAAUGCAUUUAAGCAUUCCCAAUUUAAGUAAAAUAAACUGUGGUGCAAUUUAGAUUCCUAUAUGGUCUUUAUUUGGCUUGAAGUCAUAAUGAGAAUACACAGUUUGGACCUCAGUGUCUUGUGGGUCCCUAAAAUCCCUUUAAAUGCUUGUUGCGGCCCAUUGCUAAUUUGUCAGCUUGCUUUCGUUGCCCAGAAUAAUUUUCUGCCAAAUCAGAGGAACAUCUGUUAAAAAAUAAUGUAAAAUUAUUUACAUUUCUCUAGAUAGUUUGUUGUGUUAUUGUUGUGCUGUAAAAUAACAUGCAGUUAAGAGUAAAUAUAAUGCCAGUCCCUACACGCUUGAAGAAGUUCACUGCAAUUAGAAAGCACCCGUUUGACUUUGGAGUGGUGUUUUUUCUUGGUCAAGCAUUUAUAUGAGAUAGCCCUACUGUAAAUUAAAUCCUAACAAAAUUAAAAUGAAAGGCUUCCCUGCCUCCUUCAUAUAUCUGAUAUACAGUUAUUUUUUGCUUUGGGAAGUAUCAGAGUUCCAGACAUCUCUUCAAACAAAUCAUGUCUUAACAGGGGGACGGGGGGCAAUGGCAGAAACAUCAAGGUUUUUCUAUACAGAAGGGGAGAAGGAGGAUUUUGUUAUAAUUAGAUGAAUUUCCUGACAAGGGUUUGCUUCUUCUGCCAUCUAGGUAUCAUAUUACUAUUUUACAAAACAGAGCCUGGAAACCUCUGUUCAAAGAUACAGUUAAGCCAGAAUUGGUUUGCUGCUUUACAAAGAAUAGAAAGUAUGAGUAUCUAGACUGAUACGUGUUUACUAUGCCCAUAAGACUCCAAUGGCACAGAUGUCAGAAAGCAAUUUCUCUUAAAGUAGGAUAUAUUUUUGAUUUGUAAGCAAUAUAAAGUAAACAACAUAGAUGUUGAAGAGGAAAUCCUGUUUUCAUCAGUAAAUCACUAGAUAACAUUGCAAAAGAACCUGUUUGCCAACUUCAUUGUAUUCUUCCUUCUCUUACCCACUGCAACCCAGAUAAAUAUAUCUCUAUGUAGAAAAUACAUAUUAAGAAUCAUUCAGUUCAAAGCAGGGCAUUUAAUGGGUGGUGCUAUGGUCUAAACCACUGAGCCUCUUGGGCUUGCCAAUCAGAAGGUCGGCGGUUCGAAUCCCCGCGACGGGUUGAGCUCCCGUUGCUCUGUCCCUGCUCCUGCCAAUCUAGCAGUUUGAAAGCGCGACAGUGCAAGUAGAUAAAUAGGUACCGCUCCGGCGGGAAGGUGAACGGUGUUUCCGUGUGCUCUGGUUUUUGUCAUGGUGUCACGUUGUGCCAGAAGCAGUUUAGUCAUUAUGGCCACAUGACCUGGAAAGCUGUCUGUGGACAAAUGCUGCCUCCCUUGGCCUGAAAGUGAGAUGAGCACCACAACCCCAGUCACUUUUGACUGGACUUAACCGCCCAGGACUCCUUUACCUUUACCUUUACCUUUAUUUAGUGGGUAUUGCCGGGGGAAUCCCUUUUGGAGUUCUUAGUGGAAACCAGGGUGGUGUACCAUAUAUCAGCCUUAUGCUGAGUUACGGGUAAUGGAGCGUACAUCCAGAAAUGCCUAUACCCCCCAGUCAAAUAACUAAAGGAAUUAAUGGCCCCUUCUUAUCUGAAUGACUUUUGUGGGAAAAGGUAUAGCUCAUUGGCAGAUCACCUUCUUUGCUUGUACGAGGUCCCAGACUCAAUUCUGGCCACGCGGGAAGGCCUUUUGUAUUAUGUUGAUAACUUCCCCACCAUCUUCCACCCUCAAAGGAAAUAACUCAAGAUAAUACUGAUACUAACAGAGCUUUCAGCUAGCAGCAGAAGAGCAAAAUAAAAUGUGGCUGGUUAAAUUGUAAUAGUGCCCGCAGUCUGUGUAUAUACUGUAUAUGUGCAUGAUGGAGAACUUGCUUAGCCUUGUGUUUUACUUAAUUUUUCACAGUUCCUUAAACUGCUUGAAGAGGCAAGCCACAUUUUUAGUGGAAAGACAAUUUGCUGUGGUAGAAACUUCAAAUCUGUUUAUGUUCGGGCAUAUUAUUAUAUUGUUUCUUAAAGAAAAUAUUUGAUUAAUAACAAUACGUAGCAAAAAACAUUGUACAUCAAACAUCCUUGCUUCUAAUACAAAAUUUGAAUUAGCAGCAAUAUAAGUUAAAGUAUGCUUUUGCAUGAUCUAGAAUGUUUUUUGCUUUUAUCUUAUUUUGCCACAUGAUCCAGCUUUUGGAUGGAGCAUUCAUUUCCAAAACAUUGCUACUAGUUUGAUUUUGCAUUGUAGCUUUCCCCAGGAAUCCUGGCUGAAGAUAGGUUUCUAAGAAGUUAGAUAUUUUUCCCAGAGGGUUGUCUUAAGUGGGAGCAGGAAGCCUAGACUUCUGCCUCUCUUAUCUCCACACCUGUAGUUCUUCUAAUAUAAAUUAUUCUGUCGCGAUACGAGUUAGUUCUUUCGGAUAAAAGUGUUCUUCCAUUUGGAGAUCUACAGUAUCCAUGUUGCAAGUAAACUCUGUCAGAAGAUUCAAGAUAUCAAACACUUCUGGAACAGUGACUGAACAUAACUCUGAAAUCUCUUCUCUCAGCUUCUCUGUGGUCCUGAAGAUGUUCACAUCAGUUUUCCCAGUAAUCAGCAAUUUUCUCCACAAUUACUUGCACUUUCCAUCAUCUCCUUGCACAUCCUUUCUCAAUGAAUAUUUAAUGGAAAUCUUGGCUAAAUGAACACCCCUAUGGAACAUCCUUAUUCUCUCACCCAGAUCUGAUCUAGGAGAGGUUAGCACCCCUGCUGGAGCCAUUGCUUUGACAAUCCAAUUCCAAUGUCUUCAGUCGCAAUUGUAUACAUACUCACCUGGGAGUACGUUUAAUUGAACUCAGGGGGACGUACUCAGGGUAGGCAUGUAUAGGAUCCCACUGUUGCUUUCAUUCCUUGGAAGACUCACUAAUUCUGCCACUUCCAAACAACAUUAGAUAGGCCAUGGAGACAUUAGGAAAACACAACCCAAAUGUUUGGAGUUUUUACUUGCUCAUUCUCAUUCUUUGUGAGAAAACGGUGCUUAGGCUUUCUAAUUUCACCAGCUGCUCCUCUUGACAAGUCUUUCAUUUUAAAUUAUUUUCUCUUUUGUUUUGUUUUUAGACCCCAGACAAGCACAGCCAUCCCCUCCAUGGUCCUAUGACCAGUCUUACCCUUCCUACUUGAGCCAGAUGACUUCACCCUCCAUUCAUUCCACAACCCCCCUGUCCUCCUCAAGAGGCACGGGGCUUCCAGCCAUCACCGAUGUGCCCAGGCGGCUCUCAGGUAAAGACCAUGUUUGAACUCCACCAGUUAUCUCAGGUAGAAGCAGGGAAGGCUAAGGCUGCUUAAAAGGGACAUACCUAUUGCAGUGUUUUUGCUCUCAUUUGUAGGUUAGCAAAAGCUGUUGGGGUUGCUGUUAAAAAAAACAACCUGUCUUCCUUUGGCCUUGUGGUUUGAAUGUCUGAUGAUCCCUUGAAGGCGCAAUAUCUCAUGGCUGUGCUUCACGCUGUAUUCAGCUGGGGUUUCUUUGCCCUGUGUGGGUUACGUAAACAGCUUUACGUUUUCUUUCUUUUUGAUGAAAGCCUUGCUUCACUCCCAUAAAUUAGUUCGUUCAUUACAGCCAAAAGUCUCCAUAACUGAAAUAGCUUGGUACAAGGCUCACAUUCAUUCCUCUAAAGGCAAUAGUUUGAGAAAGCUGCUUAGCUUAGUCAUUGUAUACUUCAGAUCCAUAUCAGCACCUGCAUUAUUUAGGGGUAGAAUGCAGUUAUAGAAUGGAUUAGACAAAUUGUCUCAUGAAAAAGGAAGCAAAACAUUUCUGGAAAUACACAACACAUGCUUCCUGAGAAGUAAAUUACAUUGAGUUCAGCGGGGAUUACUCCCAGGUAAGUCAGUAUCGAAUUGCAAUGUAAAUACAAUUGACCUGCGAGGAGUGAAUUUACAGGCAACGAGGCAGAGGGCCUUCUCGGUGGUGGUGUCCACCCUGUGGAAAGCCCUCCCAUCAGAUGUCAAGGAGAUAUACAACUAUACAACUUUACAAAGACAUCUGAAGGCAGCCCUGCAUCAGGAAGUUUUUAGUGCUGAGUGUUUUGCUGUGCAUUUAUUAUGUUGGAAGCCGCCCAGAGUGACUGGGGUGGAGUGCUAUUAUUAUUAUGAGUAGUAGUGGUAGUAGUAGUAGUUUAUGCACUCUGUGAUCCAUCUCUAGGUAAAACAGCCUUCAUGCUGUAUUGUAAUGCAACAUACCAUGGCAUAUCGUCAUCUACUGUAUUUUAUCAUAUGUGGUGGCAAUCCUGCUACCUGCUACCCUGAAGCUCUAAAGAGACAGUUGUGGAAACAGAGUUGUAGCCCAUCUGCUUGAACUAUGUGUAACAUAAGGGGAACACUAUGAUUCAUUAUUAAGGUGUGCAGAAUGUAGACUGUCCUUAUCCCUACAUCAAGUUUGCAAGGCUCAGUGAUUGUCUCCCACACUCUUGUCUCAUACACCUGUUUGACUCCCAGCCAGCUAAGUGAACACCUAGCUUGUUUUUCCCUUCUCUAAAAAGCUCAAUGCUAUAAAAAAAUGUUAACUUCACUUCACUGAAUCUCUGACAGGCUGAACGCCAGCCAAGAUACCUAUACAAUUUGAUUAGCUUGGUUUCUUUCAUUUCUUUUAUCUUAGGGGUGGAUAAUCCCCCCCAUGCAAAAAACAGCCCAUCCUUUUUCAUCUUAGCUAUUUAGUGUUCCAUCAAACAUUAGGAUACAUGUCCAAAUUAGACAGAUUUGAAUUCAUGACUUCUGGAAACACCAGCCAGCCAUUUCUGUCUUCUAAUUGUGAAACUUGUUUUUGUUUGAACUGAACCCCAAAUGCUUGGUUUUAGCUUUCAACCGUAUUCAUUUAGUUCAUGUCUCCUGGUAGCCUGUAUCGGGUUGGGCUGUCAAAUCAGUUAUUUUUGCAGCGUUGCCACUGGCAAUACCUGCGGGGUACGGCUUGGCUGGGGCCGCAGCAGCUGUGGGAGCUUCUUGCCCUGCAGCCCUGGCUUGUCAGGAUGCAUUCAGACCCGAGUGCCUAACAUGCGGAAGAGCCAGAGUGCUUAGAAGUCCUCCCAUCAAAGCAGAGCAAGCCAGAAGCAAGCCAGAAGCAAGCCAGCUCUCUCCCUUGUCCGACCCACACCUUUCGGGGGGAACGUUGAUUCUUCUGUGUGGGUCUCUUCACCAUAUAUUUUCCCCCUUUCCAAAAGAAGGGGGGGGAUGAAUGUGGAGCUCACGAAGCAGGGCUGUGAGUUUCAUGGAGCAGGGAGCAUCACAGAACUACACCAAAAGCAAGUCAGGAUUGACUUUUUAAAAAUAGAGAACAGGUAUUUGUAAAAUCUGAAAUGAGACAAAUUCCAGAGUAGAUAAACAGAGUUCACAAAGGGGUGGGGGUGGCGGACGGGUGAGGAAAGCAUAGUAUUUGACCCCACUUCCAUCUUUUUUUACUGCCAGCAUUUAUUAUUUAAAAGUGCCUAAUAUGCAAGAGGGGAUGCAAAAUCAGGAGACAAAAUGAGAGAGAAGCUGGAGGAAAAGAGGGAACUAUAAAUGAAGUGCAAGAAGAAAGAUGGCAUUCUGGUAAUUUCUUAAAGUGGAACAAAGACGAGGCCAGCUUAAUAUUUUAAAAAUAGGAAUUUCCACAUAUAAGAAGCCAUAAGAAAGAAAGCAUAGAGAUGAGAAAAACCCCCACAAAGUUUAAUAAGAAUAUUGUUGGCCACUGGGGAUCAAAAGGAGAGCAGAGAGAAAGCAACCAAUAUAAAUAAGGAACAAGGCCAGGAAGAAGCAGCCAUUCAGAUGUUGCACAGGUAGGUUUUCACAUGUAUUAACUUACUAUGGAAACACUUGUGUCAUUUGUAGUUUGUACUGCUAACAUUGGCGCCAUCUCUGGGGGCUCUGGGGCGCCAAAGCACCACUAAACGUUCACUGUUGGUGCCCGGCCGGGCGACUCAGCACACCACAUGUAUGACACAUCACAUGCUGCGCCCCCAGGUGAUGUCACAUGUGCAACAGGCAUGACGUCACACAUGCUCACUGGGCAGCCCCAAUGUGGGAUGGAACCCGUUGCGCCUGACUGCUAAUGUCAACUUCUGACAUUAACACUGUGGCGAGGGGAAAGCACCAGGACUGGUAAAUCCUGUUCCACUAUGGCAGUGUUAGAAGAGGCUCUGAGACUUGUUCAGAUUUGCUCCUAUUCCUGAUAGUGAUUACAAUAUUUAUUGGGAAACUUAGGUAUAUUUAUAACAAUAUUGGGUUGCUGUUUUUAAAUUCGUUUCAAAUAAAAUAAGAGCUUGGGCUAUUCUCCCUAUUAAAUAUCAUGAUACCCUCCCACCACAGCUCCCAUGCAUCCUCUUUCACUUCAGAGGCCUGGGGACAUGCCAAGAAGCUUCCAAUGUGUGAAGCAGCUCUUCUUGGGGUCUCAUUCUGCCACUGUGUUGGCCACCUGCCUUGGUGCUCAGCAACUUCAUAUUCAGUCCCAGUUGUUGAACUAGCCUUCUCUACCUACUCAUCCAGUAGCUUGUGUUAUUUGCUUGAUCCCUGUCCUUCAUUCUCUCCCUGUCAUUUCCCAUCAGUAGAAGCACUUCAGAGCUAUAGUGGGAAGGGAAAAGAAACUCUCUUAUAUGCAGGCUCUUGCACAAUCCUGGCCUACGUUGCUUCUGUUAGCAUGGUCCCUCUCAGGUGGGCGCCAUUGCCAUUCUAAGAGAACCAGAGGGGGGCUCAUGGUGAGCACCUCUUUUUCUAGAAAAAUAGCACUGUGUGUGCAUAACAGAAAACAAUGUGCUGCUGGUUUCGUUAAAACUAAAAGGUUCAUUCAGAGCUAUAGUAACCUGGAAAGCCAUAGUGUUGCAACAUAAGAUAGAUCAAUUUUAUUUUGUUGAACUGUGACGCUCCAGAUUAAAGCAAGAAUCUUUAAAAUGAUACAUCUGGCAACCACAGUGUGUGUAUAUAUAGUUUGGAAAAAUGUUAUGGUGUUUGUGUGCUCGGAUGUGAACAAACUAUGAACUUACAGAUGCAUGUGAACAAUUAGAGUCCUUGUACAUUUGUCAGGGAGGAUGUAUAGGAAAGCUAAUGGAAUCCAGUCCAGUAAAAACUAAAGUAAAGGGGAGAAUUUUGGCCCCAGUGAAAUAAAGAAAAGUUCCAGAGGUGAUUUCAGUGGAGCCAGAAUGUCACCCACAGUUUGCCCUUAGUAGUCAGUAAUGUACAAGUUGGUCACAGCUUGGCUGUUAAAUGUGACUGAAUUUUAAUUGUUGUUUAAUCCUUCCUAUUUUGGACCAAUAAAAACCAGUCUUAAACUGUAUAUGUUUGAAGAGAUUUUUUUUAAUAAAAAAGAUAGGUGAUGAGAAUACACCUGAGCUUGUCACGUUUUAACAUUAACUUACCAAACUUCAAGGAUUUUUGUUAAUAUUUCAAUUGACCUUUUAUCUGGGGAUUUUCAACCAUAUUUAUGUUAUGAUUACACAAUACACUUUUCAAAAAGAAAAUAGGCUUCCUUAGUUUUUUUAUCUCUCAUGACAUCAUGCAUUGUAAUUUAGUGGACUGGCAAAUCAAUACAGGAUGGCUGUGAAAGCAAAUGCAAUGAAGACGAUAAAGCACUUUGGAAAGUAAAAAUAGUGUUAAUAUGAUAGGAAGGAACUUGUUGAAAACCAGCGGGACUAGUCAGCAGGAUUUUAUCAGAUUGCUGUUUGAAUCAUAUCAUUUGGCAGGUUAGAAUGUAUAUUUAAAACGAGCAGUUUAUACAUAAACAGUUUAUAAAAAGGGGGCUUAUCCACACUUAAUUUUUGCUCUGCUCUUUCCAGGCACAAGUCUGUGUUUAAAAGCUCUGUGACCAGGAUCCACACACCCCCGGAACUCCGCCCCCCCCCACUCUUUAGUGCUCAAAUGUCAAUUUGGGUUUCCCGCAGAUUGAUGUUUGCUCCAGUUGAGCUUUAAAGAGCAGGUUUUCAUGGGGAAAGCUCCCAAGAUAAAAAGGGCACUUGAACAUGGAGUUUUAAAUUGUGAACUAUGCCUGGAAGGAGUGGAGGAAAAGUAAGUGUGGCCAAGAAUGGCUCUGGACAUGUUUCCACUUGCUUUGCAUUUGGAUGGCCAUCUCUCAUGGAUGCUUUAGCUUAGAUUCCUGCAUUGCAGGGGGUUGGACUAGAUGACCCCCAGGAUUCCUUCCAGUUCUACAAUUCUAUGAUUCUAAGAUUGCUCUCUAGCCUCAGUAAUUGUGGUCAUGGUUUUUGGAUAGAUUUAGCCUCAUUCUAACAACCAGAUUCAAGCCCCAAAAUAGACAACAUGAAUAUGUUGUUGUUGUUGACGAUGACUAUUUUAAUAUUAUGCUACAAUCACUUCCAUCUGUAAAAAAUACUUUCGACAAAGAGGGGGGGAACCAGAAAAAAUCUGUGACAGAAAAAGACGAGAGAACUCAUAUGCUCUUAGCAGUUUACGUUUAAAAACUAUUAGCGGAAGGAAAUAAACUGCUGAAAGUUUCUUAAAUGGAAUAUAUUUGUUGCUAGUACAGGAAAUAGCACACUAUAAUCAAUGUGUGAGUGCACAGAUAUAUGUUUUAUCUGAGCUUUUUUGUGCAAUGUGUUUUAUAUUUAGGGCACAUAUCAGGAUUUGCAUCUGUUUUCAGAACUUGCUGCUAACAGUUAGUAAUGAUGCCAAAAUAUACUUGAGUUCCAGCUUGAGACCAAAUGAUACUGCCUUUUUUGUUAUUCCUAAUUUAAGGUCUGAUAUUAAUUAGGGACAUUUUCCAUAAGCACCAUAUCCCUUUUCUGAAGUGCUCAUUAAAAUUAUAUUAACUUAAACUGGAAUAAUGCCUUGCAGCCUGAACUGCUUUUGUAAUGAUUUAUUUCUAACUGGCCUUUUUAGCUUUUGUGUAAACAAUAUGCUAAUUCUUAAUGGGGGACAACAAAAUGUCUUAUUCCAGACAUCGAAAAAGAACGCAUCAUACCACUCUAGUUUCAAAAACUAAAUUCAACCGGUUGUUCAACAUGGGAGGCUACAAUGUUGGAGCUCUGAACACGGUAGAUAUGUUCCAUUUUUGUAUCUAGGAGGAACAGUAAAGUGGACAGAAUAUUUGAGAAGCCUUUUUAUAUACAGUGGUACCUUGGUUCUCAAAUGCCUUGGUUCACAAACAACGUGGAACCCAAACACUGCAAACCCGGAAGUAAGUGUUCUGGUUUGCGAACUUUUUUUGAAAAUCGAACAUGCUCCAUUUUGAGUGAUACGCUUCCAAUUUGAGUGCCACACUUUCGUUUGGAGUGUUACACUGAGGUCUGUCUGUUUUAGCUGUUUAUUUUGCGUUUUUGUGGCUCUCUCUUUCUGGCGUGUGACUGUGUGGAACCCAGUUCAGCUACUGGCUAAUUGUGUACUGCAGUACAUUGUUUAUUGCUUUCAUUUUAUGUAUCAAUGGUCUUGUUAGAUAGGAAAAUUCAUGUUAAAUUGCUGUUUUGGGGGUUGUUUUUAAAAGUCUGGAAUGGAUUAAUCCAUUUUGCAUUACUUGCUAUGGGAAAGUAUGCCUUGGUUUUGGAACGUUUUGGUUUUGGAACGCUUUGGUUUUGGAACGGACUUCCAGAAUGGAUUAAGUUUGAGAACCAAGGUACCACUGUAUUUAAAAAGUCUGAUAAAGUAAUGAAAUAAAAAAGUAAUAAAGUAGAACUGAGAAGCUCUCUUUUUCAGCUAGAGUUCUUUAGUCAAAUAAAACUCAGAUCGGGAUUAAACCUAAUAAAAAGUUAAUUGUAAUUAUCAAGUAUUAAAGGGCCAUCUCACCUUCUGCAGGCAGACUUAAGACUUGCACCCUUAUUCAUUUAUUUAUUACUCCACAUUUUAGGCAUAUGAUAAUUUGUCAUUUUUCUGCAGCAUGCCCAAACUGAAAAGGGGGGAAGUUCACAGGAUUCUUUUGGUAUGUGAAAUGUAUUUCCUCUGAUGUAUAUGGAAGAGAUGCUUGUUCUCUUUCCUUGUCUGUUUGUCCUUUUUAUUCAGAUUGUAUUUUCUUCAAGUAUCGGGUAUGUGUUGGGUUUGGCUUGGGAUCUCCUGAUAGUUAACUGUGUAUAAAUGGAAAUAAUAAACAAAUAAGAGAAGUCUAUUUUAUUUCAUUGCAUGAAAAACAGUCAUUGCCAUUUCUGUACUGGUUUCCAGCAUUAUAAAUUAUACUGUGGUAUUUGCUAGUGAAAUCAAAUACCAUCCGAUCCCCACAAACGGGAAUAUAGUUUCCAUUCCAUCCACUUCCUUUUUUUGUAUGUGGAAAAUAAAGAAAUUUCCUUGCUGCUUAGAAACUCGAUCAAAACAUUUUUUAAAAGCUAAGGAAGAUAGUCUCUGAAACUGUAUCUACUGCAGGAUCGCCAACAUGCAGAGAGUGCUGCAUUCUUUAGAAAACUAAUCUUUUGUAGGAUUUCUGAUUGCCUGGAGAAUCGUCGACAUCUGUAGGCACAACGCAGACAUGCCAAAGCCCAGGGGUGCAGCAGAGUCAGGACUGGGUGCAUCAGCGGAACACAUGAAAAGGGCUUAGGAGAAAAGGGCAGGUGUACUUUGUUUAUAGGAACCCUUAUUAUCUUUGGCUGCUGGGUAUUUUUUUGUUUCGCAAGUGUAUUCUCCUUUGAGCUAAGGGCCAUUUCUCCAUUGUUUCCCAGUAAUACCCCCUUUCCCACCUGUGCCCUUGUAGACUCAUAGGUUCGUAGGCAUGGGAGUCGAGUGUUACAGCACUUUUGGGGUGUGAAUUGAGUUCUGCUGUAGUUUAUAUAUGUUCGGUGCUUUGCCAUGAUUGGUUGCUGUGCUAGAUUGAAUUCUAGCCAAUAUGGCUGGCUAAUGUAGGGAGAGCUAUUGUCAUGGGCUGACAUUUUAAAAAAAUAUUUUCUCUCUGCGUUGUCUGGCUGCUGUCCUUCAAUCAUAGCUGUCAAUGUUUCCAUUUUUUUAAGGCAAAUUCCCUUAUUCCGAAUAGGAUUCCUCGCAAGAAAAGGGAAAAGUUGACAGCUAUGCCUUCAAUAUUAGAUAAAACCAUGACUGACCUGGCUGCUCCUCUGCUCCUUCCCGGACACAACCCAUUUUCUGUCCAUUUUAGCCCCUGGCUUCAUAACGGCAUUGCAUAAACGUAGGGCUUUAUGGCACGGCAGUGCCUGGGUUGCUGUACAAGCACAAUAUUGCACUGAGCGGCAUUAUUUCAGCGCCUUCAACAUGACACUGACCCACUGAUGUCUGCCAGUAAUGGCUCGGCUGUGGCUUUGCUCAAAUACUGUAUGGAGACAGAGAAAGUGCAAGUGAUUUAGGCUUCUACUCUUCUUGUGCUUCCUAUGUAACGUCUGAAGUACAAAACUUGUGUGAAUGGUAAUUUGUAGCUGCCAGAGGGAGGGAGAGCCCCUCCGAUGUCAGAUGACAUUUACACAAACAGAACUAAAGAGGCUUUUGAACUAUGUAAAUAAUAAUAAUAAUAAUAAUAAUAAUAAUAGUCACAAAAUAAAUGUUGGGCAUGAAGAAGAUAAGUUUUGUAUCUCAUGUAUUCAACACAGUUUCCACACACAACCACGUUUUCACUGCACCAGAAACAAAUGUGCAAUUAAGUUGGGAUGGUGGACUGCAGAUGGAGAUAACAACUAAAUACCAGCUGUAUAUUUAUUGUUUCUGUAUAGAACUCUGAGGAUGACGAUACCUCUCUCCCCCCUUCCCCAUCCCAAAUCACCUUUUAUGUUAAAAUCUGCAGUUGGAGGAACAGGAGCUACUAUUUAGGCUUUGCAGUCUUCUGCAUAGCUCUUGUCUCCAAAAGCAUUUACUUUCAUUUACCUUGAUACAGAAUGAGAUUUCGGAGACAUCAUAAUAUGCAGAAGAAAAAGUGGAAUAUUAAGGUACUGAAGGACGAAUGGAUGGAUGGGGCGAAGACUGGGACAGAAGUCUUCACUAAUUCACUCUGUCGUAUUAGGACCUCAGGUGACUCCUUCACCUGCUGCUUCAGGACAAAGGCCCAUCUGGUCCAGCUCCCUGUUCUCACACGGGCCAACCAGAUGCUUGUGGGAAUCCUGGACGCAGGGCGCGGUCGUAGCCCCCUUCUUCUACCCCCUUCUUCUGCAGUUUCCCGCAAGUGGCAUCCAGAGAGGCGCACCGCCUCUCAUAGUGGACAUAGGGCACAUAGAGCUCAGCCCCAUGGAUGUUUCCCCCAAGGUUGCCUUUUGUUUCUCCCAAGACUGCAAUCUGAAGUUGGAAGAGGCAACUUAACUCUUUCUUGUUUUUUUUUUUAAAAAAUAUUGUUGAAACUGUCCCUCCUGGGGGAAAAUAUAAUCCCUGCUAUGCCUCUGCUUCUGAUAGGAAGGAAGGAAGGAAGGAAGGAAGGAAGGAGGGAAGGAAGUGGGUUUGGGUUUGAGCCUGGGGUCUCCUGGCUAAAGCAGGCUAUGGCACUGAGAGAUGCCUUCUAGCCAUCUCAAAGCAGUGUGCUGGAUAUUAUCCGGUUUGCAAUCUCUGGUUUUAAUGUGUCACAACUGCAACAGACAGGCUGAAGGAAGGUGUACCAUCUGAAGGGAGUUCAUGUAAACUUCACAUGACCAUCAAUUAAUAUUUUUAUGUGCAAUUUGGAAAAUGAUUCUGGCCACACAUGUGGAAUAAAGAGUUUUUUCCUGCCUCUUAACCUACACCCACGCAGCACAUAUUCCUUCUCCAUAGAUCUCUGAGAGGGGGUGGCUGAGGGGGGAGCUAAUUAAAACACCACAGGCAGCUGUUGUGACAUUAAUGGCUCUCCCUGAUUUAUGAUAAGAAUACUGAAUAUUCAUGCUGCUUUUUUUAGAACAGAAAAGCAGUCAUUUAUUUAUUUAUUUAUUUAUUUAUGGCUCCAGUAGUUUGGUAGCCCCAAGUCGUGUGUGUAUUUAAUGGAACUGAAAUAAGUGCUGUGAGGGUGGAUUUCUAUCUUUCCUCUGCCACCCUUUGGCUAAUCUGAGGCACACCACCACAUCUGAAGCUACUUGGCUCCUUAUGGAUUUCAUGGAAACGGAUUCUAGGAAAGUGUUUCCAUAUGUGUGUUCCCAAUAUAUCCCGGCUCCUUCUAAAUGGGAGUACAAACUCGUGCAGAGGCUGGAAAUGGCUUCAGGAUGUGACAGAGAAGUCACAUGGCUCCCAUGCGCUGUGGGUGGCCUUUUGUGUUGGCUUGUGUCCUACAGUAGAUUCAGUUUCAAAGAGUAUCUUCCUUCCCUUUGCUUAAAAGUUUUUAAUAAAGCCCUUAAACAGCAAGGAGGUUUCUUUCUUUUCCAAAAAAAAAAGGGGGGGAAGUGGGUGGAGGGAGUAGAGGUGUAUUAUUUGAAUGGUAUUCUAAAGGAAUAGUUUAUUCUCCAGUUUGUGGAGACGGGAUACUAUUUGAUUGCACUGGCAAAUAUUACAAGUACAAUUUAUAACACUGGAAAGCAGAGCAGAAAUUGGCAGGACUGUGUGUGUUUUCUUCUAAAAUAAAACGAAGUAUCCUUCCAGUCCUCAGGGCAGGACAGCCUUCCCGUUAUUCUUAACAUUUUGCAUGAGUACAAGAUGUCUGCAGCUCUGAGGAAUAAGUUCAUAGGCAAAAUAUGUUUCUAAACUGCCUUCUAAAUCCUCAUGUAAUUCUGACAAAAAUAUUAUUCAAGAAACUUCUUGCAUGUUUUCCUUAGUAUUCAUAUCUCCCAACAAAAAGUAAAAGAAAAAAACUGUCAAAAUUGAUCUAAAAUAUAUUUCCUACUGCCAGUGCACUGCAAGUAAUUGUACUUUCCCCAGCAGAGUCUAAAGAGUAGAAAUAUAAAAGUCCCCCCCCCUGACCAAUAGCUGUGAGCAGCUGGAGGAGGAGGAGGAGGAAGAGGAGAGGGCCGAGGGGGAAGAAGGUGCUGUGAGUGGAGGGGGACCCUCUCCUCAUCCUCUGGACCCCCUGGGGCACCUGGAGCUGGGAGUGACAAGGGGGGCUGAAUGGGAUGCAGCCGGGGGAAAGACCGCCCACCUGGGCCUAUAUGUAAAAAGCAGGUCUAGAGGGAGAGGCAAGGAUGGCGUCUGCCUUUUCCAGGAUCUCUUCUCGCUGUGAGACUUUUGUGGCUGAGCUGAGAUUUUAUUUGUACCCUGGGAGGCUGAGAGGGAAGGUGUGUUGGAAGGAAAAUGAAUGGGCUUUGAUUUAUAUAUAUUGGUAACUUGGUUUUAGUGUAACAUUCCUAUAUGUGACUGUAUUUUUGUUAUAUUUCUGUAAGUUGUCUGUUGUGGCUUCAGUUUUUUCGUAUACUGCUUAGAAAUAUCUUUAAUAUAGUAAGCAGUACAGAAAUUAAAUUGGGCUUGCCAAAUUUACUGUGGUGGGACUAUUUCCUCCGCUUACUGGCCCAAGGCAGGGUACAUGUACUUAGGGAGAGGUGGCGCUGUGGUCUAAACCAUUGAGCCUCUUGGGCUUGCCUGUCAGAAGGUCGGAGGUUCAAAUCCGCAUGAUGGAAUGAGCUCCCGUUGCUCUGUCCCAGCUCCUGCCAACCUAGCAGUUUGAAAGCACACCAGUGCAAGUAGAUAAACAGGUACUGCUGCGUUGGGAAGGUAAACAUCAUUUCCGUGUGCUCUGGUUUCCGUCAUGGUGUCCCGUUGCACCAGAAGCGGUUUAGUCAUGCUGGCCACAUGACCCGGAAAGCCAUCUGUGGACAAACGCCGGCUCCCUUGGCCUGAAAGCGAGAUGAACCCCAUAUUCCUCUUUGACUGGACUUAACCGUCCAGGGGUCCUUUACCUUUUUAGAAAUUAAAUAAUCAAACACUUUUUUAUUUUGAUUCCAAUACCAUAUAAAUUUACACACAUAAGUGGUGAAAACCCAAUAAGAUAACGUAUGUUGUUGAGUUCUAGUAAAAUUAGGUUAUCCUUCACUACUUUUUUGUAGCAAAAACAUGUUAUGCACCUAAGGUCUCUGGGGUGGUCUCCAUAUUGAGAUUAAAAUAAAAAUGGAUCUUCAAGCUCAUCAGAAGUCUGGAAUCAUAUUACCGAUGCCUAUUAUAUUUCUUUUCCUGGUCCUAAAGUAUUACACUGAUAAGCAAUGAACAGUUUGGUGAUGCAAGUUUAAAGUCCUACCACUUCAGAGGCUGGAAUAUUUUUUUUCUCCUUCCCCUGUCCUGUCCCAGAGUGUUUAGCUACUGCUUGAGGGUAAACGUGGCUCUGCAGUCAGCUCUGGAAUAACUCUCAGUAAUUUCACAAAAGUGGGAACUGCAACAAAAUAUUGCAGCGUGCCCUCGCGAUCUAAAAGGGGUGCUGCUGUUCAUGGUCUCAUGCUCUUUCCUUUUCUAGGUUACUCCAUUUUAUUUUCUCACCCAGUUUUUUUGCUUUUUCAAAUGAUUUUCAACAUUCAUGGCAACUCCUCAUUAGGCUGUUUUUGUGAGAGUUUGCCCACAGGUGUAACACACACAGUUCUGGGAAACUGCCUUCCUCAUUUAUCUAGGUUUUUUGAGUCCACCUCCUGCUUUUCUUUCCUCUUGAGUGUCUAGGUCUUAAAGACUUACAGUGCACCUAAAACGAAUCAGCUCCCUACCCAACCGAUUAAUAAUGUACCGUUUUUUCAGAAUGUCAGAGAAACUGCAAAAGAUUAACUUUUAUCAUUAUUACAUGGGCAAAACGUGGUAUAAUAAACCAUCAAGAAAAGGUGUGAGGGCUUAUUUAUCCCGUUAACAAAAAAUAAGACAAAUCUUGGCUAUAGUGGUUGAAAGUUUUAAGAUUGUCUUGUGAUCUCCUUAAAGGGUGACCUCUGUGUGUUAUUCUCAGGAGUUAAUCUGUACAUAGCAUAUUACUGUUGGGAAUCAACUGAAAAUUAUGGGCCAACAUGGCAAAAAUAAGUAAGUAUUUGUGUAAACAAAUGGCUUUACAAAUGAAAGCAGACCAAACUGCUUUCUGCAGCCUCCCACCCCUAUUAAGUUCAGUGAGGCUUAGACUCAGGUAGGUGGGCACUGGACUGCAGCCUCAGUUUUUUCUCACUAAUUGCUCACCAGCUCAGUGAUUAAAUGCAGACUAGUACUGGCUGCUUGGUGGAUAUGGAAAACUGAGGUGGGGGGCAUUGCAAAUUACUGUAUUUUCUCAGUAGAAAGGAAGCCCCAUUUAUUUCAAAUGAGUUGCUUCCAAGUAAAAUAUACCUGCUGGGAUGCAGGUGACACUGUGGUCGAAACCACCAAGCCCCUUGGGCUUGCUGAUUGCAAGGUCAGCAUUUUGAAUCCGUGCAGCGAGGUGAGCUCCUGUUGCUUUGUCCCAGCUCCUGUCAACUUACCAGUGCGAGUAGAUAAAUAGGUACUGCUGCGGCGGGAAGGUAAAUGGGAUUUCUGUGCACUUGGGCUUCUGUCAUGGUGUUCCAUUGCACCAGAAGUGGUUUAGUCCUGCUGGCCACAUGACCCGGAAAGCUAGCUGUGGACAAACGCUGGCUCCCUCAGCCUGAAAGCGGAGAUGAGCACUGCACCCCAUAGUCAAAAUCGGCUGGAAUUAACAGUCAUGGGGUCCUUUACCUUUUUACCAUACCAAAACUAGCCAACAGUGUUUUAUGCUAUAAAGACAGCACACUUGGGGAGUAAAUAAAAUAAUGUGGAGAUGGAUAAAAGUACUUAAACAAAUAUACCCCAGUUCCCUUCUGAGUCCCAGGUGGGGGUGGUCAGCAUUCCUUAUCCUGAUGGCUUAGCAACUGUGGUUAAGUGUCUUCUGCAACAGCAGCUUCUUCAUCUCUUCCUCCAGUAAGCCUUAUAAUGCUGCCUCCGUGUUUUGCUUUCUAACUUUUAUAGACUCCUCCUUCAUGCAAAACAUAUGCUCUACCUAUGAGCUAUAGUUACUGCAUAAUUUCAACAGACACAGAAAAGAGAAAAUUGUGAUUCUUGUUCUGCUUACCUUAUUAAUUUAACAGUAAUGUAAGCGGAAAUGGAUCACUAUUAAUCUUUUCACUAACUUUAAAUUUCCCAAUAAAUAUUACUUCCUUUUCAUAGUAUGAAGGAGGAAGCAACGUGCUUUGCUUUUAAAAUAACAACUUUGUUUCUGGGUGGUAUUGCCUCUGGCAGAGAUGAAGGGGAAAGUCCCUUCCCAGCAGAGGGUUUGUCACAGGAGGGAGAGAGGAGAGAUUAGGACCAGCUACAAGGAGGAAAAACCUAGAAUCUUACAUCAAUUUCAGAACAAGUUGUUUCAAGUCAUGGUCAGGCUCUGCAUUUUCAGAUCCAGACUGGAUGAUGCCCAUUUUCUUAUGCCUAGAUACACUGUAGCUAAUGACACGACUACGUAUAUUUUCCAUUUUGCCUGUUGAAGUCCUGCUUCUUGUCUGCUAAAAGGUUAAGUGCCUUAAAGUAGUUGCUGGGCCAAACCAGAAUGUCCAGGACGUUAUAGAACCAAGCAGCAGCAGCAAACCACCUACAGUUGCUUAGAAGUCAAAGGAGGCGGGACACUUUUCAUGUGUGUCACUGGGAUCAUCAUUUGAGACUCUCCUUUCCUGUCUCAUGUGGAUCCUGGUGAUGUGAAAGAGAAUAUGGAGAGAUAUCAUUACACAUUGAAAGCAGUGUAGGUUUUACAUUUGGAUUGGCAUUUAAAGUCUGAUGGCAAAGUUAUUUCAGCAGGCAUCAGAGUAUUAUUUAUUUAUUACUAUUUAUAUUUAAUUAUUGUCCCACGAUAUAGUUCUCUAUGUAUCCUCUGCUGCCACUCUCAGGGCAAUAUCUCUUGGUAAUGAUCUCAUGCCACUGUCAAGCAAGGCCGUUGGGAAGAACAGUCACAAAACCCUCAGGUUUUGGUGACUGCUGUUUGCUGAGGUGCACUGGUUGCUGUUUUCUGCAUUAAACAAUACCUGUUUAUGAACUAGAUGUUUCUCCCACAUUGCAAGUAGCCAGGUAGCAAAGAUGGCUCAAAUCUUCAAAAAGUAGGCAGUACUCUGCUAUGCCACUCUUAUUUUCCUUUCCCUUGCCUCUACCCACCUAAAACUCUUCCUUGCCUGUCCAACCAUCCCUUCUAAACCCCUUCAAUCAGAUUGGAACUUCCAUCUUUCAGAGGAUGUACCCUAUUUCUGGACACCAGAAUCUGCAAACGGACAGGACUGUUGCCCUUUUGUCCUGCUUGUAACACUCUUUUGGCCCCUCUUGGUAGUAGGAUGUUGAAUUACAUGUAUACAGGUGCAAGAAAGAAGUGGAAUCAAAGCCACAAACACAAAAACCCUUAUUUGACCACACAUUUGCUGCCACAACAUGCAUUUUGAAGAAAGAAAACUAGUGAGGCAGAAUGACAAAUGACCCACACAAGAAAAGAAGCAAACAUGGUGCAGAGCUGAGAUUCGAGCCUCAAACCCUGAUCCAUUCCCCUUGAAUUAAUUUAUCCUCAAAUACUGGUUUUCCUCCCAGAUCUCAAACCAGUGUAAUUUUCUAUCCAGAUUCUACCAAACUGAUUCUCACUAUAUGGGUUCCAUUUCCCCAUCUGCAUUCCUCACUUGAAUGCCCCUGUAAUUGAUUAAGCCUCAAUACCCAUUUCCCCCAUCCCCUGAAGAAAACCAUUUAUAUAUGGUCUGAUCCUCUGUGUUCCUGCCCCCAGGCUUAAGGCGCAGGCAAGAAUUUAGACUGGGCAGCCACUAGAUUAGUCUGCUAGCCUAGCCUGUCUUCACUACAUAACUCCCCAUGACAGCUCUACCUAACAAGCCAUUCAAAUGUUCCAGCUUCCACCACAGUGGCAGACAAGGAGUGAACCUUGAAAACACUUUUCACUCGAUGGCACUAGUUUUGGAUACCCCAGAUUUUGCUGAGUGAGAAACCUACCACAGUUGGGAUAGCAGUCAGUUAACCGAUAAAAUGAUUGACCGAAUGACUGCUUCUUAUUUGACCACAGUAAAUUAUUCCAUGAAGCCAAGAAUUAUUGGCAUUGUAUUCUUUGACUAAUUGAAAGUUCCACCUUCCUAGCUGCAAAGUUGGACACGUGUGUCUGAGAUGGUCGAUCAGACAUAUUGCAUUGCCUUUUUAUUUUGAUGGUGGGAAAAUAACCCUGAAGUAUCCUGAAAAAUACUUUUUUUUUUUUAACCAAGAGUUUAAAGAUAGCCUAUUUGAGUUUAUUUUUCUCUUAAUCUUCUUCUAGCUUCUUGAUAUUGGUACUAGCCAGUGAUUUUCUACACAAUUUACUUAUAUUGAUAGUUUUUCAUGAAACACUUGCCCUCUUGCCCUUUCGGCCUUGUUUUUCUCCUAUGGUGGGCCAGUACAGAAAUAAAACUCUGCCCCUCCACUGUGUGAGGGCCAAUGAUCUUAUGUUCCUUCUCCCUACAUUCUCCCUCCUGGGUAGCUUUCCAGCCUCUUAAGCACAGUUCAUUACAUGGUUGACUAUGACUAAACCAAGGUGCUCCUCACUUCAUAUCGAGAUUCGAACCUGGGUUUAAAAUGCUAGAUUACCGCAACCUGGUUGCUGUUAACCAUAGUUAAUGUUGAUGGCACACAUAAUAGCAAACUACAGUAAAGGAGAAAAUCUGCAUGAACGUGGAAAGAACACACAGACUCUUUUCUGACCCUUUAAGGGAUGAGAAACAUCACAUCUGCAUAUUAUUUCAGUACAUUGUAUCACAUAAAAUGACCCAUGGUGGUUUUUCACCGAAUUCUAACCCUGUUAACGGCCUGUUAACAGCCGCUGACAGUUUCCUAACUAGAAUCCAUAUCCAUUGCACUUAACCUUCCAUUUCAAAGGAGCCCAAAACUCAUGCUCAGUUUCCAUCAUACAAAACUGUGUUUACCCUCUAUAAUAAAUGCUAAGAUAUGAGGAUGACAUGGACUUGUACAUCACAGUCUGUUUAUAAAAAUACUUUGGGGCAGUCCAGGUCUAUAGCAGGGGAAGGCUGGGAGCGCCACGGGCAGCGGUAGGUACCAACUCAGUAUUUGUAAGAUUUCUCAUGGAUACCUGUUGAGGUUUGUGUGGAUUUUGACCAGAAGUGUAGUGGAUUCAUUUGGAAGGAAAUUUACUACAUUGAUAAAUAUUAAAAAUCUGUCCAUGGAGAGCACCUCUAUUUGGUCACAGUGGACUCUCAUGUAUGACCACAGAUUGGAAAUAAAAGGCGCUAAUGUUUCUUGUAGUGUCUCUAUAGAAUGAUUUGCUAUUCUUGUGGGCAACAAGAAUAGAAAUGGGUUUCUUUCUUUCUUUCUUUUAAAAAAGUUAUAUCAUCACUUUUCAGAGGAAAAAAAAAAGAAAUUGGAUAUUUACAGCCUUCUUUCCCCCAUGUCUUGUUAUAAUUUUUUAGGUGCUUCCGAGCUGGGCCCAUUUUCAGAUCCCAGGCAGUUUGCCAGCCUUUCAUCCCUCACUGAGAGCCGCUUCUCCAACCCGCGAAUGCACUAUCCAGGCACCUUCACUUAUGCGCCGCCAGUCACCUCAGGCAUGUCAUUGGGUAUGUCAUCCACAACUCAUUACCACACCUACUUGCCACCACCUUACCCAGGCUCCUCCCAAAAUCAAAGUGGACCAUUCCAGACCAGCAGCACUCCCUAUCUCUACUACGGCACAUCGUCAGGAUCAUACCAGUUCCCCAUGGUGCCAGGAGGAGAUCGCUCCCCCUCCAGAAUGCUGCCUCCCUGUACCACCACCUCCAACGGCAGCAGCGCACUCUUAAACCCUAACUUGCCUAACCAGAAUGAGGGUGUGGAGGCUGAUGGAAGCCACAGCAGUUCCCCAACAGUCUUGAAUUCUAGUGGCAGAAUGGAUGAAUCCGUUUGGAGGCCAUACUGA